GUCCUGGCUGGUUCGACGUCGGUGGGCGUGAGGACGCCCGGGCGUUCGGUUGCUGAGCAGCGCGCGCAGGCUGAGCUCGUGCCUGCGAGCGGGAGUCGCUGACGGCGCCGCUGAGGUGUUUUCUUCGGACGUGUCGGUGGCCGAAGGGACCGUCGCUGAGGCGCCGCCGCGACGUCUCCCGAGGGAUGUGAACCGCCGCCGGCGCCGCCUCCCUCGCCCGCGGUGUGUGUGUGGUGUCCGCCGCCCCCCCCUCACAACCGAGCCGAAGCUCCCUCCGGCCUCCCUGCCCGGGCCUCGCGUGAUGUCGUGAUCCCUCGGCGGACGUGCGACCAGGCGGGCGGCGGCGGCGGCGGCUGCUGCUGGGCGGCUGCUGCGGCUGCUGCUGCCGAUGGGGCUGCUCCGGAUUAUGCUGCCGCCCAAGUUGCAGCUGCUGGCCGUGCUGGCGUUCGGCGUGUCCGUCCUUUUCCUGGAGAACCAGAUCCAGAAGCUGGAGGAAUCCCGAGGGAAGCUUGGUGAGCGAGGGGCGGCCUUGGGGAAGGUGGCUGGCCGUGUUGGGGGGGGGGCGACCAGGUCUGGAUGAAUCGGUGUCGUGGAAAUGAGGUUACCUUCCUCCUGAGGGCGGCGGCCCCCUCGUUCUACUGCAGAACUAGAAGGAGAGGGGUAAAGAUGGGGACAUCGAGGGUAGGUUUGUUGGGGGGGCGGGCGGGGAGAAUGUCAGAAAUGGCUUUGGGAGAGCAAAAAUCGCCGUCGGUUCCCGCGCGUGUCUCGAAACGACGGGAAUCGGUUUGGGAGGAGAACUCCGCAAGAAGGUGGGCUGCCGACGUGUUCAGAGGAGGGCGACCGUGAUGAUCGAGGGUCUGGAAACUUAAGCCGUAUGACAAGCGGUGGAAGGAGCUGGGUAUGUUUAGCUGAGAUUGAGAGGAGAGAGGAUAGCCGCCUUCAAAUAUCUGAAGGGCUGUCACAUGGAGGAGGGAGCAUGCUUGUUUUCUCCUGCUCGGGAGGGUAGGACUCGAACCAGUGGCUUCAAGUUGCAAGAAAGGAGAUUCUGAGUAAACAUUCAGGGGGAAAAUCUUUCUGGCAGUAAGAGCUGUUUGGCAGUGGAACGAACUCCCACUAGAGGUUGUGGGCUCGCCUUCCUUGAAGGGUUUUAAGCAGAGCUUGGAUGGCCACCUGUCAUGGAUGCUUUAGCUGAGGUUCAUGCAUUGCAGGGGGUUGGACUAGAUGACCCUGGGAUCCCUUCCAACUCUAGGGUUCUAUGAUGCGGCGGCAUGCAUUGGGUUUGGAGCCAAUCUUUAUGUUCGUUUCUCCCCACCAGUAACAAAAUUGCUGAAAGACAUUGGAGUUUAUCUCCACAAAGGACCUGCCUUCUGGGGUUUUUUGGGGGGGUUGCUGCUCUGGAAGAAGAGGACUUCAGGGAAACCAGUGUGGCCCACUGGUGCUGAGAAAUAGCGGCGAUGUUUAGAGGCAGUCUAUAGAUUUCAUUGUUUUAUCAUUCCACUGUUGGAAACCUGUGAAAUGGCCACAUUUUGUUUAAGGUUUGAACUUUGUGGAAGUGGGUUGACUCGUUAGGUAGGCAAGUUAGUGAUUGUAGAGAGAGGGUGUGACAGAACAAGUCUCCCUCCCUCCCUGAAAUAGUUGUACAAUUAAUAAAGCUUAGAUAUGUAUAAUUUGUGUAUGUGCGCAUGUGUGUGUGUGUAAGUAAGUAUAUAUGUAGGCCCAUGUGUUUCCGUAAGCAUAGACUUUUCCCACUGUUAGGUGUGCUAUGAUAUAUGAUGUUAGGUCCAGAAGAUUUUUCUAUAGUGCUGUUCAUCUAGUUUUUAUGAUGUGCAAGUUCUUGGGCCAUGCUCAUGAAAAGUUACUUGUUUAACAAAAUUACUUAUUUCUCAACUCUUGUGGAACUCUCACUGUGUCAGGAGUAAAACGAAAAAAUGAGGAUGUAAACUCAUAUUAAAAGUGACUGUUAUUGGCUCCUAUAUUCCUUUCUAUGAAUGUGUUCAGUUGGAACCUUCUUUUUUACCCAGGUUGUGUCUAUCUGCCUGUAUCCACACAAAGCAAGGAAAAAUAAGGUCAUUUCCACAGGCUCUCUUCCAGGGAGAGCCAGUGUGGGGUAGUGCUCAAGAGCCUCGUAAUCUGGUGAACUGGGUUUGCGUCUCUGCUCCUCCACAUGCAGCUGCUGGGUGACCUUGGGCUAGUCACACUUCUCUGAAGUCUCUCAGCCCCACUCACCUCACAGAGUGUUUGUUGUGGGGAAGGAAGGGAAAGGAGAAUGUUAGCCGCUUUGAGACUCCUUAGGGUAGUGAUGAAGCGGGAUAAAAUCCAAACUCUUCUUCUUCUUCUUUAUUCCUUUACUAACAAAAAGCAGGCAAAAUAACUGUUAUAUCUGAUAUGUGAGGACAUGUUGAAUACCUUAUCCUGAGUUACCCCUACAGAAAUAACUGACAUUGAACUUGAUCUGUUGGAUUGAAAGGGAGGAGCAAUUCUUCGUAGUGCUCUGGCGCUCAUUCCAUCAGUGCAAGCAUUUCAGUCUGCCAGAGGGAAGGAUUUUCCUCUCCUCCCCCUGUGCACUGCUGGCCGCAUGACCUGGAAGCUGUACGCCGGCUCCCUCAGCCAAUAAAGCGAGACGAGUGCCGCAACCCCAGAGUCUGCCAUGACUGGACCUAAUGGUCAGGGGUCCUUUUAAAGGUAAAGGUACCCCUGCCCGUACGGGCCAGUCUUGCCAGACUCUAGGGGUGUGCGCUCAUCUCACUCUAUAGGCUGGGAGCCAGCGCUGUCCGCAGACAAUUCCGGGUCACGUGGCCAGCGUGACAAGCUGCAUCUGGCGAGCCAGCGCAGCACACGGAACGCCGUUUACCUUCCCACUGGUAAGCGGUCCCUAUUUAUCUACUUGCACCCGGGGGUACUUUCGAACUGCUAGGUUGGCAGGAGCAGGGACUGAACGACGGGAGCGCACCCCGCCGCGGGGAUUCGAACCCCCGACCAUGCGAUCGGCAAGUCCUAGGCGCUGAGGUUUUACCCACAGUGCCACCCGCGUCCCAGGGGUCCCUUUACCUAUAUUCAAAACAGGAUGAACUGGUUUAUUUAGUUGGGAUAGCUAAGUUGUUAGACCAUGAGACUCUUAGGUUCGAGCCUCAUGUUGGUUGAAAGAGUCCUGCAUUGCAAGGAGUUGCACUAGAUGACUAUCCUGGUCCCUUCCAAAUCUACAGGUCUGUCAUGCUAUGAAACCAUUAUUUAAAUCACAAUUAAAAGGAAAUAAUUUGACUUGUAAUUUGCAUUUUGUGGAAAAACAUGCUGUUAAGCAUAUUGGUAUGCAAAAAAAUUGUAGUUUUUAGACCAUGCAACCUGCAUAUAUGUUGUGGUUCAGAAUUAUUUAUGGGGAUAGGGUAGGAUUGAGGAAUUAAUAAGUUUUUAUUUGGUGGUCUCUAUACACGGAGGGACUCUAAGCAAGAUAAUUUCCUUAAAGACUUGAGCCUUCAAAAUGUUCCAAAAAAGGACUGGAAUGAAAUGGACCCUGAGCAAUGGUGACUCUUCAUGGUGUUCGGCAGAGUAAUAACUAUGUGUAGUUCAUAGAGUUUGAAUAAUUAGACGGGUCGUGUACACCCAGGUGGGUACAAUGGAUGAUCCUGUCAAGAUAGAAGGUAGCAUCUCCUAGAUUCUAGCAUGAGGUGAUUGCCACUCUCAAGCUCUAGGAGGUAAGCCUUAAAAAUUAAUACAUGAGGAUACAAUGCAUGAGAUGAAAAUGUCAAGUAUGUUUCCUCAUGAUUUUUUAUACAAAAAAACAUGUUUAAGUGAAUAUGUGUGGCUGAGAGCCAUGGGUUAAGUUUAAGAGAGCUACAGCUUUUAGGAUAAUAUAUUUAGGUACAGUCAUUAUAGUUAAAUUCUAAAAUGUCAAAUUCUAAAUUAUUAUUUUUUAAUUAUCAAUAAAAGCACUAUUAAUUUUGCCCACCCUCCUUUGGGCUGCUGCCUUUAGCCUGUUAAAAGAAAUGCUAAUUUGUUACAUAAUAAACAAAAAAUAAAAUUAAAAAUAUUGAGUAAAUAAUAUUAGUUACUUUUAACAUCUGUACAGAAGCAGCACCGGAAAGUUAACAACAAAAGUUAUCUGGUGCUGUCUGUGUAUCUGUUAAUAGGAAGAAAUUAUCCACAUAACAUCAGUUGUGAACUGGCAGCCAAUAAAAGUUAAAUUCUGUUGUGUUCAUGCUGUUAUAUUCCUUUCAGCAAUUGAAUCUUUCUAGUUCUUUAAAGUGCUUUUGUUCUUUGAAAGUUGUCUCCAUAGGCUAAUAUGAACAAGUCUGUAGUUUGACUACAAUAACUGCUGUUUCAUUAAAAGAACUAAGAACAAGUCCAUGGUAUUAUAUGUAAAAUUUAGCAUGAUAAAUCAGACUGCUAUUUUUGCCUCUUCAAUUGAAAUUUGAAUGUCUGCUUCAUUUCUGCUGUGACAAACAAAGCUGUAUGACUUCAACGAUGACAGCAGAAAAUAUAUCUUGGAGGCUUGGAAAAAAACUGCUUGUAGAACAAUUUUUCUAGAUACUUUCUGAUGAAACAGCAUUCUCUUACUCUGGCAAGUGUGGUUUAUACUUAAAAUGGGCUUCUCAUUCUGACAUGAAUAACACAAAAUAACUGGCUAUAUGAUGAGAUGUUGUAUUCCUCCGCCUCGGAGACGACAUUCUGUUUCACACAUCUAUAAUGCAGUUCAUCUUAAAUCCACAAUUCCUCUGUUGGUAUAAAUGGAAAUCGCUUUCACAAGGUACCUUCCUCCACAUUCCCAAAUUAGUAUGUGUUAGAAUUUAGUUAGUAUUCUGUUGCGAGCAUUCCUAUGCUAAAAAGCACAACAGUGCAAAGAUAUGUGCUGUGUGCAUAUUUUGAUAAUGGAGGUGUUUGAAAAUUCAGUUAAAUGACUAGAGCCUGCAUGCCUUGUUUGUUCAAUAUGAAAGAGUGGUCAAGAUUCUUGGCAUACUGUGAAUAAGCAGUGUGCUAGUUAAUACAGCCUGUUCACUCCCUCUACCCCUUCAUGUGAGCAGGUAAAGGAAACCAGGAAAGCACAAUUAAACCAGACUUCCUAUGAUGUGCAAAUCAAGCAUCCUGGUUUGUUGCUCUGAAAUAAGCAAGGUUUGUAAGCAAGUUUCAACCCCGGCUUGUUCUGGAAGCAACAAAUUAGGUUGCCAGGUUUGCACAUCAUAAGAAGCCAAGCUUAGUUUUGGCUUCUGGUUUGAUUUACCUACUGUCUAAAGGGAGAAGCAAAUUGAGCCUAAACAGGCUGUGUGCACUAGCAUCCUGCUUGUUCAUAGUAAGCUGGAAAUCCUGUCGUAAUGUGAUACGUGAAUGUAGUUGCUAUGUGUAUUUAACUGUGUACAUUCUGUUUUUUGUUCACUUGGACAAAAUCUACACUUUAUCUGCACCUACACAGUUGCUCACAACAUGAGGGUGCCUUGUUGUUUCUCUCAGUUGUAUCCUCUCUGGUAUCUUCACUUAAUGGUAUUUCUUCUGUUGUUAUUUAGUAUGUGUUGCAUGUACUUUCAGGUGCCUUGUAUCCCUGCUGAAUAUUAGUACAAGUGGGGCUUCCAAUAAAAUGUUAAUGUGAGGUGUCUCUUUUUCAUAAUUUCAACCACUGCUUUCCCCUGACCUGGGUUUUCAUUCCUUCUACCCCAGUCAGUCAGCGUUCUAUAUCCACUAAACAUGCUCAGUCUUCAUUCAAAUGCUUGGGGUUUCCUCCAGGGUUUUGUAUUAGCAGGACGCCAGGUGCAUUUUGUGCCUAAAGAUUCUCCAUUUGUGAGCACCUCCGAAGGUUUGGGUGCAAUUUUUUGCAUCUGGCUGAUACUCAAGGAUUACACAAAUGUAUAUGCUUUGAAGCCUUGAAGUGUAUGUUAAGGAUAAACAAUAAGUUAAGGAGUUUAACAAUAAAGAGAAUAAUGUUUUGAAAACUGAAGUACGGUACAAUAUUUCUCUUGUAAACACCAAAUUAAACAUGUAUUAACAAUUUCUGCUAAAAAUGUGACAUGAACAAUGUGUCACUUAUGUGAAUUGCUUAUCAAAAUAACAAAUAAAAAAGUGUUGCUGACCCCGCCCCCGCCUGGUGGUGACUAGGCAUUCUGUUAUGGUGCCCACAACCCAGGUCCCAGGAGCCACUGGUUCUUAGCUUUUCUAUCCCAGUUUCUAACACUGCUUUCCUCCUUGUUUAUGCAACCCUUGGGAUUUCUCUGGGUCUGCCGACUUCCCCCCACUUGGACAUGGCUAGUGCUGGUACAUAAAUGUUGGCACUCAGAGAACAGAGAUCAGUGUUAGUGUAUAUUAUGUAUAUCUGAAUAGAGACGUUGAAUUCUUAUCUCAUUAUACAUGAUAAAGCUAUUUUUAGCCAACUCAUCCCUUGCUUUUUCCUUUAAGACCAAUUGCAGUCCUUAACAGUUGUCAACAGGUUUACCACACCUAUCAGCCAAUCACCCAUUCCUACCACCCUUCUAAGUAAUAUCCCUCCCCACCCUCUCACUAUAUAUAAGGGUCUGGUGACUUUUGUUUCAGUGUAUCUGGAGAAGUGUGCAUGCACACGAAAGCUCAUACCAAUAACAAACUUAGUUGGUCUCUAAGGUGCUACUGGAAGAAAUUUUUUUAUAUUUUGUUUAGACUACGGCAGACCAACACGGCUACCUGCCUGUAACUAGUGUAUAUUAUGAAGAUGAUAGUUAUAGUGGGUGCUAAUAUGUAGCAGUUCACAUGCUGUUUGAGGAUGAAGAUGAACUGCACCAUAGUUUUGCAUCGGUUUCUAUGCAAUACGGGUGAUUGUGUUAGAGUUGUGAAAUGGGAAUGAAUAAGAACCUAAAUUUAGCCUAGUAAUUAACUGAUCAUGAACUACUGAGUUGCAGUUAUUCUACCCAACAUAUAUGAUCACAUCAUUAAUACUUAGAAGCAACAUAUAUGAUCACAUCAUUAAUACUUAGAAGCAACAUGUUGGUCCCUGCCUAGAGCAAUAGUACACCCAGUAAACACUUUUUUGAUUGUACCAAUGUGCUUUGUCCUCAUUCUUAAAAGCAAUAAUUCCACUAUGAGCCACAUCAGUGGCUUAGCGGUGCAGGAUUUUUCAAGUAUGCAUCCUCCAGAUUUGCAGAACUUUAGUUUUACUAAUGAACCAACCUCAUCUUGAUGUAGUAUGAGCAGCAGCAGCAGCAAAGAUGUUCCUGCUAUCCAAUAGCAGCUCCAUUUGCUGGUGAAUGUUGAGCUGCGACCACUUCCACUUCUUACUAGUCACAUGUCAGUUACAGGUUUUUUUGGAUGUUCUCAAAGAGUGUUUCAUAUGUACAUCUUAAAAAUAUAGGCAACAGCCCAUAUCAAUUCUGGUGAUUUGGGCAAGUGAGCAAGUCUGUUAACAGCCAUUGGUUAAAUAUGAAGAUCAGUUGAAAAAGGUGACUGGGAAAAAAUAAAAUGGAAUCUGGUAUGGUUGUUUCCUUAAUAGGAAACGCAGGGGAAAGGUUGUAAUGUUUCACAGUGAAUUUGCAAUGAAAUUACAUUGUUUUUCAUUUUUGGGAUAUGCAAAUGCUAAUGCAAUUUUAAGAACUUGAAUAGUUAUGAGGCAUAAUAGAACUUGACAGUAUUUGUUAGCUGCUGAACAAUGACUUGACUUCAUAGCUAGAAAAUAUUUGGCAAAUAGAUGAAAUACAAUGGUGAAAUUGAUUUGAGUCUUUUAGUGUUCUGCAAGAUACAUAGAUGACAGAAUUAUGUACGUAUAUCACACAAAUACAACUUAGCUAUUAAAGUAGAUAAAUAUAUUCUUAUAUCUUGAAUGAAAUAAUGAUGUUAUAAUUGCAAAAUUAUUGCUUUGUAAAAGAUGCCCAUUUAUUGUAGAGUUCAACAUACGGUUUUAUUUGCUUGCUGAACCCUUUCCUUUAAUAAUUUAGGAUAUACAAGCAUUCAAGAAAAUUGAUCUGGGCUUCUCCUAUCUUGCAUUUGCCUUGUAGGUACUCCAUCUUUCAACUUCUUUGGCAGUAUAAGCAGAUGUUUGCAUAAUAUUCUGGAACUUGAUUUCCUAACUAGGGCUAAUGGAAGUUUUUGUCAGAAACAUAUGGAGGGCACCAGGCUGGGAAAGGCUGUCCUAAAUCAUACCUUGCAAGCUACUCUUAAUAACUUAAUUACAUUUUAUAGAUGAUGUUUUUAUUUGGGACAAUGGAGCCCACAAGUUAGUUGCAAAGCAUAUGGCUUUGUCCUCAGAAGAGUGUUUUUGCAAACUGUAUGACUUCUUGUACCACCGCCUCCCCCAAACAUAUAACAUUACCUAGUCCAUUGACUGAAACAGAAUACUUCAUUCAAGCUUGAUGGCAGUAGAGAGGUAUGGGGAAGACCCUGCAGAUGCCAGUAAAGGCCUCUGCAGACACCAUUCUUCCAGCCCCUGAACUAGGUGUAGCAUUAGUGAAGUUGAGAACAGUUAUUUUUUUAUUGGGUAAAUAGAUUAUUUUAGGAAGAACUGAAAGGUCCUACAAAUGUGGAAAAUUUCUCAUUGUAAUUUUCAUUGUAAGAGUAAAGGGAAAAUCCAUGGAUGUGGUAUUUAUGCACUGAGAACUUGUGGCUUUCCAGGGUGUGAAUACGUAUGCAAACCUCAAAGUUGAGAACAAGGUAAGAAUUCUCAAAGGUAUGGUAGGUUGUUUCUUUUCCUUUCCUUUUCAGGAUAUUUCAGCUUUUAUAUUAACAUUCUGAACUAGAAAUAACAGGACACAUUUCCCCCAGAUGUAUUGAAGAAGCUUGUUACCACUAUUGAAAUCUAGCCAGAGAUUAUAUUUAAUUCAGCUACAUUAAUGCACUACUUUUGUUAGCUUCCACCCGGUCCCACUGAAGAAUUACCUCCUCUUAAAUGAGUUUAUGGACAGCUUCUAAAUGUGUAGCCAAUAUAUAAAUACAUGUCUCUUAGAAACUUAGUUGUGUGAGGUGCUCCACAUAUAUAAUUGCUUUUAAGCAAAGUGCAGUAAGGCUCAUCUAAGUUAAGUGUCUUGCUUUAAAAUAUCUAGUUUAAGCUGUAGAUAAAACCUGUAAUAUGCUGUUUUUUUGUUGCUGUAAAUCUCCCCUUACAUUUUUGUAAUAAAAUGAUUUAAGCAUUUUCCAUUUAAAGAAAUGCACAUGUUUGAAGUUGGGUGGUAUUUAUUUACCACAAAUUCUUGAUGUCUCUGAUUAUUGAAAAAGGCAGUACAACUGGGUUUUGGAGCAACUGUGUCAUGGUUUGUUCUGCCUGCGUUGAACAUCUUGUGUGACAGGUCCUUAGAAAAUUAUGCAUGCUUCUGAUUCUCAGUCUCAUCUUCCAUAUAUUCCUGCUUAAUUAGUUCAAAACCAAUCUGUUCCAUAUUCUUAAUUCAUGUUUGUUUCCUGCUUUCUUGUGAAUAAAUACCUUGACACAAAUUACAUUUGAAAUGUCAUGUUGGAUCUUAAUUGUGCGCAGCCCAGCAAAACAAACUUGAUCAGCGGUAUUUAUAGCUCUCUGAUGCAUCAUGAGAGAAUAGAAAGUUAGUCCCUGGUUUUUCUUUCUUGAAUAGUUUACUAUUUUGAUGCCAGUAAGUCUGCUCAGGGUCAUAUCCAAGGCUGCAUAAGCAGAAUGCCACUUAUGCAAUGGGACUUGCUCUUCCUUUCCGCCUCCUUUGUGCCCCAGAAUCUACUCCAAAAUCUGCUCAACUCCCUGGAGUAGAUUUUGAGGUGUCUGAGGGGCUUCAGAAGACAGGAGGGAAUAGUUGAUUUGGCAGUGUGGAAUACGAAUGUCAGCAUUUUGUUAAAAAUGAAAAUAUAAAAAUUGCGAAGUUUGAUGCAGGGUCCUAAAUUCUGAUGCGGAUUUGUAUAGGGAUUUGAAAAUAUUUGGCAUGUGCUACAAUGACAAUUUAACAGUACAAAGAAGAUUGUUUCAGUUGCCAACACCCAUUACUGAAAGGGCACUGUUUAAGUUCCUGAAUGUGCUGUCAUAUUCUUACAUUCUUGGUGCUGAAAAUCUAAUUACAGCAUUGUUUUGUAUUUUUUUUUCUUCAUUUCCACAGCAUAUAUAAUAUACAUAAUCCUGUCUUUAUACUUUUGAGGAUUUGGUUAGGUUUUUUUUUUUUUUUUAAAAUCACUAAAAGGCAUCUUCUGACUUCAGAUGAAGCAAUUUUUUUUUAAACUGACAAACAUAGAGGGGUAAACUUAAAGGACUGACUUUCCCCUUGAAAUACCGAACUGGGUUCUGAAAGUAAAUCUAUCAAACAUUGGCUCAGGUCUGAUUACAAGAGUUAAUCUUCUAGAAUAAAUUUGGACUAUAUACUCAGCUGCUGCUUGGCAGAGAGAAGGUGUAAAUCAUAGGCUGUACUUUUUCUACUGAUAGAGUAAGAAGAAAGUACUACUCUCGGUAAUCUUAUUUAGCAGGUUUAAUCCACUACCAUGCCAAGUUCACGUAUAAAUUAGUUUUGUAUUUAAGCACUGGGCUGUUUAGUCAUAGGUAACCAGGAAUUACAUGUAGGCAAGUGAGCCGGCUGAUGAAGCAAGUGGAUGGAUUGCUCUUAGCAGUGUUAGAAACUGAGAUAUGAAAGCUAGGAGCUAAAUGGCACCUUAAACUGAGGUUACGGAAGCAACAACGGAAUGUCCAGGCACGUUUUUUAAAAAAACAAGAAUACAAAGCUGGAAAUGAAUGAACUACAGCUAAAAUAUCACGUUCAUUUUCCACAUGGUCUAGUCUUUCCCCUGCCUACCCCUUUAAUUUUCUUAAGAAGGUCUCUUCUCCAGUCUUCAGAGAAUAACUGGAAGUGGGCAGGCAGAACAAGGUCCUCCUUUCCUUCCACUCUGCAAUAUUAAUGGGAAAUCAUGACAUACUACUGCACCCGGAGCUCAGAAACGGCUUUUGCUAAUAAAAUUCCCUGUCACAAAAUGUGACUAGUACAAUGGGAGUUUCAAACACUGGGUCUUAGUACCUCACAUAGAAAGCAAAUAGACUGCUGGAGGGGGGAAGUUGCCUUCUCCAUGUGUAGAAGUGCAGCUCUCUAUCUUUCUCUGUAAGUCCUCUGCCAGCCAGCAAGAUUUUUUGUUGGUUGCUUUUGUGGCUUGCUUUCAAGGCUGUAUGAAAGGGUAACACAGGCAUGCCAUUUCUGCCUGAUUAAAUUUUUAAUGAAAUUAAUAAUUGCUGAGGACAUAGUUCCUGAAGUUAGGGAAUAGUUUCUUUCCAGGAAGAGAAAAUGAACAAUGAAAUAGAGCAGGGGUAGGCAAACUAAGGCCCGGGGGCCGGAUGCGGCUCAAUCGCCUUCUAAAUCCGGCCCGCUGACGGUCUGGGAAUCAGCAUGUUUUUACAAGAGUAGAAUGUGUGCUUUUAUUUAAAAUGCACCUCUGGGUUAUUUGUGGGGCAUAGGAAUUCGUUCAUAUUCCCCCCCCCCCCAAAUAUAAUCCGGCCCUCCACAAGAUCUGAGGGACAGUGGACUGGCCCCCUGCUGAAAAAGUUUCAUGACCCCUGCUUUUACUGGUUGAGAAGCAUGACAAGUCGCGAUUGAUCCUUAGGAGUGAGGGUGCCUCAGACUGAGUUGUGUAGGACUACCAUACAUUCAAAUUCUCCCGGCCAUUACCAGGAUUUCAAAGGUGGAAAUGACGUCCAGGGAAAAUUUCUGAAAGCCUGCACUUUGUCCUGGAUCUUUUGCAAGUCAAAUCACGUUUUCUGGUGUGUUGGGGGGAGCUCAGUUUUGAAAUAUGGCAACUCUAGAGUUGUGUUGCAGCUGUACCUGCUCUCUGAACCACCCACUGUUCAGUCUGGUUUAUAUUGUCUUUCCCUUGUUGGUUACUUGUGUUUGUGUUAGCAGAUUGAAGUAAACAUUAAGGUUGUGUACUGUCUUGCACAUUUGGAUGUGUAUUUUCAGGUAGCCAUAAUUUAUAACAUAAUAAGCUAAUAUUCUCCUCUUGUUUUGAAAACUAGUUUCUAGGUUUUGGCACUAAAGUCUUUGGUGUGUUAAUUCGCUCAGAACAAGUUCAGAAUGGUAGACAAAAAUACAGCUUUUGAGUUCUCCACAUAGUACUGGGUUUCUCACAGAAGUUUUGGGACAUGUAGAAAAGUGUUUUACCCUUAAGAUGUGGUUUUUAUAUGUAGAUUUUUUGGUUGUGUCCACUUAAGGAUUUACACUGUUGUUGGUGUGUGGCAUCUGAACAAUCAAUCUUUGCUGCAGAUACUGGUGUUGAAAUAUUUGGGUGGUCUCUUUUUCACAAACUAAAUCUUGGAAGAAUCACCUAGAUUAUGCCAAAAGCACAGAAGCGCAGUAUAAAACCUUAAGGAGAAUCUUGACACCCCCCCCGGUACAUAAGGCAGGGAGCUGGCAGCCUCUGCCUUCGAAUUUUUUUGCGGGGGGGGGGGAGAGAAAGUGUUAUCCCAGUUGCCUUAUGGCAUUGACAGUUUGUGGUCAAUCCCAUCCUCAAGCUUUGUCAGCAAGUGAUAUAAUAGUACAACAUUUGAGAAUCUGCUGUGUUUAUAUAGGUCAAGUCCUAUAGGAUGUGCUUCUCAUUUUCUUCUCUGCUGCGUUUGUAUAUAGCCAUUCUGUAUUCCUUGUUUCCCAUGCUUUGGGAUAGGAAUUCAGGAUACCCUGUUGAGUAGAAGAUGAUUUAUCUCUUGGGAAAUAAGUCUGAACAUAUUACUGUGAGGGUUGCAAUUUUUAUUGUAAAGGCAUGGGUGAUUUGGCAGCUAUGUGCCACAAUGGUACCUUCUUGGCCAAUACCAUUUUAUUUACUGUGUGUUUAGAAUAGGCUAUUUUCACAGUUAUGUUGCAGUGUGAACUCCAUCUAGACUCUGAAGUGCAAACUCCUUUAGACACCAGGCUUUUCUUUGCAGUCCUCCAAUCACUUUACUUUUGAAUGGUCCUAUUGAAAAUCCCAUGGUAGCUUUGGGUUCCUCUAGCAAUCUGCAAACCAGUUACUCUUGCUACUGACAUUAUGGAAACUACUCCAGAAUAAAGGUUGUAAUAUACAACCUAACUGGGUAAUUUUAUGGCCCUAUACUAAACAAUGGGCUUAGAAUCGCAUUCUUACAGUUUUAAAAUUGUGUUCUCUAUUACUCAUGAAGAGUUCUGCAGCUACUCAACCUAUUCAGAACUAAAGACUAAGUCUAGCUUGUAAAUAAAAUUGUAGAAGAAUUUAAGUAAUUCAUUGAUCCGGACCUUUUUAGAACUACAGUUUUUAUAUUAUACAUAGAGAAAUGUAUAAUGAACCACAUGAGACAUUUACGUGUUUAGAUAAGAUAUAGCUGUCAUAUGGUCCUAAGAUUUUUAAUUGCUAUUAAAUGUUUGGUUUAUACUUUUUCAUUUUUUCAUUUAAAAUGCAGGUCUUCCUGGUUUCAGUUAUGUAUGUCACAAGAAAUCAUUGAGAAAUGUAUUUUGUUGAAACUUAUCUGACAGUAAUCUGAAUAAAAGUUUGUAUUUAUGUGGAUUGCUGCUAUUUAAUUCUGUAUAUAAAAAAAAUCUUUGUAAAGUUUCUUUUUUGCUUUUCCCUGUGUGUUCUUGAUUAGUGUUGUGCCAGUGCAUGGUAGGCAUAUAUUAUAUACUUUAAGGGAGUUUUAAAAACUGAAAACUAUUGGCAGAAGUCUUAUUUGGUUAGCGUGUGCCUGAAGUACAUGUUUCUUAAUGGAGCAUUCAUUGUUUGAGUCUCUACACUCAUGCCUAGGCAACAAGUAAAAAGAACUUGACCUUUAUGCACUGGAAAUGUUCUCCUGGUAAUCCCUUCUGUUAGGAGAAAGUUGGGCCAGAAAAACCCUUUAAACAAAAAUAAGGCCACAAAUUGGGGAUAACCCCACAAAUGCACAGUGGAUUGAAUCCGGACAUUCAUUUUGCAAGGGAUGUGCUUGAGGAAAUGUUGGAAGCCUGUAGAGCAGUGUGAGAUACAAUGCAGGAGGUUGUAGGGGAAGGAAGAGUUUGCAAAGAUUGCCUCCCUAUUCCUCCAGUGAGGAGCCCCUUCUGGAUUUCUGUCCCUGCUAUUAAUGGAAAGAGCCCUGUUAUUUGUGAAAUGGCCAGUCUGAAUCCAAAUCCUAAUUUAGGUAUUUUAAUCCAGCAAGGGUAGUUACAUCAUUUCGGCAGAGUGAUCAUGAAUGUGUUGGAACUCAUAAGAUGGAGUUCAACGUCGUGCUAAGGUGAUUGUCGACACACGCAUUUCCGUUUGCCAGAUGGAACAAUUUCCCCUCUUCUCCCUUGUUCCCUCUUCUUGGGACUCUCCCAGUCCUCCAGAGCAGAUUGUGGGGUGGAUGGGAGGAUUCCCUUAGCUUCAGUGGGACCUGUUACACUGUCUUCUGCUAGUGGAACAACUCAUUUGACCAUUUUAAGGUACAAUAGAUUUCACAUUUAAUAUUAGAAAAUGUACUUGGCUUGAAAAUGACAUUUUCUUUAGUUGAUGCGUCUUUAAAUGUGCAUUGCACUGUCUUGGCCAAGCAACACUACACUUAGGACUGGCUGAUAAAAUAUAAUACAGCUUUAUGAAUAAGAAAUAAGAUUUGUAUUAGUAUAGCAAUGCCUUAUUACUGUGCCAGCUUUAGAUAUCCCCAUUUCAGAAUGCAGUUUCCACCUGUUGCACGAAACGGAUGAAGCAAGAUUUUCUUGUUUGUGGAAGCUGGGUCUUUGGCAAACAGAAUUGUUAAGCUUGUGGCUUUCACAGGCCAACUCUUUCAUCAGUAGUUAAUACUCUGACAAAUAUAAAAUCAAUGCUUUCUAUGUUCUAAGUGAUGAAUAGGAUUCGUUUGGCCUUUAAUUCUCAAAACACAUUGGAAUGACUUGCCAUUGAUUGUCUUACCUUGGUUUUUUGUUAUUGAUUAGGACGUGCCAUGGUAGGUGAAGAGGGCUUUAAGUGAUUCCGCCAACAAAGAAUUUUCAAAAUGAAAAGUGAAUUAGAAUGACAAUAAAAAUAAACUCAACUCUUAGGACUCCCCAUAGAUGGACUGCCUAAAUGGCUCAAUUUUGAGUUUUAAUUUGGAGCUUAUGCUCCCCCCCCAGUGAAAAUUGUGUAUGUUUCAAAGUCUUUAUUAGAUUUUCUAUCUUAUAAGAGGAAAGGUUGACGUGUGGACUAAUUGUGCAAGUUUUAUUUCAUAUUCAAAUAUUUUCCAGGCCUCCAGAUUGCCUAACACCAAGAAUGUAGGAUAUAAGUUCCAUAAGGAACAAAAAAAUAAGUCCUUCAUGGAGACUUUGAUUUUUAGUAUGGUUACCAUCCUCACAUACAGUAAGCCUGCAACUUGCACACAUUUAAUUUUGUGUGUGUGUGCAUUCAGCCUUUUGUGUAUGGCAAAAAUUUAAAAUGGAAAAGGGGUGGGGUUCCAGGAAAAAGUGACUUUGGCAGUCCCACCUGCCACUGAACUCAGUGGCUUUUCACUAUGCACAAUUUUGGCUUUAGACGCAGUGUCCAGAAUGUAACUCCUACAUACAUUGGUUUUGUAACAUGUAUACCAUGUGUGAACAUGGUGUCCAUACAAUGUGUGGAAAUGUGUGUUUGGUCCUGUUUGAUGAUUGCACAGUUUUAAUCACAGUUCCCCACGUCAUGUACACACUUGAUAUUUGCUUAAAAAAUGGAUGUUUCUCCAUGACACAUGGAUUGUUAUGAUAGUGUAAAGUCAUUGGAUAAAAUGCUUGAAAUAAAUAAUGAAUUUUGCUUCCUGCUUUACGAGAUGAUUUUGGUGCAUUCUUAUAAUUGCUGCUAAGUGAUGCAUUUUAUAUUUUUGAUCAGUUUUUCAACUUGCAAAACAUUAAAAUGCAAAUAAAAUAGCUUGUAAGUGACCGGGUAUUAAAACCCUUGCUCUGUCUCUGUCUCUUCUCCCUCUCCCCGCCCCCCUGCCCAUCUCUCUCUCUCUCUCUCUCUCUCUCUCUCUCACACACACACACACACACACACAUUCCCAGCAACAUAGUUUUAAAAAACCAAAACAGUGGCAGAUAAACUUGCUACCAAAGUGAGUGGAGGUGAUUAAUGUGAUGCAAACUUGGUAUACCAUUGUUGGGCCCAUUCUAUUGAUAUUGCUUAAUACAGAACCAUAGUAUCUUUGUGUGUAUUUUUACAAUAUUAUUGAUAUUGAAAUAGUUAACAUUUUGCAACUUAGAGCCAGAUGCUGGGGAAGAGGUGGUAAUCUAUUUUUAUUUUUUUGUAGCAUGGCCUUUUAUAGCGUAUGACAGCUCAGCAUUCCUCAGUUGAACUUCCGAGUUAGGAAAGAAAAAUUUAAUACGUAACAAUUUUUUUUAAAAUGAUAUUUAUUAAGGUUUCAAUAAAAAAUUAAACAGAAAAACAUAAACGAAAAAUACACAAUUCAAAAAAGCACAAUACAUAGUCCAAAAAAGAAAAAAAAGAACAAAGAACAAAGAAAAAACAAAAUACAAAACAAAAAGAACAAUUAAAAACAGUAUCACCUUUUCGUUUCCAUCUUUAAAUUUACUUGUUUUCUGGACCUCCUCAUACCUCCCUCUUUUGUAUUCCAGUUCAAAUUGUUUGUCCAGCAAUUGCUUUCCCUCUUUUUUAAUCCCAAUCUUUAAUCUUAAUAUAAUAUAACAUUAAAAUUUUACCUCUUAAAAGCCAAAUUUCCAUUUCCUUAAACUUCUUUAAUCCUAAUCCUUAAUCUUAGUUUAUCUAUAACUUUAAAUCCUGUACAGCUGGAAACCACUCAUUUUCAAUCCAACAUCACUCUAACAUUCUUUAAUUUUACAGUGUUUCUGUAGAUAAUCUUUGAAUUUCUUCCAAUCUUCCUCCACCGACUCUUCUCCCUGGUCACGGAUUCUACCAGUCAUUUCCGCCAGUUCCAUAUAGUCCAUUAGUUUCAUCUGCCAUUCCUCCAGUGUGGGAAGUUCUUGUGUCUUCCAAUACUUUGCAAUGAGUAUUCUUGCUGUAAUACGCAACAAAUUUUAAACCCCAAAAUACUUCAGCUUGUUGGACUGUGGAGGGUUGUUUGUUGUUUAAAUGUAAUUCACAGUUAAAUUUUCCCUAGUUGAAGGAGAUGGUCCAUCAGCACAAGCAUUCUCCUUGCCUGGUGAAAUGAUCUCCCCUCUCCUCCCCUUGUGUGAUUCUGGAGGUUCUUCUGGCCCCUCCAGCCAAUUUUGGGGAAUGGGGUGGAGAGAGGGAAAAGCCCAUUGGGCUAAAUAAGGCCUCAAAUGGUUUGAGAUGGGAAUUAUGUACUCAGAGCUUCAGAGACAUACAAAUAGAAAACAUUGCUUAUACUGCUCCCGUUUUGAGAGCUCUGCAAAUGUACAUCUUUCUGCUUUAGCCAAACCUCAAACAAUAUGUCAAUAGUACUGAAUACUAUUAUGCAACUAUAGAAUAUAAAUAUUUAAAAUGAAUAAAUGAUACAGGCAAAGGCUUCAGGUACUAAAUGAAACAUUUGAUUUGGAACGUCAGACAUGCCAGUCAACAAACUUCUGUCUUGCAUUUAAACUUGGCUUGAACUCUCCUAUGGAUUUUAUAGGAAGAAAGACCUUUCUAAUAAUAAAACACACCUUACUCUCUUUUACGUUCAAGGACAAUGACUUCCUUGUGAAUGUGCUUCAUUUUGCAGCCAGCAUGAUACUCUCAGAGUUCUCUCCAUUUAGUCAGAGUUCUAUUUUAACCUAAACCUUGUGCCAUUUCCAUAUUAAUCACAGCAAGCUAUAGAAAUAAGAAGACUAUUAUUAGUUACUAGUUAAUCAGCUUAACACACUGCUUCUCUCCUUCCAGUUUGAAACUGAAAUAUAUAGGUAUUUUCUGGACUUCGGGGGUGGGGUAGGACAGACUUUUCCCAUUAAAGUAGACUUAAACAUAUUUAUAUAAAAGGGAUGUGGGGGUGCUGUGGUCUAAACUACAGAGCCUAGGGCUUGCUGAUCAGAAGGUUGGCGGUUCGAAUCCCCGCGACGGGGUGAGCUUCCGUUGCUCGGUCCCUGCUCUUGCCAAUCUAGCAGUUUGAAAGCAUGUCAAAGUGCAAGUAGAUAAAUAGGUACCGCUCCGGCGGGAAGGUAAACAGCGUUUCUGGUUCGCCAGAAGCGGCUUAGUCAUGCUGGCCACAUGACCCGGAAGCUGUACGCCGGAUCCCUCAGCCAAUAAAGCGAUAUGAGCACCGCAACCCCAGAGUCGGCUACAACUGGACCUAAUGGUUAGGGGUCCCUUUACCUUUAAACAUAUUUAUGACAAAUGUUGGAACUAUUAGAUAAUCUUUAAAAUUGCAUGACUUGUCUAGAGAGAUGCACAUUGACCCUUUCACUAGGAUUCAUUCUUAAACGUGGCUACAUUGGAACAAUCUUGUUUCUGUGCUUCAUUCCUGGGUGGACUAAAUAAAAAAAUCCCUGUUUUAGACAUAACAAAUUCUGGUUUACUGCAAAGCAGAAUAAAGCUUUGAGGCUGCCAUGUCAGUGGAAGGGGUCAAAAGAAGAGUUUGCAAGCCUGACAUGUAAAACCAGGAAAGAUCAUCAGAGCGCAGCCAGUAUGUAUUGUUUAGACCAUCUUUUUUCAACCUUGGGGCCUAAAUUGUUGGAUUACAGCUCCCAUCAUACCUGACCGCUGACUGGGGCCGAUGUAACCCAAUGAUAUAAGGGGACCCAAGUUUGGGAAAGGUUGGCUUCAGUUUUUUGUGUGCCCAUAGUUAAAUUUGGAAACCUAAGCAGUGGUUAUGGGCACAUUUACACACUCAAGCCUCUCCCAUCCCCCAGCUAUUUGUAUUGGGAAAAGGUGUGAUUGCCUUUUUCAAGCUAAAUGGAGGUUGAAAUUCCUGGAGACAGCAGCUAGAGAGGGAAUGGUUGGCCUCUACAAUGCCUGUUAAUUUUUCAGCAUUGAUUGGUACCGCUCUGGCGGGAAGGUAAAAGGCAUUUUCAUGCGCUGCUCUGGUUCGCCAGAAGCGGCUUAGUCAUGCUGGCCACAUGACCCGGAAGCUGUCUGCAGACAAAUGCUGGCUCCCUUGGCCAGUAAAGCGAGAUGAGCGCCACAACCCCAGAGUCCUUCAGGACUGGACUAAACUGUCAGGGGUCCCUUUACUUUACUUUACACUUACGUAACAGGCGAUAUCCAAAAAUCGCAACACUUUAGCAAGUCUAGAGUGAGAGGUGUGAUUUCCAUUGUUUCCAAGGACUCUUCUUGUUGUGAGACUUUUGUGGGUGAGCUGAGAGUUUGUUUGGACCCUGGGUGAGAACCCACAGGUCUAGAGGGGAGGAUGUGUCAGAAGGAAAAUGAAAGGAUAAUGAUUUUUAUAUAUUAGUAACUUGGCAUUAAUGUAACAUUUUUAUAUGUAACUGUUUAUUUUUGUAACAUUUUGUUUAAGUUUUCUGUUGUUGCUUCAGUUGUUCAUGCAACACUUACAGAUGUUUUAAAUAUAUUAAGCUGUAAGAAAUUAAAUAAUCAAUUUCUAUGAAAAAUUCCUGGAAAGUGGGAUGAAUGCAUUUGUAUGGGAAUGUCCUGAUCUUCUAGUGGACCUUUCUGACUUGUACAUAUUUAAGAGAUAGUAGAACCAUUACAAAUAUACAGUCUUUAUUUUUCUCUGUUGCCAAAAGACUGCUUUGUCUCUGCUUCUUACUUGAAUAUUUGUUUUAAACAGUCACCCCCCCUUUUUGCUUCCACUUGUCUGAGCAAGGGUUUUUUUGUAGCAAGCCUGAAGUGUCCAGUAUCGCUAGAUGAGGAAUGUGUCUAGCUGUCUAGAGGGAGAAAUCUGAGCCAACUUCGUAAAGAUUAACAUGGUGAAGUGCGAAGUGGAUUUUAAGUUAUUGGGUUACUGGAAUAUCUGUUUGAUGGUAUUUCUGAAGGUUAUGGUCUGUGCAUUUAACAAUUAAUAAAUUAACCAUUAUUUCCUAUGAUGAAUUUAAAAUUGAUCAUGGGUCCUCAGGACAACUUUUAGGUUUUUGUUUUGUAGUAUUAUCCUGUAUAUGUUUUCAUCUGUCUAACUCCCCCCCCCCCCCCGUUUCACCCCAGAACCUUGCUCGAUCUGUGAAUUCUUUACACAGAGCUGUAUUGAAAGCAGCCUUUGCUUUCAAUACAUGUUUCCCAGCUUGCAGAAUGUUUGUACAUAGCCAUAUAUUGACUUGCAUAAACAUAAAAUCCAUUGGGAAGAAGUAGUUGUGCAGAUCCAGGUAACAGAAGGUAACACUGGGUUUCAGGAUAUGCUGGACCUUAAUUACAGUCUGUGUAGUAUUAAACCUUAGGCAGUGGCAGUGUUAGAAUCCGAUGUAGGAUUUGAACUACUUUGAAGGAUUUAAGUUCAUGUGAAUCCAGACCUCACACUUUGUAAUUAAAACCCUAUAUUGACUCUAGAUCUAUGUUUUUAUUUGGACGGUGUGCCGCACUGAUAACUAAGCAAGGAGGACUUUAUAAGAUAGUGUCUAAAAUGUCUCAUUCUUGGAAAUAAUUAAGGACAGUUGCCCAUUUCCUGAUCAUCUAGUUUGUGCACGUUACAUUGCUUUCUCCCUUUUUUCCUGAAGGACUGCUAGCCUGUUGAAGACUGGUGAGAACUAAAUGUAGAACUGCUAAUUUGACUUAUGGGGGUGGGGAAGAGAAUGCAUAUUGGGGAAUGGUAAAUUACAGGGUUGAGUUAAUUCUGUGGAACGUAGUUACACAGGAGAAAACAUGCCUAUAAACCUUCAAAUUAUCUAACUUCCUUGUAUGUGUGAGUGAUGUUUAAAUACAAUUUCUGCCAUUUAAUAUUGCCAAAUAUUUUUUAAGGUUCAUAUCUAUUGGUGGUAUAUUUUAUCCAGAUCUGUUUUUUUCAGAAGCAGCUUAAAUUAACUUUUCUGGAAAGAUACCACUGACUGUCUUAAGAGGUCAGCCUGCAGUGACACUGCCUGACUGCUUCAUUUUAAGCAGCCUGAACACAAAUUAAUUCAUUUUGGCAAAUGCUGCACAGGAGUGACAGAAUUUUACACCACCAGCUGCUGGUGAAAGGAAAGGCAUGUAGAAUCCCUUGUAAAAUAUUAAGAUUACAAAACAUUCUAGAAAAAGCACCCUCCAUUAUUGAUUCAGUUUUUCCUGUCUUCAGAGUUGACGCAUUGGCUUUCAAAUAGUCACAUUCCUUCCUCGAAGACACGUUAUUGAUCUGAAACCACAGAGCUGAAAAUGGUCACAUUUCAGAAUCUUUCCUCUUGUAAUGAUGACUGCCUAUAACCCCUCUUAACAGGAAAAGUGCUUUAUAGCGUGUUCUCUCCCAUUUGGAAAAUCUGGUCAAUACCGUGGGCUUUUUCCUGAUGUGGUUGUAAAUGAGCUACUCCAUGUUUACAAGCCGAAUGAAUAAGCAGUUUCUCCAAUUUUGUUAUAGUUGAGGUUGCCAGAAUAGUGGAGUCAAUUGGAGUUCUGCAAGAAUCUGACCCUUCACCAGAGAGAUCGCAUCCCUUUUCCUUCUGUGCUGCUUUCUAGAAUCACUGCUUUGCUGCACCCUGCCUCACCCUAUCAGCUAUGUAACACUUCAACCCUGUCAGUCAUGAAGGCCUCUUCUGUCAAAACACAUUCCAAAUAAAUAAAUCAAUCAAGGCAGGACAACAUGCAUGUAAACUUCUGGUCUGAUUGUAAUUAUUACUGGCAUUAUAGUAAUUUUAACAGCUACCAUUGGUGUGCUUACUUUGCUAUAAUAUACCAGUGAUGGACCAGUUAGAACAAUGGUAUAUGUUAUGCAAUAUGAGACCUUAGAGGGCAAUUCAGUGAUGUACUUGAAUCAAUCUAACGAUAAUUUUGCAUCAGUGGAAGCAGUUAAAAAUUGCUUCUAAUGUGUUAAGUGCAUAUAUAAUGAGGUCUAUGCUAGGUUCUGUUCGGGCAUUUCUUAUUAGAUGCAGACUUGGAGCUAUGAUGGAAUUUGAAUAGGUGGUGAAUAUACAAGCAUGUAAUUUUCAGUGUAAAUUGCAACUGCAUUCAAGGAUUGAACUCCAAUUUGCUAUGCAAAUACACUUAGCAUGCCAAAUGCCUUCUCUCUCUCCAGCUGGCAUUUAGAAGUAUAUACACUAAUUAGGGAUGAUGGAACAUAAAGGGAAAGAGAUGAAUUCACUACUGUCUGAAAAUUAUUUGUAUUUACUAGGUUUGUAAAGAGAAUGGCUGUGACCAGCUUGAAUCUUAUGGGCAUAUUUCUACGUAGGCUGGUAAUUUGAAGCACCAUCAAAUCAUAGGUUACUCUAGGUUGUGAUGCAGCAUGCUGCUGCGUUUGCCUCUCGGUGUCUAGUGUGGCUCAUUACUUCAUAUUGAUAGAAAUUUACUUUAUGGCAAGAAAAUCACUUUCCUGCCUAGCAAGAAAUGAUAGCAGACAUGAAAUGGCUCCUAUACGUUUCUUGAGAAAUAUCAUGAUACUCAACAAUUUGUAUACCUGACGUGGAACACCAGCCUGAUAUGUUGAAGUAGCAGACAGUUUAGAGAAAAAUUAAGGCAUUAGUAUCUCAAUGAUUAGUUGUAUUUUAAUGAUUAGCACUGCUUAUAGUGCAGGAAGAGGGAGAGAUGGACAACAUCUGUAUAAUGCUAUGCAUGGUGAGAAUGAACUCCCAGAAAGCUUUCAACUUUGAAGAUGGUGAAAGCUUGGCCAGAGUGCAUCUUUGAUUUUGUCUUGCUGAUAUAUAUCCUUUUAACAUGCAAAGCAAAAUUAUUUCAAUAGUAGCAAGAACAAUGGAGAUUCAAAUUCUUGCUCAGUGAAGCUUGCUGCUGGAAUGCUUCAGACCACACUGCCUUUCUGCCCAAGUUUCAUUAACAGAGUGAUUAUGCAGAUCAAAGUAGCAGGCAUGACUGCUCAUUUUAACUCCUUUAUAGGGGCAGGAUAUAAGUGUGUUAAUUGGAAAAUAAGAUGUUGAUGUUAGUUCCUCUUUUGCAAAUGCGUUUUUCCUACUGGCUUUGUGGAGGAUUCUUAAAUGGCCUCUGUGGUUCUUUGGUUAUUUUUAAUGCUGCUUUGUGUGUGUUAGGAGUCCUCAGCUCAGGGUAGUGUAGUGGUUAAGAGUGCUGGACUAGGAACUGAGAGAGCAGGGUUCAAAUCCCCACUCAACUAGGAAGCUAGUGACCUUGGACCAGUCUUUCUCAAUCUUAGCUUAACCUUCAUUACAGGAUUGUUCUGGGAAGAAAAUGGAGAGGAGGAGAUACAGUGGUGCCUCGCAAGACGAAAUUAAUCUGUUCCGCGAGUCUCUUCGUCUAGCGGUUUUUUCGUCUUGCGAAGCAACCCUAUUAGCGGCUUAGCGGCUUAGAAAAAGGGGGGAAAAGCGAAAAAAAUUGCAAGACUCGCAAGACUUUUUCGUUUUGCGAAGCAAGCCCAUAGGGAAAUUCGUCUUGCGAAGCGCAUCGAAAAACGGAAAACCCUUUCGUCUAGCGGGUUUUUCGUCUUGCGAGGCAUUCGUCUUGCGGGGGCACCACUGUACUACUAUGUGAUACAAAUGGGGAGUGGGAAUUACCAGAUUUUAAGCAGGAUACUGUUUUAGGAUGAAUGUGAAUGUUACACUGUCUUAUUAGUUGAUCCAAGAUAGCUCUGAUUCACACUUGGGUCUUUGAGUGAGAGCUGACUGGAUAAACUGUUUCCUUGAUUGAUAUAGAGGUUUGAAAUAACAGUCAGAAUUAGACAGCACUUUACCUUGUAAGGCAGGGGUCAGCAGACUUUUUCAGCAGGGGGCCGGUCCAUUGUCCCUCAGACCUUGGGGGGGGGGGGCUGGACUAUGUUUUUUGGGGGAAAUUGAACAAAUUCCUAUGCCCCACAAAUAACCCAGAGAUGCAUUUUAAAUAAAAGGACACAUUCUUCUCAUGUAUAAACAUGCUGAUUCCCGGACCGUCCGCGGGCUGGAUUUAGAAGGCGAUUGGGCCGGAUCCGGCCCCUAGGCCUUAGUUUGCCUACCCAUGUUGUAAGUGGUAUGUGUGUUGUGAACUACAUUAACUAACUGUGUUAUAGAUCAUCGCCUGGUUAUUUGUGUAGUGAAUUGUGUGAAUACAUAUUGGUGUGACUGGUCAGAGAGUGAGUAAGAGUGGGAUAGGUACAGGGAACUGAAUGAACUGUAUCCUGAGGAGGGGCCCAGUAGUUUGCUGCUCUGGACCCUGGAGAGGGGCUGAGUGAACUGAGUAGAGAGAAGCCUGUCUCAGUGCCACCGGACACGCCAAACAACAACUCACAGCAGAUUGAUGUGACUGUUGGCUCCGCCUUCAUUGUCAGGAAUGUGGUCGUGACAUUCCUAGUGCAAGUAGACUUGGAUAGCUCCGUCUACUUGGAGGAGGAGGGAGAAGAAGAAGAAGAAGAAGAAGAAGAAGAGUUUGGAUUUAUUAUCCCGCUUUAUCACUACGCAAAGGAGUCUCAAAGCGGCUAACAUUUUCCUUUCCCUUCCUCCCCCACAACAAACACUCUGUGAGAUGAGUGGGGCCGAGAGACUUCAAAGAAGUGUGACUGGCCCAAGGUCACCCAGCAGCUGCAUGUGGAGACCCAGUUCCCCAGAUUAUGAGUCUAUCGCUCUUAACCACUACACCACACUGGCUCUCUUUGCUUGCUUGCCCAGUCCUGUGGCUCAGGAUGUCAGUUGCAUGAAUGACUGUGCCUUCUGCACUCUUCAAAAGGGGAACUUCAGGGAUGUGUCAAGUGUUGGGCAGACUAGACAUUCUGUUUUGGCACCCACAAGCCAGGUCCCAGAUGCCAUUUGGCUCCUAGCUUUUUUAUCCCAGUUUCUGAAACUGGUGUUGGGACAAGGUCUUAGCUUAUGCCUAGCUGUGAACUUAGACCACUGAGACACUUGUAAACUGAAUGCUUUGUGGGCUGACUUAUGUAUCCUACUGACAUUAAAGCCUUUUGCAAAAACUGUUCGGAGUCUGAGUACUACAUCCAUCAGUGAGGGUCAGGACAAUUUAGUUCUUGACACUCUUAGGAAACUUAAUUUUCUGCGCAAGAAUUUUGACCUGAUCAUUUCUAAGCAAAACACAUCUUUAGUAAUGCUUCUGAAGUUGAUUUCUCUGUCGUAAGUGACUGAGUCACAUUCUAAGUUGCAAAUCCUCGUGGUAAUAGUUUCUGAUUGGGUGUGUGUCAAUCACUGAAGCAGCUGCUUUGCUCUGCAUUUAUAUUUAAAUAGGAAAAAGUGAUCUGUGUUGAAUUUUAAAUGUUGUUACUAGGGUAAAACAGCUCACUGUCUUUGUCAUUUUAUCAUUCCCAGUGAGGCAGUCUACUGGACAUCUAUUCUCAGUCAUGAGCAGCAUGAACAUUUGAAUUUGGGAAGCUUUCACUCAGGAGAAUACUUAAUGUCAUCUAAGUUCAAACACUUCCCAUCCCUACUUCUGUGAACUUCCUGUAGAUUUAAUUAAGAGUGCUUAAAAAGGGGGGGGGACCCCUGAACAUGACUACUCGGAGUAGAAGAAGGGAGGGAGCAGGAGACCUAAACAUAUUGUCUAUUCUUAACAUAUACUUUGAGGCUUCAAAGCCCACAGACUUUUGGAGGUGCUCGCAAAUGGAGAAUCUUUAGGUGCAAAAUGUGCCUGGCACUCUGCUAUUUUCCAACCCUGAUCAGACUCUAUAUUCAAUACUGUUCUUCACUUCUCUUAUUCUGUGGCAGUCUUCCCCAACCUGGUUCCCUCCAGACACUUUGGACUACAAUUCCCAUCAAUUCCAGUUAGCAUGGGCAAUGGUCGGUAAUGAUGAGAAUUACAGUUCUAAGCAUCUGGAAGGCAACAGGUUGGUUAAGACUGUACAUUUUGUUUUGUCACUUCGUACAGUCCCAGUGGGGACAAUUAUACUUAAUGAUUAUUCAGUGGACAACUGAUUAAUUUCCAUGGCCUUGAAAACAGUUUUGAAGUAAAAUAAAAAGUAAUAUCCAUUCAUCUAGAUGAGUGAGGCAGAAAAAAAGUAGUAGUUUGUAACAACCAUAAUAUGUAACCCUUCUACAGAACCAGAUGGCUGUCUCUCUAGGCAUGAGAUUAAUCUCUUGCCAAGACUGGUUCUGCAGAUAAGUAAGCAAGUGUAAUUUUUCAACAGGAAUGGAUUCUGUAGUUAAAGGAGAAAAUGCAUGGCUUUUAAGACAUAUUAACUUCAUGGGUGACAGUCCAGUAAUGACUUCCCCAUGUGACAUAACGGGAAAAUUAGGAGUUGAAAUGAACUGAGUGUUUUCAUGCUGUCUCAUGUGUAUUCUCCUUAUUGACUAACCAGAUUAAUGGUUUGUCUCUGUCAUCUGCCAGUCAUGCAAACAAGAAUCAAUGGCCACACUUGCCAGUCCAGUUACCUGAUAGAAGUUUGCUUCCUGAGGCUUCACUUGAGCAGGUACCUUCUCAAAUGGAUUCCUUGCCACUGCUCAGGUCCUUUGAAGAAAAGAAAGGAUCCCUGCCUUUGCCAGUUGUCCUUUGGGGCUGGAGAUGAGGACUUUAUCAUAGAAUCAUAGAGUUGGAAAGGGACCCUGAGGAUCAUCUAGUCCAACCUCCUGCAAUGCAGGACUAUGCAGCUGUCUCAUAUGGGGAUCAAACUUGCAACCUUGCAGUUACCAGAAAGAACAAAUUUUACAGUCAGGUAAGACCUUUCCUGGAGACUAAUUUAAUAGUGGAGAGUGUUGGAAAUCUGCAAGGGCUUGAAGGCCUGGGGACAGUGUUCACCAUUCAGCAGUGUUAGAAACUGAGAUACGAAAUCUAGGAGUUAAAUGGCACCUUAAACUGAGGUUAUGGACGCAAGAACGGAUGUCUAGGCACACUUUUUUAUAGCAAGAAUACAGUGCUGAAAAUGAAUGAACUGUGGCUAAAAUACUAUGUUCAUUUUUCACAUGGUCUGGUCCCCCCCCCCCAAUAUUCUUAAGAGGGUCUCUUCUACAGUCUUCAGAGAGUGGUUGGAAGUGGGGAGGCAGAAAAAAUGUCCCCCUUUCCUUCCACGUUGCAGUUUUAAGCUGAAAUCUUCGGCGCAGUACUGCACCCAGAGCUCAGAAACUGCUUGCGCUGAUGAAAUUCCCUGUCGCAAAAUGAGCCUAGAACAGUGGGAGUUUCGGACACCUCUGUGCAGUAGCACAAACUGUAUGAAAACCAGACUUCUCACAAUGGGGACUUUCAAGAACAUUUGAUUUGUCUCCUUUUCAUAGAGAGCAGACUGUAGUAAUACAGUACAAGGGAGUAGUUAUGACUCAGAUAUGGAAACAAUCCACAUAUUCAGUAACAAAUUGAAAGUUAGUAGUUUCUCAGAUAGCUAUCACAUAUUAAAGAUCAACUGUGGGUGUUUAGUUAUGCAGAAUUUGUAACACUGUUUUGGGAAUUCACAGUAUGUUAGAAAUAAGUCUCUGCAUAAAGCCUGUCAUAUUCUAUUUCUCAGCAGAAGUACAUGGUGAAGUGGAUAGUAUCUUGUAUGCUGGUAGUGGUUGGGAGAUGAAAGGGAGAAUAGUACUAGCUGUGCAGGCAGUUGAGAAUAAAUAAAUAUGCUGUGGUUGGAUAGGGAACAGUGUGAUAUUGCAUGUUUUGUAUUAAAAUUAACUUCUGAUAGCAUCCAUGUCUCUCCUGUGACAUUUUAGUUCUUGCACCAUUUAUAGAACCACUAGUUGGGUAUUGUGAUCAGGGACAAAUCCAGGUAUGGUAACAUACUAUAUAAAAUUUAUGUAAGCAAUUGUCAUAAAAUUGUCAAAAAAGUGGUAGUUUUGGGGUGGUGUGUGAAAACCUUAUUAUACUCAUUGCUGGGGGAAUCAGCAGCAAUUGCUGAGUCCCAGUUCAAGUUUUUAAAAAAAGUUUAUUGCAAGUUCCAGCAUGGCAUCAGAGAAUAAAAUGGGUGUGCAGUUUGAAUUGCAAAAUGAGAAUUAUACAGAGGAAAUUGGUUGCUUCAAGUGAAGGUUGCACAAAGGCUUAAGAAAUCUCAGAAAAAAUACAUGCUUUCAUGUGUUUCUAUGAAAGAGCAAAGAGAUGGCAAAUAGAUUAGGUGCAUUGUCCAACAUCUUGAGCUCUUGCUGCUCUCAAUCCAUGAGGGCAGCUUUAUCUCUUUUUAAUAUGCGUAGAUUUGCUUUCCCUGUUGUGCUUGCAAACACUGUGCACUUUGCACAGUCACUGGUUAAACCUAGCUGAAAGACUGGUACUGAAAAACCCCAGAGCUUAACAAUAUCAGAUGUAGUUAUCUGAAGCUAGAAUGAAUUACAGGUCUUUUACUGAGAGUAGAAGCUUGUAACACUGAUGGUAAGGAUAUUGUCUUCUGUCUGACUUUUGUUGUAAUCUGUCUGAGGAAAGUUGUUCAGUAUUUGGAAGCAGAGUAGAUGUAAUUAAACUUCUAAUCUGGAAAGAGACAAUCUAUUUCCAUAGGCUAAUUUAGCUGAGUGGUAAGCAGCAAUGCAUUUGAUGGCACUUAUGUCUAUAGUGUGCAUGUUGUUAGCCUUACCCUACUAACUAGGUCUGCUUAGCCAACCAUUUGAUGCCUCAUUCCAGAAUAAAGACAGCUAAUUUUUGUUGAUAAAUUAAUUGGAUAUCGGUAUCCAAUGUAUUGAACAGGAUUUGAAAUUGUAUCUGCAGAAAAAGAAAGGACAAAGAAAUCCACACAAACCAUGUAGAGGUGUUAGGAUAACUCAGUGCUAGUUACAAAGUUGAAACAAAGUCCAAGACAUCAGAUUUCUAUAUAAUCCUGAAACUCUUACAAAAGAGGAAAAUAUUUAAAUCCUACUAGGCAAACUUUUCACCAAAGUUUCACUCGCUCGUAGGAAAGUAGAAAUUAAACAAAUUGACAAAUUAAGCCUUUAAAACAUGUAGUCUAGUAGUCAACAUAUAGUCUAGCAACAUCUAGGAGGCACCAACUUCCACCAUUCCUAACUAUCAGGGUUUGAAAUUUGCCAGAUGCCAGGCGCAUUUUGCACCUGGCUAUAGACCACUUGUGACCAAGUGAAGAUGCCCAGGAGCCAGGAAGUGCAUUCCUGGGGAUCCCUGGAUCUUGACUGUUUGCACACACUAGCAACACAUCCUGUAGGAUUCUCUCCAUUAUAUUUUAUCUGCACAAUCAGAAUGAAUUUCAGGAACCAAAAAGUCAUAUUGAAAAAUAUGACUUUUGAGCUGCCUGGCUCAAAAAUGGCAACUAGGCAUUCUGUUUUGCCGUCUGUAACCCUGGUUUAAGGAGCUAUUUGGUGCCUAGCAUAUACAUCAGAAUUUCUAACACUACUAACUAUGGACUCUGCUGACUUUUGCUAAUCAGAGUUGCCUAGCAACAAAUGUGUUGGCUACCUUGUUUUAAAGUAUUUUAGAAUCUAACACUAAAGAAUGCUUACCAGCUGCAUUGUGUUGAAGGUGGUUCAUGAAUCUUGAUACUGAUCACUCUAGAUUAGAUAUUUCCAUAUUAAACGUAAAUUUUAUUUACUCUACAGAAUAUGAAGGUAUCUUGAAGAACUUUUGGACAGUGAAUAUGUUACUUUUGCUUCCAAUGACUAAUGUGCAAUCAGAUUGUGAGGAGGCCAGUGUGCUUCAUUAAUAUAUGGAUAGAUGGCCACAUUUCCCUAUGACAAAUUGAUGUAGAUUUGUCAUGUAAAAUACGCUGCUUUAUCAUAUGAUUAAUUACCGUGGAUCUUCUACCUCUGGCAAUUGUGCUGUGGUUCUAAGUGAUUCGUCUCCCUGCUUGGGAUUUUUAUUUUUUAAAAAUCUGGAUAUUGAGCUUAUUUACUCAGAUUCUCUCCACCCUCAUAUUCCCAUCUCAGUCUUCAUAGAAUCAUAGAAUUGUAGAGUUGGAAGGGACCCUGAGGAUUAUCUAGUCCAACCCCCCACAAUGGAAUCUCAACACGUGCCACCUCCCCAACCAAUUGGAAACAGGAUCCUGCUUAACUUCGCAAAGGAAGCAAGUGUUUCAUCCUCCCACAGUUCUGCUAAAAAAAAUCAAAACAUUCUUACACGUAUCAUUGUAUAUAUCCCAUGCUGAUACACUCCCGGUUUCCUAGAGUAACCAUCAUUUAUAUAUGUAUUUUAAAAUUAUGCUGCAGAUAUAUGCUACUGUAAGGGGUGUGAUUCUUCUAUACAUACUUUCUGAUUGUAGACUUGCAUACUUAACUCUGUAAUGCAUGGGUGUUUCUGACAUAAGUAGGUGCUGAACACAAAAGGCAGUCUGGUGUGAGCAAAACUUGACAGAGUUGAAACCUCCAAAUUCCUUGUAUAAAUUUGUUUUAAAACAGAUUCCUCUUCCAUCCCUACUUUUAUGAUUGGCAAGCAUUGCUAAGGAUGAGAUUGAAUGCUGCCAGAUGAACAUUUAAAAAACCUCAGCUUUUUCUUCAAGAGGGUUAGCAAGGCACAACUUCAGACUCUAUGUAAUAUGUGUUGUACUGCUUUCAGUCUGUUUUAAUCUGUACUGCUUUCAGUGUGUAGCAUCGUCCAUCUUUCAUUUUAGGGUUGCCAUAUUUCAAAAAGUGAAAAUCCGGACAGAAAAGUUGUUGAGCUGUUUUUACAAAAUCGCAAAAAAAAGACGGGACAUUUUUUAGCUAUUUCUGAGGAAAAUCGACACUGCCAACAUGUGCUGCCAUAUGUCCAGAUUUUCCGAAACAUUCUGCCAAUUUCUGUCCAGACCGCAGUAUUCCAGAUAUGUCCAGGAAAUUCCGGACAUAUGGCAAGCCUAUUUUAGCACACUGUUUUAGCAGUAGUCUGAAACUUCCAUGUUUCACUUCAGAGCAGUCAAGUAAUUUCAAGGUGGGAACAUCAGUUUUGAAGAACUUUGCCUUUGACGAUGUUUUAAAACUUAUAAAUUAUAUGCGUUUUGAAUUACAACAUUAAAGGCGUACUGUUUCUUUGUGUGCUUUCUUCUAAAGGCAGAGAAAAUUAAGUGUAAAUUGCAUUACCUGUGGAACAUUGCUUUAUAUUUACAUAAAGUUACAUUUACAAAAUUAUACUGAGGCAAAAUGCAACAUAAUCAUUUCAUAAUUUAUAAUCAAUUCAGUGUGAUUAUAUUUUCUCUCGAUGUAAUUAGUAAAUGGAGUAUGUGUAAAUGUUCUUCACUUAAUGUAUGCAGUUUUCGGAGAUUUUUGAAGAAUGAGAAUUAAGUGUGUGCCUCGUACAUUUUGGCUUAAUAGCUAUUUUGUUGAGAAGAAGUCUCCAUUUGUCAUAGCUUAAAAGUGGGACAACCGGAAAACACUUUGAAACUGGAAAUAACGUGGGAUUGAUUUUCUUUACAUAAAGCAUCUCCACUACUGCAAUUCCAUUAUUCAGCAUUUUCAAUGUAAAUUUACUGGAAUAGUUGGCUUUGUUGCAGAUCUGUUGUGGUAAGAACAAAAGCAUAGAUUUUAAAAGUUCUUGUGUAAUAGUCAGUGUAUCAGAAUGAUUGGAAAGAAGAUAAGAGUUUUUGGAAGCUAACACCUGUUUUUGCUCUACUAAUGUAAACAAGAAGAUAAAUGCAGUUGUUAUGCUACAAAAGUUAUAAAUUAAGGUGAUAAAUUUAAAUUGGGGUACAACCCAAGAUUGCAAAUGGUUGAUCUUUUCCUGAAUAGUCUCACUGACACCCCCCCCCGUCCCAUUAUUAUUCUGGUGCCACUUAGUGAGUGAAAGUUUCUGCAGCUACUUUCUAUAAUUUAACAAUUCCCAAAUAUCAAAGAGUAUUUAUUCCAGCACAAAUAAAUGUGUUUCCAUAAGCUAUUUUGGAUUUAUGUGUUGGGAGAAUGUCAGUGUUUGAUAGACUGUGUUUGAUAGACAGUGUUUGAUAGAUGAGCGCCGCAAGCUCAGAGUUGUUCGUGACUGGACUUAACUGUCAGGGGUCCUUUACCUUUACCUUUUAAACCAUUCUGGGAGCAUUGGUUUGUUCUUCUGAGGAGUGGGGUAAAAAAUCCUUCAAAUAAAUAACUGGGUGACAGAAAAUUUAGCUUAUACUUCUAUAUCACAGUGUCUUGGUGGUUUUCCUGGUUGUGUGGAAUGUUUGUAAAAUGCAACGAGGUUUUCUGAGUAGAAGUAGAGUCUGAAGAGUUGUGGCUGGAUUGUGGUUGGUAGCCACAAAACUUUGUAGUUGGCAUCCAAUUGACUACACAAUAAUAAAAUAUCAACCCUUUAAAUGUCUUGCAUGUUUUGAUCAUAACAGUGCAUGGAUUUUCUGAAAUUGUUCUCAAUUAACAAUAACCUCAAAUUUGUUUGUCAUGCUAAGAUGUUUAGCAAGACAUGCAAGAGCAGGAAGGAAAUGUUUGGGGCUUGUACUCCCUCUCUCCUCCUCUUGGAAGGAUGACUCUGGCAGAUUCCCCACACUGCACUUUAUUUGAAUGAAUAAACUUCAAACCAUGGUUUCCGAAACUGACUUGUUAAACUAAACAGAAUUUGUUAUAAACCUCAACCACUGCAACAAGCUGGCUUUUAACGGAAAGCAAAAAUGUAAUGCUGCUUGAAAUUGUCCUCCUUGGCUGUGUGAGGGAAGGGAGGACGACUGCGCAAGGUUUGUGCCCAUGCACAAAGCCAUGUUUUACCAAGCUGUUCUAACUACCGUAUUUUUCGUUCUAUAAGACGCACGAGACCACAAGACGCACCUAGCUUUUGGAGGAGGAAAACAAGAAAAAAAAUAUUCUGAAUCUCUGAAGCCAGAAGAGCAAGAGGGAUCGCUGCGCAGUGAAAGCAGCAAUCCCUCUUGCUGUUCUGGCUUCUGGGAUAGCUGUGCAGCCUGCAUUCACUCCAUAAGAUGCACACACAUUUCCCCUUACUUUUUAGGAGGGAAAAAGUGAGUCUUAUAGAGCAAAAAAUAUAGUAGUUCAAAUUGAACGAUAGUCAUGAACAUUUGCAUGGGUCUACAAAUUUGGUGGCUAAUAACCAGAACUUAGUCUGUGAGUGGGAGGGUGCUUUCUGCUCAUGUCCUGCUUGUUUCGUUUCCCAUAGACUUCAAGAUUUCCAUUGUGGAAACAAAAUGGUGGACUAGAUGGACCUUUGGUCAGAUCCAGCAAGGCUCUUAUGUUAAUAUGCCUCUCCUGAUUGGGAGAUUGGCCAGGAUCCCAUUGGACUAUGACCAGGGGGUGGAACCAUCAUAUUAUUGGUGGAUGUGGGGAAGAGACUGGGUGGAUACCUGACUUCUUUCUCUGUCUGGUAUUCAAGGCCCUUGGACAGUUUGGUACUGGGUCACAACCUUAUUCCUACGCUGAGGGGAUACAACAAAAGGCAAAAAACGCAUUGCAGUUGUGCACUUUAUUACAGCUUCCAUGGUAAAACCUUAGGAAGCUGUAAUUUUGUUUGGCAGAGGUUUAUUUUUAUUAUUAUUAUUAGGCAGCAGUUGCCCUGACAAAUACUGUGAUGCCAUUUAGACAAAGUUCAUUUGUGCAGGGGGGAAAUGCAUGGUUGGUGUGUUUCAUUACUUAACUUUAACCGAAAUGACCUUAGCUAUAGUGUUUUCUUCAUUUUGAAAUUGCACGAAAGGAACUAAACUAUGUACGAUGUCUGGGAAAAUAAAUAGCCUGCCUAAUAGUCUGCUUUAUUUUAAUGCCCAGCAGCAUAUUUUUACAAUGAACAUAUUGACUUAGACAGGCGUACUUGAGAAGGUACUUUCAGUGUAGUUCUCGGCAAUCGCUCUAUACAAAACCCAUUGACCUGUAAAAGUGUGUUGCUGAGUGCUGCAUGUUCUUGGAUAGCUAAUAUAUUGGGUCAUUUGUUAAUCGUAGUAGUGAUCCUGAGGAUGUUCUAAUGCGCAUACUGCUUUGAAAGAACUCUGGUUUUCUUCAGCACUUAGAAUUCUUAUAUUAUUCCAAAUGCAAACAAAUUGAACAACUAGCAAAGAACUGAACCUCAAGGUCUAGCUUAAAGGCAACGAAGAAUGUUUUAAAAAACCAGCUUCAAAUGGUAUUGGCACUUUUGUUGAGACUCUUGCUUUGCUUAUUGUUAGACUUGGCUCUGACCUCAGAAUACUUUGCUUUUGGAUGUGCAAACAGAAUAAGAACAGGCAAAGGUUAUAUUAUUUCUUUACCUUAUGAAUUUUGUUGGCUUCAGUAACAGCUGUUUGUGGCUAUAUUUAAAAUAUUAUCAUGCCUUCGAACUAGUCAGUCCAGGGGGAUAGCUGUAUUUAAAAGCGUAGAUUAUCCAUUUAAGACAUAAUGCUGCCAUACUAGCUUCCCCCUAAUUUGAUCAGGAGAGCUGUUGUAUCGAGGAACUGCCGCAAGAUACACAAUUAACUGGGCACCUUGAGUAGAAUGUGGGUUGUAAGGACCGUGUUGUUUGCCCUUCACUACAGCUUUAUUUUAUUUGUGAUGCUUAUAGGCUGUCUUUCAAUGAAGAUUUUCAAGGUGGUUUCCAGUAUAAAAUAUAAAACAAAUAAAAUCUUAAAAGCCAGUUAAAAUGUGAAUCAAAUAAAACCUAAUAACACAGAAGCGGUAGAAUACAUUUUGAUGCCCAAGUCCUCAAAUGUUGUCAGAACAAAAAUGUGGCCAGUGUCAGGGAGGAAAGCAAACAGACCAGAGUUAUUACAGAAAAGGUAGAUAUAGGUAGCAUUAGUCUUUGACGGAAAGGAAGAGUAUGGAGCUGUCUGUCUCAGAGGCUUGUCAUGACCCAAUCCGAGUCCUUUGUUAGUUCUUUCAGACUCUUUCCCUGUUGAAAAUCGAGUAUGUAAGGCAAGGAGAAAGAAAUGCAGUAUGAGGGCCAUGGUGAACUAAGCACCUGAAGUUUAUUACACCAGUGCUAUGAGUUUGGAUAGGUAUCCCUGAUGUAUACAUGGAAUGAAUGAAUAGAUCGCAUUUUGAUGGUCUUUGGCUUUCAAAAUAACACCAGUGCCAAGAUUCCUGAUAGAGUAAUAAGCCUAGAAAUUUAGAUUGGCUAGAACUUCCCUCUUGAACAUGCGUGAGAACUUUGCCCAAAAAAGUUAUUGUCCCAGCCCUCUUCCACUUCUUUCCUCCAGCCUUUUAAAAACUUGGAUUUGUAAAAAGUGCCUGUUUCAAAAAACAAACAAACAGAUAGUUUUAAAGCAACUGUGAUGGAUUUCAUUUCUCCUAGUAUUGAUAGAAGACCAUUUCUCGGAGCAACUCUUAUUUUAAAGAUUGUAUUAUGCAGGGUUUUUUAAUUUGUAGGAGUUAGUGCAGAAAUGGAUUCUGUGCUCAUACAAUCAUGCCUUGGUUUACUGUGACCUCAUUUGUACUGUAAGAUGCAUGUACCAGGAUUGUGGCCUUAAAGCCCAGUGCUGCUGCCUUUGUAGAUAGGCGUAAGUAUCUGAGGGACUCUGAGCACUUCAAAAGUAAUUGUAAACCGUAGUUAAAGGGUUUACCAGGAAUGUGAAGCUCUUUUCCACUUCAUUCCUAUCCACUAAUGCUGGGGAGAAACAUACCAGCUUCUUCAGUGUCUAAAUUUCUUAUAGAAUGAAAUAUACCAUGGCAUCUGCUGUAUAAAUGGUAAUACAUUUCAUUUUAAAGAUUUAUGUGCUGCCUUACGCUUUGUACUGCAGUAUAAAACUAGUUGAAACAAACAGAAGUGUGGUAAAUUCACCUGGAGGCUGACUUCAUAGGGAGGCAGUUGUUCUGAAUCACUAAUACAUGGGCUCCUGUAGACUUUGUCACCUGCAGACUUGGUUUCAGUCUCCAGACCACGGAGUUAAUCUUGGGCUAUGCAUGUAAGCCAGAACAAGCAAAAUGUUGCAGUCUUGUGCUCCCCCUUUUACCUACCUCAUGCAUAGCUGGGAGAGAAACGUUAGCAGUAUUUAUUUCACUUUUAAAAAAACAAAAGCAGAAAAAACCCUAAUUGUGGUUUAAACAGGGAUUCUGGUUCAAAACAAAUUCUGGUAAGCUUCACAACAAGCCAACUUCAAACAAUGGGCUUGAAGUUGGCUUGUUAUCAAACUUACCAGAAUUUGUUUUGAACCAGAAUCCCUGUUUUGAAUGUAAGGGUAAGCCAGGAUUAUGAAAAUUGAACAUUCAAGUCAAUGCAUUCAUUGAUCCUGUCAGAAUAAAGCUUGCACAGAAAAAUUGGAUAGAAAAAUAUUGAAACUCUUUAACAGAUAGGAAAACAGGAUUGCAGCUAGAUAGGGGUUUUUUCCCUUGGAUCCUUGGUCUCUAGAGAAAUUUAGCUACAGAGGAGAAUGAUUUUUCAUUCCUUAGAAAGGGGUGAGGAACCUGUUGCCCUCCAAAUGUUGCUGGACUACAACUCUCAUAAUCCCUGGCCAACGGCUGAUGGGAAUUAUAGUCUACAGCCUCUGGGGAGCCAAAAGUUCCUUAUCCUUGCCUUAAAAGCUUCUAAUGUUACUUACCUUGUGAAGUUAGGGUUGUAAGUCUUAAAAUUAAAAUAGACGUGUUUCACAUGUAAUUUGAAAAUGUAUUGAACAGUGUUAAGGCCUGGAAGAAACCCCAUAAAUAUUGAGGGUGGUGGGGUACUAUUUGUGUUUCUGCACUUCCUCAAAAUGAUUUUUAAUAACAGAGAACCUACAGUGUUCAAUAAAUACACUUGCUGUUUAUUGUACAGUUGUACAACUUGAGUCCCAGUUCUGAAAGGCUAGAGAUUCCUUUCUAAGCGAAUUGGAAACAGCUUGAAAGAGAAAUCCUUCAGGAGUUACAAUGUGGGUUUUUUUUUUUUUUGUAUUGCUUCUUCAGAUUCCUUAUAGUGUUAACUGGAGACCAUUUCUAAGCCCAGAUAAUAACAUAUUUCAUUUUGGUUACUACAUAAUAGCUGGCUUUAGUGUUAGAGCAGUUCUGCACUCACUUAUCUGGGAGAAAGUCCCUUUGAACUCAGGGAGGUUUAUUUCUGAGUAAACAUAGGAUUGCAACCAAAAGCUUGAUCUUUUGUACCAACCCAGGGACAGCUGUGGGCCAGAGUCCUGCAUGGCAGAGAGUUGGACAAAAUGACCCUCAUGGUCCCCUCCAGUUCUACAGUGCUAUAAUUCUAUGCACUGUUAAAUAUCUCCCCUUGCCCAUUUUACCAAUUGGCAAAAAAAAAAAAAAGUAAGUUUAUUUUUAAUACUUUAAAAUAUAGGCUUUUGCUGCUUCGUUUCUAACACUGGGUAAAAUUGGAAAUUAUUGUUUGAAUUAAAGGAAGGUGUUAAUAAAGUUACUAAAUCUAUCAAACAGUACAGAUCUUCUGCAGAGGGAAUGAACAUGUUGGAGUAGACCACAUGGGAAGCAAGAACUUUAUGUAUUAAGUUAUACAUUUCAUGUUCUUAAAGUAGUAGAGUUAAGUUUAGAAUGGAAAAUAAAAUAAAUAAUGCAGCUAUUUCAGUUUUAUUCAGUUUCCAUUUAUUUCUUUAAAAAUGGGAGAAAUGUAUCUUUUCCUCAUCAAUUAAAAACAUUAUUUUUUAUAUUUCGAAGUGUAAUUCUAAUGUUCAAAAGGUUUUGGAUCAAGUUAAAGGUGCAACAGAAUUUAUUAGCUUUCCUUUUCUUUGCCAGGAAAAAAAAACCUAUUUUCCUUACAACACUGACAGCAUACAUUUCCAGGUAGUAAUCAAUAGUCUUAAAGUGGACUGAUCAAUGAGAUCAAGAACUAAAAUUCACCCCAUUGAGAAUUUCCAUCUAUACCUGACUCUUCAAACUAACGAAAACCUAUUAAUCAUUUGACUAUGCACGUAAUUACUGAUUUGUUGUCUUAAAAACUACAACCUUGGGUAAUGGAUAUCAUCAAUCAGGUGACAGCCCAUCUAAGUCUAUGAAAAUCAGCCCCUGCUGACUAUUAAAUGCUUUGCCUGCAUUAUUUACUAUAAUGCCUUUUACUAAGGAUUCCCUGCAUGUCUGUGUUUGCAAUGUAGAAUAGCAAGCUAGCAAGCAACUGAUAAUGCCUCUAAACAUUGCUGCAACUCUUACUUGAAUAUUUUGGCAGCAGAAUUCAGCUGAGCUGGUAACAUCAAUGCUAAAACACAGCCUUUAAUUUGUUGUGGCUCCCAGGGGAGAAGGUUAUUGUGACUAGUUCACAGUAUGCUUUAAGGUAAUGGAAUCUCUUCCAAGGAAAAUAGCAAGCAUAUUGCAGCAGCUCUAUUGAUACACUAAAAAGCCUGUCAUAAUAUUUCUAGGAUUGCAUUAAGAUUUAUGGUAAAAGAGGCCUCCUUGCUAUCUUGGGAAGGUAAAUUCUUGUCUCACUUCUAUAUUGAUUAAACAAUUCCCCCCCCAAAAAAACCUAUUUAGAUUGCAUAAUGGGGAUAUCAUAUUUCUACAUGAUUUCAUAAGGAAUAAAUGUGGUGCUUAGCGCGAAUAAGAGAAGGAAGCAGCCAAGACUCUAAGAGAAGACGAAUGUAAUGAUUGAUCAGCAAGAUAUGUGGUAGCUGCAUAGGACAUACUGAAGUAGUGUCUACUAACACAACUAAUCUUUAUGCUGUUUGCAGUCCUAUUGAAGACCAGGGUCUACUGUAGGGCAUUACCUUAUCCACUUGCUCUGGUAUUGUGGCUUGACUAGAUCUAACUUGCAGAUAAUUUCUCUGGGUGCUUGCUGUGCAAAAGCAAUUGCUAAUUUGCAUUUACUAGCAAUUCUAUUCACCUCUGCGCUGCCAUGAAGCCAUGUAGCUUUUGUUCAAGACUGAGGAUCUGCUGAAAAUUUAAACUGGACAAGCAGGGUGAUUGAGGGAGCAAGGACGAACUGGCAUUGGGAGGAGGAGAAAAGGAAAGGUGUCUGAGAGAGAUCUCCACGGGGUAUGUGUUCCUGAAAGCUAGUUUAAUUUUUGUGUGUUUGGAUUUGCAGGGAGGGUGCAUGGGCAUAGCCAGGAUUUAUGUUGGGGGAGCAGGCUUUGUGUUGGGGGGUGGUGCAGAACCUCAGUUAAUUAAAUAUUUUUAUUGAUUUGCUUGAUCUUGGGGGGGGGGGCAGAUGCCCCCCUUGGCUACACCCAACAUCACUUUAACAUUCCUACUGAGAUCACUGGGCUCCCAAAAGGCUGGGGACAUCAGAUUAGUUCAACCACUUCUCCACCAGAAGGGACAUGAAUAAUGGGUUCAAUUGUUGCUGUUUACCAGUGCCUUGGGAUACUUGUAAAACAUUUUGUAAAAAGGAAUUACAGUAGUGAUUUGAGGAGUAGGAAGCUUGUGAAAUUCUGGCUAGUUCAUUCACAGUUCUGGGAUCCUCAUGUCACCUGGAAAGGCCUUUGCUUCUGAACUUGGUUUCUGUUGUUGCUUUAAUUUGUCUGUCACAAAAGACAGCUGCUCACAAUUGUUCACAAUAUGACUCGCUAUUGCCAUUUCAGGCAGUCACAUCAAUUCUCUGAUAACUGGAAAAUCUCAUGAACUUGCUGUGAGUGAGUACCGGUACAUGUAUUCUUCUAUUUUAACAAAGCUGUCUUCAUAGUUUGAUGCAGAUGUAGGCUAAUUAUUUGAAUCCAUCUAAAAUAAACCCUGAACACUUUAAAUAUAAUCACAAUUAUUUAUUUCGGUAUUAGUUGCAAUAUUUUCAGUAAAUGAGCUCCCUAUUUGUAUCAUUGAGUGAACAUUUUUGUGCAAAUUUGGAAAGUCCUUUCUGAGAGACCUUUCCUUGGAUUUUUGUCACUAAGAUGUAGAAUUCCUCCUUGUCCAUGUUGUGAAAUUGAACAGGUGUGGGUGUGGCCUAGGGGUUAGCAGGUGUGGCUUACAGAGAGUGCCUGCAAUUGAAUUAAGAGGUGAGUGGGCUGGAAAUUUCCUUUAUGUUCUGUGGAAAAUAUAUACAAUACAGUGGUACCUCAGGUUACAUACGCUUCAGGUUACAGACUCCGCUAACCCAGAAAUAGUGCUUCAGGUUAAGAACUUUGCUUCAGGAUGAGAACAGAAAUCGCGCAGCAGCGGCAGCAGGAGGCCCCAUUAGCUAAAGUGGUGCUUCAGGUUAAGAACAGUUUCAGGUUAAGAACGGACCUCCGGAACGAAUUAAGUACUUAACCCGAGGUACCACUGUAUACACAAGCAGAAAUACUGCUUACCUGUUUACCAUGAUGACACUUUUCAUAAAUGCUUAUUUUAAGUUGAGCUUGUUAUGUCAAGUUGAUUGCAUAACUAACGUCCCUAAUUUACUAGCAUGCUAUAUAUAAAAAGUGAAUUAAUUCUCCAAAUGUCAAUCAUUAUGUAGCUAAAACAACACCAUCUACAACAAGAGGGGAGGUUUUAGGCUUAGAGGAAGGCCUAAGGAGGAUGCACCCUAAAAUAGUACAAUGAGAAUGGAGCAUUUUUGGUGUCCAAGGAAUGCUGAGUAUUAGAUGGCAUGGUGCAUUGCUGGGGGUUGGAUUAGAUGACACUCAUACUUCCUUUGAGGUCUACAGCUCUAUGAUGUCCAGAAUAUUAUGGAAAAGGGCAUGGCAGACUGGAGCCCUGAGCUGGAGUAUUCUAUACUGAACUAUUUCAUUGCAGUACCCACUUGUUAACAGUUUCGUAACACGAUACUUCCCUCUUUUUGUUGUUGUUUAGUCGUUUAGUCGUGUCCAACUCUUCGUGACCCCAUGGACCAGAGCACGCCAGGCACUUCUGUCCUCCACUGCCUCCCGCAGUUUGAUCAAACUCAUGCUGGUAGCUUCAAGAACGCCAUCCAACCAUCUCAUCCUCUGUCGUCCCCUUCUCCUUAGCCUCAUGUUUCUUGCAACCUAGAAAAAGUCUGGAGUAUUAGCCUGUUUAGGAAAACUUUGCAGCAUGCCAGUGGUAGCUAGCAACCUUUUACGUUGCAGUGUGUUUAGAGGUCACUUUAAAACUUUUGUACUUCUUACUACCGCCAUAGUAAUGUUAUAUUCAAGUCCUAAUAAAUAACUUGCAGAGAAGUUGGAAUGCUUCGCUUGCAUCUUAAUUAACAUUUUCUGCUUGGUCAUGAUCAAAAUGGGAAUGUAUUUACAUAAAAUUAAUCAAGCUCUUGUUCCUAGCAAUUGGGAAAGGGUAUAGAGAAUUCUUUUCUAACUUGUAAGAUGUAGUUCAUCGCUAUUUAAAAUGCAUAUGAGUAAUAGCAGGUAAAGUUGAGGAAGCCUUCUUAAAAGGGGAUAGGCAAUUGUGAUGCUAAAGACCAGAACAUCAUGGUCAGGAUUCAGUGAGUGAGUCCCAUCCACAGAAGCCUGUGCAAGGACUUUGGCUUGUGCAGUGGAACUUAUUCUUCCCUACCAUGCCCCUGCCCUGAAUCUUCCAACAUUUACCAAUAUUCAUUUUUCAACAUUUACUUAAGAAGGUAGACUAUAUAUCCUAUUUUUAUUCAGAUUUUUUAAAAAAUUCACUUUUAAUCAAUGCUAUCUUUCAAAAUACAAGCUGACUUUGCUGGGAACAAACAUUUUAAACCAAAGUAAUUUGUCUACUUGGUAUCCUUUAGAAAGUCAUGAUUCAAUUUUUAAUACCAGGAGUUGCCCCCAUGAGUGCUCCAUGUGGUGUCCACAAAAGGCCUCGGCAAAUAACUCCUCAAAAAUUCACAAUACAAGGCUAUGUGUCCUUCCUGCUCGGUUCUUUUAUUAUUAUUAUUAAUUUUAUUCAAGAUUUGACAAUAACAAUAAAUGAACAAUAACUAACACAUCAAUUCGCUAUAUGCUACAGUUGACCAUCUUUAGCAAUAAUUAACAAAUGACAAAACAUCGCUUCAAAUUAGUCAACUUUUCAUAUUUAACUUUGUCUCUUUCUUAGCUGAUAAGAACCUGCUCGGUUCUUCAGGUAGCCACUUUGUUACGCUUCACAGCGAUUUUGUGUCUGACACUUCCUCAAAAUUCCCAAUGUUCUCACUGGCUCAGAAAUGCUUUUCAGCACCUGUUCUAGCAAAUAAAGUGAGCUGAAGCCAGCUAUAUAAAAGAAACACGAGACCACCCUGACUUCUGAGUUCAAGCAACAUGACACAAUUGGUCAUUACGAAUAUGGCAGUUGGCCAGAUACCGUAGGUACUUCAUGACAACAGACUAAGCAAUUUAAGUCUCAUAUAUUUCAAAGGCAGAGUGUUAGGCCUCCAUGUCCAUAUAAUCAAUGGGAGUUGAGAUGGGUUGUGCCCUUUCCCUUCCAUGGAGUCCUGCCUAUUAAUUACAGGCAACUGUUUCUGGAACGUUAUUGGUGCUUAGUCCUUGGGUGAUGUUGCUUGGUGACGUGUACAGUGAGCCAAGCAGGGUUUUUAAUUUCACCUUGUCUAUAGAUUUAUUAUUUGUUGAAUAUAGUGAUAUACCACCUCUCUGUCAAGCAGUUUUCGAAACUCCUAUUGUCCUAGGCACAUUUUGCGACAAGGAAUUUCAAUUGCAAGAGCCAUUUCUGAGCUCUGGGCGCAGUACCAUGCCUAAGGUUCCUCAUUAAAACUGCAGCGUGGAAGGAAAGGAGGACUUUUUUCUGCCUCCCGACUUCCAGCCACUCUUUGAAGAGUGGAGAAGAGACUCUCUUAAGAAUAUUAGGGGGUGGGCAGGGGAAGGACUAGAUCGCGUGGAAUAUGAACAUAAUAUUUUAGCUGCAGUUCAUUCAUUUUCAGCUCUGUAUUCUUGUUAUAAAAAAGAGGUUACGUUGUUGCAUCCGUAACCUCGGUUUAAGGUGCCAUUUAGCUCCUAGCUUCCGUAUCUCAGUUUCUAACACUGCUGUCAAGGCACCUAGGAUGGUUUACAGUUCAAAAUAUUAAUACGAGCUAAUAGUGCCAUUGGAUAGUGCAAAAGGUUUGUGGACCACUGCAUGGGUACAAAGUGAUGGGUAGUUCCACUGUUUGCAAGAGAGGCAUAUAAGCAAUCUCCCAUCUAUAUACCACUUUUCUAGAAGCUCCCUUGACCUUCAGAAGCAGCCUAGGGGACACAAGUGGCUGCAGCAGGAAAGAGCAGACAGGGAAACUCUUCUCUGGCUUCCAGCAUAUGUGGUGUGUAAAGGUUUGAAUUAUUCUUUUAUGUUAUAUAUAGACUAUUAGUUUAAAACAUUUAUGUUACAGCAACAAGAGCAAUUGUUAUAGCAACCAAUUAGUACAUAAGUUUGUGCAGGAAAUGUAUCGAUUAAACAAAUUCAUUUAGGUAUUUUUUUUUAAAAAUUAAAACAUACUUUAGGUACUUGCAUUUAGAUCAGGCUACUAAACUAUUUAUAUUGACAGACCUUGAAGGAGCCCUAUGCUCUUCACUUAAAGGCCAGUGACGUUAAGAUUUUAAGAUUAAUUCCAAGAGUGUUUUUCUGGAUUAAAAAUCAACAACACUUGAUCUGUGUUCUGAACAUUUCACCUUUGGUGCAACACAAUCUGCACUGUAGAAGUCAAGAACUAUAAUAUUUCUGGGUUUCGUAAGUUUUCUGUAUUCCUGAGGAACACACAAGAAGAUUUUGUCUACAGAGUGUAGCUUGUCCUCUGAAGAAACAAACUGACUAGUCAUGCUAUGUUUAAACUAUGUGAAAUUAACGACCGUGAUCUUAACCAGAAGAAUGCUCUAUUACAGAUCAUUUCUAUGUAGCAGGACUGAGGAGCUAUUAACGUCCUAAUGAUUCAUCCUCGUAAAUUCAUGUGUGGUAGGCUGACAUAGCCCUGCUAUUCUACCCUGACCCUUUCCUCCUCUUUUCUUAUCUAUGACUUCAUCCAUUACUUGCCAACUCCUCAGUCGCAUCAUGUCCAGAAUGGAACUUCUAGUCUGUUCUUGAGUUUUUCUAUAGUCUUGCUUACUGGCUUUCACUUUCAGAGUAAAUAGAUAAUUUAAUUUGAAGGUUGGCUUCUGUUAACAAUACCUUUUAAAACAAUUUUCUUCAGCUAACUGUACUCCUGUUCAUGUUUUUUCGUCUCAGUUCUGCCUUCUUUGCUUGCCUCAAGCUCUCCUGCUGACUAAGGGCAGUCCCCUAAUGUGCUACUGAAGGUAGUUAAUGCAGUCUAAAAUGCAAAUACUGUAUAUGCACACAAGCCUGGAGCUUACCAGAUUGAUGCAAAUAUUUUAUGUUGUUUGUCCAAAGAGUGGGACUCUUAAAAUGCAGCAUUAAUGGUAUGGGCUGAACCCACAGAGCAGUGGCACUAAUGUUUAAAUAUCACACAUCACAUUGUUUCACAUUCCAUUAGCUGUCCUGCCCUCUUUUUUCCAGUAUUGGAACCUUUUUCCAAAGUUGAUGUAUCUAUUCACUUUUGACACUAAUCCGGCUUGGACACCAGGACAAACCAUGUUCUUUUGACAUGCAAAUGAACCUCAGCAAUCUUGAGCCCAUGCACUCCUUCCUUCUGACAAGGCCAAGAGGAGCUGGAGAGCUGUCACAUCCAUUUGUGAUUAACUACAGGUUAGAAUCAUAGAGUCAUUGAGUUGUAGAGUGGGAAGAGACCCCAAGGAUCAUCUAGUCCAACCCCCUGCAGUGCAGUAAUAGACAACUGUCCCACAUGGGGAUCAAACCUGCAACCUUGGCAUCAUCAGCACCACACUAACCAAAUGAGCUAGGUUGCAAUGUUAGAAGCCAACAAGCUGGUUAAAGGUGUGUUUGAAACCAGUAGGCUUCAAAUCAUGAACGUGGCCAGCUUGUGUCAACCAAUAUUAGUUAAUUUGAACCAAAAAUUGUGUGAAAGACGGUUGUUACUUCCUUUUUAGCAGUGUGUUGACAUCUGUGGGGUGCUUUAAGUGGGAGCCAUUUCCCCUUCCUUAAACAAGGUGCAUUCCUACUGCCACCAGCUGAUAGAUGUGUGGGACUGCAGCUUGCUCCUGUGAAAGGACAACCAGGAGUGCACUUGAAGCUCCUUCUUGUUCCUAUGAACCCGCACCCCUGACCACCCCACACCUGACAUCAGGUAUAGGGUGGAUUUGCGUAGCUCUCCCAAAGCGGCCUGGCAGGACAAAGGUUGCCUGCCUUACUUGAUGGGUUGAAUAUUUUUUGUGAUGCAUCUUGUGCGAGAUGAUGUUAAUUUGGCAGCACCCCCUCUCAUAUAGUUUGUUACAACUUUGUGGGCUUUGAGUUGUGUCAGAUACUCCUAACUUGAAACUUCUCAUCUACUAGCUCUUAUGACUUGCUGCCCAAGGAAGAUCAGUGAAAAUUCCUACAUUCUUCUGCUGCCUUUUGCAGCAUCUUUAAAUGCUCACAGUGAACAUCACCUCCUCAAAAUCCGUAGGUUAGGAUUUGGAGCAGUACUUAGUGCUGAAAUGCUGCCUUAUUACUUCCAGGCUUUCAGAUUGCAUGCCGUUUCUCUGGAUGCACGGAUUGGUAAUGAUUAAAAUACAAUCCAUUAAGGAAACGCUAAUGUCGUUACCCUGAAGUACCCCAGACUGAAAGAUUUUUCUAGUCUAAUUCGUUGUACAUGUAAAGCCUGGCCAUUCCUCCAAAAUUCCCUAGGCUUCUCAGUGAAAGCAUUUGUGCUUGUUCUGUGACAAUAGCUACAGGAAAAAGGCGGAGACAAGUGAUUGCAUAACGCCGAUGGGCAAGAGAUGGCAUUUUCAGGUCUCUGCCGUCUUACUGAGCUUAUUCAACUCUAAAAAUCUUUCCCUGGCUCUCUGUUUUUACGUAGAGCUAUAAGUGUUCCAUUUUCUCCAUCCUUUCCAAGAGAAUUCAGCUGUAUUGAACAACAGCUUCCUUUCUUUUUGGUGCAAGCUAUUGAGUCACAAAAGUAUUGUAAUCAUCAUGUCAGAUGGCUCUCUGCUUUUGAUGAUCAUAUGUCAUAAUGGGCGAAAACGCCUGCAUCUGCCAGUGCCACCCCACACCCUCAACUUGAGUCCUGUCACUGAUAGUGCAGAUAUCUGGAAAUUAUUGUGUCGGUUCAGAUUCAGUCAUGGGAUAUUGAAAUCUGCACAGUGUGCAUUAAUAUCUGAUACUGGGAAAGCGGUGUGGCUGCUGACAGGGAAGGUGAUAGUCGGUUUGAAGGGUGAGGAAAUCUCUCGGAAACAGGAAAGGUUGUGGUUUUCACAGCCAAGGGUGGCGGGAAGAAUAGAAACGGGGAGCAACCUCAGUUAUCCAGGAGGGUGGAGCAAUUCACGGGAUGUGGAAGAAAGGCAAUUUUGGGCCAUGUCAAUCUCUAGACAAUUACUUGUUUUCUUCCAACAUGAGUUACUACAAAGCAGUACUCGCCCACAGCUCCUGUAAGUUGUCCUUAGCUCUGUUGGGCUCAUUCUACUAUGUUUCCCCAGCAAAGCUCCCACUUUUCCAUAUCUUACUCUGCAGUGUUCUAGUAUGGCAUUACCAAAGAGCACAUCCAAGCCAAGACAGAUGUCCGCUAAGACUUCCAUUUCUCAAGUCUUGCCUUCUGUUUGAAGCGACUUUCAUUCAGAUUGCGGCACUUCUACCUUCCAGCUCCUCCUACCUCCCAGCCUCUUUAAGCAGCGUAGGUCAGCCACACAGAAUAUGGAGCCUGUUUUUUCAUUGUGCACAGAGUUUUCACUCCCCAGGAACUACAGCUAGUUUUAGACUGCAAUUAUAGAACACUAGAGUUGGAAGGGACCCUGAGGAUCAUCUGGUCCCACCCACUGCAGUGCAGGAAUAUGCAGCUGUCCCAUACGGGCAUUGAACCUUUUCUUUUGCUGCCAUGCUACUCUGUAGACCCCUGAUUCGCCCAGCAUCCAUCCUCCAAAAAAUACUCUUUUUUGCUGCCAUGUUACCAGGUCAACCAGGUGUAGGGUAUUGUCUUUUGCUGCCGGGCUACCCUGCAGACCCCCUUAUUCUCCUGACAGCAAAAACAAAAACAACCUCCCCCCCUUAAUUUGUCUUGUAGAAAGGGUUACUCUGUACCGAAGUUAACAUUGAUGCCUUUUUUUGAGGUGGAAAAUAUUUUGAAAAUGAUGUUCUGAAGUAUCAGUCCAUAGAGCAAUUCUGUUCAACAAUGAUUAAAAACUACAACUAUUUUUGCCUGGUUGGACCUCAAAAGUAUCACAGGGAAGCAUGAUCUUACACUCCCUCUAGUGGUGAUCUGGUUACAAUAAUCUAUAUGCAAAUACCUCCCAUACGAUUUAUAUCUAAUAAUCCUUUCUUGUUUCUAGAUCUGGUACUUUAUUCAAGGGUCAAAGUCUAUCAGUUCUGAAUCAUAAAAAACAACAGGCUUAAAAAAUAGAACUGAGUGCAGAUUAUCGGCUAGCUUCAUACAUUUCUACUACAAAGAUAUCUAACAAAUUAGUCUCUAGAAUCUAGAUGGGAAAUAAAGAUUGUCAAAUGCUUGCCUCUGACAGAUUUGAAAGAUGGCUGGUCUGAGUUCAUGAGCUCUGUUAGGGCUAGACAGCGCCAUUACAUUUCUUUUUCUUGUGCUCUUCCUUGCCAAGUAUUCCUCACGAACAUAUUUUGUGUUUUUAUAUUGUAAAGCGCCCCAUGAUCCUCAGAUGAAGGGUGGUAUCAAAAUUUAAUACAUAAUAAUGAUAAUAAAGCACUGAUUUAUAGUACAUAUUUUCUUUUAAGGAAGGAAAUGCAUUUUUUCUCUGAAAUUGAUUCUUAGUUUACUCCACCCUAGCAAAUAUUGAAUAAAAUGGCAUGAACAAUCUUUAAAGCAGGCAUAGGCAAACUCAGCCCUCCUGAUGUUUUUUGAGACUACAGUUCCCAUCAUCCCUGACCACUGGUCCUGUUAGCUAGGGAUGAUGGGAGUUGUAGUCCCCAAGCAGCUGGAGGGCCGAGUUUGCCUAUGCCUGGUUUAAAGCAUGCAGUAAAAUGGAUUUUCCCCUUCCAAACAAAAGCAUUACAUAAUCAUAAACAAUGGCUUUAUUUGAAGUCCCUUGUAAACCAAAAUAUCAACAGACGUGGUUGGAAAGCCAGUUCAGUUUUUAAAGAGUUAAAUAUUGAUACAGUUAUGAAUAUGAAUCUCAUCUAUACUUGAUGAAGUGAUAAGUGUGUUGGGGGGAGGGCUGUAUCAGGAUCCAGCUAUACUAUUUAUACACUCACAUUCUUCUGAGAAUGUGACAAAUGGAAUUUCAGUUACCAGCUUUGGAGAAUUAACAUGAUAUUGUGAGAGGAAACAUUACCAAAGAAAUUAUGUCUGCAGUCUGAAAUGUGUCGGGAACCAGGAACUGCGAGACAAGCCAGUGGCUGGAACCAGUGAGCAAGGCAGAAGAAUAAACCUCAAGGCAAGAGCCAGAAACGAAUCAGGAGUCAGAACUAAAGAGCUGAGGACAGGCCAAAAUACAGGAACACACCAGAGCUCUGGACGACCUUAUUGCUCAUGCGAGUAUCAGUGGCUCAGAAAGACGCAGCGGUCAGCCAGAUGGACAAAGUCAUUUUCGGAGUUUCUUCCCUAAGAAGCCUGCCACCUGCAGUUUGGCGCUUCAUCACAUGGGGGAGCGACACAAAGGUUCCAGCAGCCCUUGAUAUUCCUUCCACCCAAUUUACCACAUGAUCACAAGCAAUUGUAAAAACAAACAAACUUAUGGUUUUAGAAGUCCUCCAUCUGCAAAUAGCCUCAAGAAUCCUGAUGAACCAACAAAGGACUCAGCAAUACAGCUGCAAAUUAAACAUUUUAAGUGUGUUGUAAAGCACAAUAUACAAAUGUGACACUAGAUGGUGACAGUGAGCUAUGCCAAAUUCAAUGUAUUUUUCAAAACUUUUUUUAAAAAGCAUUUUCACAGCAUUUUUUUUAUAUGUGUGUAGAUUCCACCAAAGUAUGUUGGUAUUCAUUAAGAGAUUUUGGACUCUCUAAAUGAGGUGGAAUAAGCAGUGAAACUUGCAGUUAUGAAGAAAGAGAAAAUAGAUGAAAUUAUUUCUAAAAUAAGUGGAAGAGCCUUAAUGCCAUCAGUUCAACUAUUUAAGACCGAAGUAGAGUUUGAUAUGCUUUUACAUCUCAAUAAUAUCAUCUCUAUCUGUGCUGUUUGCUUCCAGGUUCAAAAACUGUUUUUAAAACAGUUGCCGCUUCAAAAAGCAGAACAAAAAGCUAGCGUUAGAAAGAAGUGUACUUUGUAGUCUGUAUGUUGAAGAAACUGAAGUGUUCAUUAGUUGAUUUAUCAAUAUUAUAACAAUAUUUAGAAUUUCAUUUAGCAAGCUGAUAGGUAGAUUUUGGUGGUCUAAUUGGUGUGUGUUCUGAGCUCCAUCAUCCUGUUCAAUCAAUGGGAAAAAUAGAUACUGAUGAUUUGUUCAUGUUGCAUUUGUGGAAUAAAAUCUAUUUGAUAAAUAAAUAUGUGGGGUUAUUGUGUUUUGUUUUUGUUACUAUUCUAAUGUAUUUUUGUGUUUUUAUAUUGCAAACCACCCUGUGAUCCUCGGAUGAAGGACAGUAUAGAAAUAAAAUAAAAUAAAAUAAAAUAAAAUAAUAAAAUAAAAUAAAAUAAAAUAAAAUAAAAUAAAAUAAAAUAAAAUAAAAUAAAAUAAAAUAAAAUAAAAUAAAUAGCUUAAUAGACACAGAAGGUUCUCUGUGUGUUUUUCAGUUGGAAUAAUGUUUGUAACUUGGACCAGAUUGCUUGUCAAAAUUUUGGCAGUUAACUAAAUCAUUAGUUUGCAAGGUUCACUGCAGACAUUAUAUAUAUAUAUUUUGAGAUCCUUACAUUGAAACUAAAGCUCUGUUCUAGUCUUUUGAGGUGGAAAAGUGACAAAUGCUUGUUUGUCAUUUUCUUUUGAAAUCUGAAAUGCUUUUCAGAUUCUUUCAGUUACGUAAUAUGUUACUGUUCACAGAGCCAGAAUACCCACUGAAAUGACUGGUCUUACACAUUCCUAGCUGUGCAGGAUGUAUACUCUUUGGGUAACCUCUUUGCCUUUCUAGGAAAUACAUCCAACACUUUAGUGUCUCUUGUUUUAGCGCUGCAGAAUCAUUUGCAUGCUUCUAGGACACACAGCUGGAAAGGGAGGAAAGGAGUUGUCAUUCUCACCUCCUCAAAAUCUUUGCAAUUUCAGAUUGUACCCAAGGUCACCUUUACUGUAACAUUUUCUAUCAUCUCUCACCAAGACAAAAUUUCAUUGUGUUUUGCGAUAUCAACCAGUGCUGGGGGACAACACACUUUUGCUAUCUAGUGAAGACUGCAGGCGGUGCUUCAGAGAAGGGGAGAGAGAAUGGAAUAUUUUAUCUGGAAGAGCUGGAUUUGGGAAGUUGGUAUUUGCAUGAUGAUAAAGGGGGCCAUUUUUGUGGUCCUUUUCGUAGCAGGUCAUGUCAUGGCAGAAUUUAGUGGUAUUUGUGGCACCUUUUCUAAGUGUGUUCUGCAGAGUUCAUCCAAUCCCUGUGCUUUUCUUUCAAUGUUUCUCUGCCUGCAGUUGAUAUGACAGCAUGUCAGCUUGCAGUCGAGGUGUCAUCACAACAAGCUUCUGAAAUUUUGGUUUUCUCUGUUUGACUGUGAUUUGAGAUUGUGUAUUGAUUGAAGUGUAAUCACGACAAAAUUGUCAUAAUAAUGUUGGUCGGCAAGCCUUUUGCUGAGAAGCAAGCUCUGCUUUGAAAAAAGUACCUGUGCUGUAAGGUAAAGGUAAAGGUACCCCUGCCCGUACGGGCCAGUCGUGUCCAACUCUAGGGUUGCGUGCUCAUCUCGCUCUAGAGGCCGUGAGCCGGCGCCGUCCGAAGACACUUCCGGGUCACGUGGCCAGCGUGACGAAGCUGCAGCUGGCGAGCCAGCACCAGCGCAGCACACGGAAACGCCGUUUACCUUCCCGCUAUAAAGCGGUCCCUAUUUAUCUACUUGCACUUAAGAGUGCUUUCGAACUGCUAGGUGGGCAGGAGCUGGGACCGGAGCUCACCCCGCCACAGGGAUUCGAACCACCGACCAUACGAUCGGCAAGUCCUAGGCACUGAGGUUUUACCCACAGCGCCACCCGCGACCUGUGCUGUAAACAGUGCUAUAAUUGUGAGAUGUGAAAAAGCUUAUCCCCACCCUCACCCUAAUUUAACCUUCAGAGUAUGACCCUUGAUGAACCUUGGUUCCGUUCCCAUUCUGCCACUUCCAUUUCUCCACAGCAUAUCCAUGAAGUGAAAUCAAAUUAUGGACAGUAUUUCUAAAUGACUCAAUAUUACUGAUAUGAACCACUUGUUUAUAUAAGUAGCAUACAUAUUACCGUAUUUCCUUGUAGAAAGCAGGGGAUUCUCAACUGUAUUAGAAAUGGGUUAAUGUGAGAGUUCAUUGUCUUGACUGCUGCGGGAAAGAGAUUAAUUCGGUUGCAUAAAAUAAAACCUUAAAUUUAGAAAGUCUAAAUAGGAGCAGAUAUUUAUGCAGUGAUGAGGCACCUAGGUUAUGCUCCUUUCCCUCUUAUUUAAGAAGAUCAUAGUAUGAGAAUAUCAUAGGAAUGGCAUCUUGCCAUAGUCUCACUGUUUAACUUUGCAUAUUUACUGUCACUCUUUCUGCUGUGCAUAAUCCUUCAUUUAGCAGUAUGUAAGGCUACUUCUUGAUUUGGUUGAUUCAGUUGACAUUCAUCGUGUCUAAUUUUAAAUGAACCGAACACUUAGAAGCACAUGAAGAUUGGCUUGCUUGGUCAUGCCAAUGCUCUUAACACAGUCCUUUCCUGACACGCCCCCCCCCCCCCCGCCACGACUUAAAAACUGCUGAGUCUUUUGGUGGACCACUUACUGAUUUUUCUGCAAAUUGUAGCAAAUUGUAAUUGUAAUGUAACACAGCGAAAUAAAAUAUAAGAAAAGAAGGAAUAAAAAGAUAAUUAAAAUCCAUAUGACUAUUUGAUGGGGACAUGCUGAGGACCACCUGAAUGAAGUUUGGGAACACCUUGUCUAUCAGGACUAUAACACUCAAACUGGUUGUGGCCAGAGACAGGACACAGAAUCUGCAUGGUGAUUUCAGAGGAGAACUGGAAAACUCACUCAGAGCUGCAUCAGCCAUGGCAUCUAGCUCUCACUACAGUGGCAAAAAAUUGUCCUCAGAUAGGGUCUCUGAGGUGUCCUAGACUCCAUCUGCUGAUAUAGGCAUCAGCAGCCUACAGACCACCCUGAAGAACUCCACUGACCCAUAGCUUGAGGCUGUGACGGAAGCAGUAAAGUAGGUCCUCACAUUCAGACAUGAAUAUGCACUCUAGCAUUGUUUGGUUGUCUUUACAGUAGGAUUUUUCUUUCUGCUGGUACAGUGGUACCUCGGGUUAAGUACUUAAAUCGUUCCGGAGGUCCGUACUUAACCUGAAACUGUUCUUAACCUGAAGCACCACUUUAGCUAAUUGGGCCUCUUGCUGCUGCCGUGCUGCCGGAGCAUGAUUUCUGUUCUCAUCCUGAAGCAAAGUUCUUAACCUGAGGUACUAUUUCUGGGUUAGUGGAGUCUGUAACCUGAAGCGUAUGUAACCUGAGGUACCACUGUAUUCAGUCUGUUUAAUUCUGCAUACGUGGACAUAGAGCAUACUGCCAAUCCCUGCCAAAAUACAGCUGAAACAUUUAAUGUUGAUACUUUGGUUGAUCAAGCUGUAUUCAAGUGUGUGUGUGUGUGUGUGUGUGUGUGUGUGUGUGAGAGAGAGAGAGAGAGAGAGAGAGAGAGAGAGAGAGAAGGGAACUGGUUUUCAGCCAAAAGUAUUAUCUUAUGCAGACAGGGAAGACUGUUUUAAUUAGAAGCUUAAUCUGGCACUGAACUGGAUUAACUCCCAGAAGCUCUUAUGAGCAUCCACUCACUGUUACCAGCUGGAGUACAUUCCUUUGCAAAUGCAUUUCAUCUGCAUACCUAGAGUAUUGCUCUUUAAAUCCUUUCCCUCUUUGGGCACUGUCCGUUUGUCAAAAAACAAUCUCUCGUCCUGUGAGACUUUACAUCUUGUCAGUGUGAGAUACAGUAACGUUUUGGAGAGCUCCUUCCUCACCGCUAAUUAUUCUUUUGAUCAGGUUCAUCUGAGAUUCUGGGUAUGAUGGCAUUUCUGUUAGAAAAUAUAGUAUUGGCUUGAUUCUGGCUGAGCUGAGAGAAUCCAGCAGCUUUAUAGCAAACAGCCAUUGCAGUCACUUUGAACAGAAAAAAAUAAAGAAGCAGUAAUGACAGGAGGAGAAGAAAAGAAGUGUAUAAAUGAGUUUGUGAUAGGCUGUUACUAUGCUUCUAAAAAGCCAUAGGGAAAGAAUGGUACAGUUUCAUGUCUAUAGAAUUUUCCAGUAUGAAAUAUGUGCCUAAAAAGAGCUUUCAGAUAAACUGCAUUUUCUAAGUUGAGCAAAAAUGUGUCUUGCAGAUCAAAAAGCAUCAUUUGCGAAUAAGGAAACAGUGAAUAUUUUAGAAGUCUUUGUAGCAUUUUUUAUUCUUGUGUUUGUGCUUGUUAACAUAUCAAUAAAAAUAUUUAAAAUGAAAAGAAAUAAACCUUUAUAGCUUGCUUUUUAUUUCUGGAUAACCUGUUUGCAUAUGGUUAACAUUAGAUAAUCAUUGCUAAGAACAAUUCAUACAACACCUCCUUUCUGAAUGUAAAAUGUUACAAAUCCUGGCUUCUGAUUUAGCAGCUGGCCUGGUUGCCUGUGGUGAGUAAUGCUCUCCCAGCCAAGUUUUCUGUAUGCAAUGAAUCCUCUGCAUGCAGCUGGCUCAUAUGCUCAUUGGGCUGAAGACCUACAAACUCUAAAGCCCCACUUGCAAUUUCUAGCAUGGCUUCAAUGCAAAUGUACAGUGUGCUGCUGAGAGGAGCAUUGCUUCCGCACAUUCAUUGCACAAUUGUCAGGAAAGGUUCACCAGGUAGCCGCUCUUGGUGUAGUAUUGCAGUCUUUCAUCCAGUGACCAUGCUUAGUGCUUUCAGUUGCCCUUCCCAAGAGUCAACCUUCCUGCUGUGAGACAUAUACAUCAGCAAGAAUGGAAAGCAGCUUCCCCCAGUCAUUAACAUACACACUCCCACAUGGCAUAAAACCCUCACCACAGACGCUAUAUGUUGUUAAAUGUUAAUGUCCUUGUCAGAAGCUCUCAGUAAAUAAGUAGUUUGGGAGUUAUGUAUUAGAUUGCAUGGCGGUAGUGCCUAUAUAGUGUAUGUAAAUGAAACUGUCAAAUAUGGAAUUAGUUGCUGUUUCUGUAAUAUCAUAGCGUUGUCUUUCUGAUUGCACAGCAGCGAGGAAAAUAACUGAGCAAGAAGACCUGAAGGGGAGGGUGGAUAUACCUUCCUCCUAGAGCAAGGGUGGAGGAUUUGUUACCUUCUAGAUAUUGCUGGACUCUACCUGCAUCAGCCCAGCUGGCAUGGUCAGCCAUAGGGGAUGAUGGGAGUAUAGCAGGCCUGUAAAGGGAUGUGGGUGGCAUUGUGGUCUAAACCCCUGAGCCUCUUGGGCUUGCCAAUCGGAAGGUUGGCGGUUCGAAUCUGUGUGACGGAGGGAGCUCCCCUUGCUCUGCCCAACUUCUGCCAACCUAGCAGUUUGAAAGCACACCAGUGCAAGUAGAUAAAUAGGUACCACUGCGGUGGGAAGGUAGAUGUCGUUUCCAUGCACUCUGGCUUCCAUCAUGGUGUCCCGUUGCACGAGAUGCAGUUUAGUCAUGCUGACCACAUGACCUGGAAAAGCUGUCUGCAGACAAACGUGGGCUCCCUUGCCCUGAAGCGAGAUGAGUGCCGCACGCCAUCGUCGCUUUUGACUGGACUUAACGGUCCAGGGGUCCUUUACCUUUUUAUAUAGUAGACCCUAGUAGGCCCAUAUUUGGGCCCCCCACCCAAGCCUAGAACCGAAGAAGGUUCCAUGCCUCUGCGCAUUCACACACAUGGGAUUGUUUAUGUAUGGAUGACCACUGAAUGAACCUUUACAGCAGUGUGCUUCCCAAACUUGGUUUUGGACUACAAUUCCCAUCAUCUCUGACCAGUGGUCUUGCUAGCUAUGGGUGAUGGGAGUUUUGGUCCCAAAACAAUUGGAGACCCAAGUUUGGCGAACACUUCUUCACAGGAAACUGCAACCCCCUUCGCUCACCCCCAUGUAAUCUAGAACUCCAUGCGUCUUGCAGGACAGGAUGCUCAAAUUAAGCUGCCAUACAUCACUAAGUGUAGCAGACUUCAGCAUUGCAUAACGGUCUUAUUUUAGUUUGGCAAGCUAAACCUUUUGAGGUUUCCAGUGUACAGUGUGUGUAUUCCGUAGGGUGCAGUAUGCUCAUACAAUCUUAGAAAUUGUAGAAUUCCUGAAAAGGAUUAUGUGAUGCUAAUGAAACCCUAGCAGGUUUUCAGCAUCAGUAGCUCUAAUUUUCAGACAGCUGCUGCAUUAGAUUGUAUUUAAUGAUAUCGAGGCCCAGCUGGAGUUGUCUUAGCUGACUUUGCUUACCAGUCGAACAGAGCACCAGGUGUGAUUGCUGGAGUGUGGAAAUAAUUCUGUUGUGCAUAGGCUAUCAUCAGCAAUGCUACUUGCUCUCUCGUCUAAAGAUGUUUUUACUCGCUGUUGGAGAAAAUAAACACUUUGGACAUUGUUAGUAAAUACUGGUUCAUUAGUCUAAUGCUAUUUAUAGCAAAGUGGCUACAAUAGUCAUUAAUGUCUUCGGUGGAGGGGCAUACUAGAAUUAAGUGUAGAAGACUAGCUGCUAGUGGGUUUGGCUGUUAAUGUGAUCCAGGGCAGUUUUGUUUCUUGAUAGUGCUUAAUUACAUGGGGUUGUAUCCAACGAAUCAUGAACAGAAGGGAAAUAGCUGCUCACAGACACUUGUACAAGUGGUAGCGUAAAAGUUGGCUCAAUGCUAAGAGGCUCCAUAGAAGAAUCUGCCCGUUCUUUUCUGCAAAUGGACGAACACACUUGGAUUUAGCUUCACCUUUCUUGCACAGUACUCCAGUUCAAAAUAUAAAAUAGCUUUUCCAUGAGCAGAGGGCACUUUCCAACCAAUUAUUUACGGCAUUCAUGCAAAUAACUCUUCGGAGAAGUCAGCCUUGCCAACCAUUUUCCAUCCCAUUGUGGCUGUCGCCAGUAGUGGACUUGCAGCAGCUUAUAUGUUUGCCAUGGCAUUGUACUGUUUUUAAAGUGCCAGUAUUACUGUUGCAUGUGCUUCUCAUACCUCCCCUAGGUUGCCAUAUUUCAAACAAGGACAUUUUCGAGCUAUUUUUAGGAGACGUUGCCAUACAUCCGGAUUUUCCCAGACACUUAGACGAUUUCUACUUAGACACUGCUAUCAUCUGCGGUAUUCUCGGUACAGUGGUACCUUGGAUUACAUACGCUUCAGGUUACAAACACUUCAGUUUACAGACUCCGCUAACCUAGAAAUAGUACCUCGGAUUAAGAACUUUGCUUCAGGAUGAGAACAGAAAUCGUGCUCCGGCGGCGCGGUGGCAGUGGGGGGCCCCAUUAGCUAAAGUGGUAUCUCAGGUUAAGAACAGUUUCAGGUUAAGAAUGGACCUCCGUUCUAGCUAGCCUUAAAGAAAUAAAGAAUACAAAACAAUUCAGGUGAGCUAGAGCUAGUUUUGUUGAUAAUCCAAUUAUGGCCACUAGGACUUUUAGGAAAGGUCCACAUUAUAAUCUAUGUGAAUUUGAUCCUAUGUGGUUGUGUGUUCUAAUCUUCUUUCUACUCUAUAUGUUGCAGCUUUUGUAUUCAAGAAAUUGAACUCUAACUGAAAUCUCAUAGCAGCAUCAGAAACAAGCACUUCACAUUUCUAGGACAUUACUACAAACUACAAAAUGGUCCCUUUGUGGACAAAAUAGACUCAAAAAUACUAAAUUACUGCCAACAUGUGCACAAAUCUAAGUGCAUUUUAGACAUACACAGUGCGGAAGAGCAGAUAUAAUUUUAAAUGGCAUUGCUUCAGUCCUGUCAGGGAUGAGCAUAGUGCCUAUGUGCAAAGUCGGUCCCAUUUAUCUUAAUACGGUGUUGUUUUAUACACUCAACCCUUCCUUCUGCCACCAAGGUAGAUGCAACACCCAAGAGGCCAUUGUAAAGAAUGAGAGAGGUCUGUACACGUCUCUUAUGCAAUCCACUGUUUUUCAGAUUCAAAUUAAGCUAGCACAGAGCUGAAUGAGGCCAAUGUAUAGAAAUCUGAGGGGGUUUUUUGUUCCAAUGUCAUGUAUUUUUUAAAAAAAAUGUUUUAUUUUGAGGGUUGUGGUGUAGCAAAUGUGAUCCUUUAGUCUAAAUUGCAUCCAGCUCAUAGACCUGGAAAUAGCUGUAAUCUCAUCAUCUUUAUCAUAAAUCCAUCUCUACUCUGAGCUGCAGAUUAUAUCUUUAUAAGAUUUUUUGUAAGUAGGUCUUUGAAAGGAGCAGUCCUUUUUUAAGUGAAGCAAAAUACUGCUUUUAUUUGAGUUAUGCCACAUACUAACACACCCAGAUGAAGUAUGGAGAAUUUGAAACAAGGGCUUUUUUCAUCCUAUCAAAUGUCUGUUGCACUCUGAUUAAUGCAUUGGCUGGAUUUUUGGUCCUAACGGAAUCGUUUCUAAUUCAUGUAGAAAGAUAUUAGCGCUUAAGUUUGUUACGUGCUCUGCAAACAAAACUAUACUUUUAUAGCACUAGCGUCACAGGCCAGAUGUAUUAACAGUGCUGGGUUUUUGCAAUCUUUUUAUUUACUAUGGCUCUUCCAACAGUUUUAGGAGUCACUUGGGCUGACCGAAAGCCUAAUGAUUGAUUCCAGGGAUUACCAUGUGCCCUUUGAAUGUGUGUUUCCUCUCUAGUUGCAUCUCACUUUAAAAACAUAUCCUUGAGUUGAAAAUUUUUAUCGUGACAAUUGCAAAAGAACCCUGACCUGCUAAAUAACUUCCAAUUUGAUGGAUGUUUCUGAAUAAUGCAAGUAAAAUAUUCCAAUGUAUUCUGGAAUAUUUUAAAUUCCAUUUACCAACUUAACGCAUCUCAUCAGAAGUAGUGAGCAAAAUAUUAGUCAUUUAGUACUCAGCACCUUUAAAAUCUGGAAAAUUUCACCAUCCAACUUCAAAAGGUUAUGCUCUCCUUAAAUAACUAAUAGUUCACAUAAUGUUAGGCAACCCUCUGGCCCCAGGGCUACAUGGGGUACUCAACAAAAUUUUAUCCUCAAACAAAAAAAUAUGAGCUUGCAGGGCAGCAGUUGAAGAAGGAGCAAAAAGGGUUUUCUUGUGUGUGUGUGUGUUUCUUUGUGGCUGAUUAGCUGCUCUCCCUGUGCAAAGGUCAGAGGGGGCAGGGUUUCUGUUGAGGCAGGUGAUUAGCUGUGGGAGGAGCUUAUCAGAGCUUGCAGGGCAGCAGUUGAAGAAGGAGCAAAAAGGGUUUUCUUGUGUGUGUGUGUGUGUGUGUGUGUUUCUUUGUGGCUGAUUAGCUGCUCUCCCUGUGCAAAGGUCAGAGGGGGCAGGGUUUCUGUUGAGGCAGGUGAUUAGCUGUGGGAGGAGCUUAUCAGAGCUUGCAGGGCAGCGGCGCGCACAGUUUGAUCCAUCUUUUAGAUUUAGGGGAGCUAGUCUCAAACGUUUGUUGGGGAGACCUAGGUUUUUUGUGGGGGAGUUAUUUGUCCUGUCUUCACACUUUUUAUGAUGGAGGACCGCUGUAGCCACCCCCAACGACACGUUCUCAAGAUGGAGGGGGAGGGAACAGCUGCAGUCGCCUGCGGUUCCUGCGCAAUGUUUGCCAUCUUCCCAAAGGUUGCAGGCAGCUUUACCUGCAGCAAUUGCAUGUUUAUUGCCCUCUUAAAAGACAAAGUCCAGCAACUGGAGGAACGUGUAGCUACGCUCCAAAGAAUUAGAGAGCUGGAGCUCUUCUUGGAAGCAACAGAGCACACCGUCUCCACCAAGGAAGAGACAGGGGACUCCCCUGAGAAGGAGGCUAGUUCACCAACACAGGAGCCAGAUAUAUGGAGAAACGUGACUCAAAGAAGUAGGAGGCCCAGGGUUCUCUCUGAUUGUUUAGAAAUACACAAUCGCUUUGAGGUCCUCUCCCCUAGCAUGGAAGACGAAGAGCAGACUCCAUUUGAGGAUCUCUCCCUCAUUGCAGUCGAUCAGGUAUAUGAAGACGAGCAGCAAAGUCAGGCCUCAGGGAAUGUGCAGGCGACCUUGGAACGGACAGCUCACGGAAGAACCCCGACCAAACCUAAGAGGAGGCGUGUAGUGGUGAUAGGGGAUUCCCUACUGAGGGGAACAGAAGCAGUGAUCUGUGGGCCUGACAAGAUGUCUUGGGAAGUGUGCUGUCUCCCCGGGCUAAGAUCCAAGAUGUAACUGAACGACUGCAAGGAAUCAUAAAACCCACUGACAAAUACCCCUUCCUCUUGGUUCAUGUGGGAACCAAUGACACUGCAAGCAAUAGACGAGAAGAUCAAAAGAGACUACGAGGCUCUGGGCAGGAAAUUGAAGCAAUUAAAUGCACAAAUUGUCAUCUCAUCUGUUCUCCCAGUUGAACGACGUGGCCCAGGGAGAGAGGGAAAAAUAGUGGAAGUGAACAGCUGGCUUCGCAAAUGGUGUAAACAGGAACGGUUUGGAUUCUUAGAUCACGGACUGCAGUUUCUUGAAGAUGGACUUCUGGCAAGUGAUGUGCUGCACCUCACAACGGUUGGGAGAAAUGUUUUUGACAAAAAUCUCAGAAACCUCAUUAGGAGGGCUUUAAACUGACUAAUGUGGGGAGGGAGACAGUGCUCCUGAAGGUAGGAGUCUAUCAAUUGAUGAAGAUGAUCAUCCAAAUGUCAUAGACCAAAUGGAGCAAACAGCACGCAGACCUAGUGGUGGGAGGAAAAAAUCCUUAAAUAAGAGACACGGGGAAUGAUUAAUGGACUUCAAUGUCUGUACACUAAUGCGCAAAGCAUGGGAAAUAAACAAGAUGAGCUUGAGCUCUUGGUACAGCAAACUAAAUAUGACAUAAUAGGCAUCACUGAAACCUGGUGGGAUAAGUCCCACGAUUGGAAUGUAAUAAUAGGGGGAUACAAUCUAUUUCAGAGAAACAGACCAGACAAGAAAGGAGGAGGAGUGACGUUAUAUGUCAGGGCUGUGUACACCUGUGAAGAGAUCCAAGAUUUAGAACCUCAAAGCCAAAGUGAGAGCAUUUGGGUCAAAAUUAAGGGAGAGAAGAAUAACAGUGACCUCACUGUGGGAGUUUACUAUAGAUCCCCAAGCCAAACGGAGGACAUAGAUGAUGCCUUCCUGGAACAGAUGGCCAAGCAUGCAAAAGGAAGGGAGAUAGUAGUAAUGGGGGACUUCAGUUACCUGGAUAUUUGUUGGAUGUCAAACUCAGCCAAGAGCAUAAGGUCAAACAGAUUCCUCACUGGCCUUGCAGACAACUUCAUUGUCCAGAAAGUGGGAGAAGCAACAAGAGGAACAGCCAUUUUAGAUCUGGUCCCAACCAAUGUUGAUGACCUGGUUAGUGGGGUAGAAGUGGAAGGAUCAUUAGGCGCGAGUGAUCAUGCUCUUCUGAAGUUUACUAUACAGCGGAAAGGAGCAGCCAAGCAUACUAGGACUCAAUUUCUUGACUUUAAGAAAGCCGACUUCAUAAAACUUAGGGAAGUGCUGGGUGAGAUCCCAUGGACAGUAAUACUAAAAGGAAAGGGUGUUCAUGAUGGCUGGGAGUUUGUUAAGAGGGAGAUAGUAAAAGCACAACGUCAGGCAAUACCAAUGAGACGGAAACAUGGAAGGUGCCUAAAGAAGCCAGGGUGGCUAUCUAAAGAACUUUUAACUGAGUUAAGAUUAAAAGAGGAUGUGUACAAAAAUGGAAAAGGGGGAAACCACCAAAGAGGAAUUCAAACAAAUAGCCAGCACGUGUAGACACAAAGUCAGAAAAGCUAAAGCACAGAAUGAACUCAGGCUUGCUAGAGAGGUUAAAAGCAACAAAAAAGGCUUUUAUGGGUAUGUUCAGUAGCAAAAGGAAGAACAAAGAAACAGUGGGGUCACUCAGAGGAGAAGAUGGUGAAAUGCAAACAGGGGACACAGAAAGGGCUGAACUCCUCAAUGCCUUCUUUGCCUCAGUCUUCUCCGAUAAAGAAAACAAUGCCCGACCUAAAGAAUUUGAAGCAAAUGAUUCAGCAAAGGAAACACAGCCCAGAAUAACUGGCUUGAGAGCAGUACAUGUGAAAAGGAUCUAGGAGUCUUGGUUGACCACAAACUUGACAUGAGCCAACAGUGUGACGCGGCAGCUAAAAAAGCCAAUGCAAUUCUGGGCUGCAUCAAUAGGAGUAUAGCAUCUAGAUCAAGGGAAGUAAUAGUGCCACUGUAUUCUGCUCUGGUCAGACCUCACCUGGAGUACUGUGUCCAGUUCUGGGCACCACAGUUCAAGAAGGACACUGACAAACUGGAACGUGUCCAGAGGAGGGCAACCAAAAUGGUCAAAGGCCUGGAAACGAUGCCUUAUGAGGAACGGCUAAGGGAGCUGGGCAUGUUUAGCCUGGAGAAGAGGAGGUUAAGGGGUGAUAUGAUAGCCAUGUUCAAAUAUAUAAAAGGAUGUCACAUAGAGGAGGGAGAAAGGUUGUUUUCUGCUGCUCCAGAGAAGCGGACACGGAGCAAUGGAUCCAAACUACAAGAAAGAAGAUUCCACCUAAACAUUAGGAAGAACUUCCUGACAGUAAGAGCUGUUCGACAGUGGAAUUUGCUGCCAAGGAGUGUGGUGGAGUCUCCUUCUUUGGAGGUCUUUAAGCAGAGGCUUGACAACCAUAUGUCAGGAGUGCUCUGAUGGUGUUUCCUGCUUGGCAGGGGGUUGGACUCGAUGGCCCUUGUGGUCUCUUCCAACUCUGAUUCUGUGAUUCUAUGAAAAACAUCUUGGAGGUCCCAGGCCACAGGGAGGUUAGGCUGGCCUCAAGCAGAGCCAGGGCUUUUUCGGCUGUGGCCCCGAUCUGGUGGAACGCUCUGUCACAAGAGACUAGGGCCCUGUGGGACUAGACAUCUUUCCGCAAGGCCUGCAAGACAGAGCUGUUCCACCAGGCCUUUGGCCAAGGCACAGUCUGAUCCCCUCCUUUGGUAAUCCUCACAGAACUAGCCCAAUGGUUGCCAUUAAUUUAAUUUGAUUUUGAAUUGAUUUUAAAAUGAAUUGAUUUUAGAAUGCUGUGUUACUUUUAUUGUUGUUAGCUGCUCUGAGCCCGGGAGGGUGGGAUAUAAAUAAAUUAUUAUUAUUAUUAUUAUUAUUAUUAUUAUUAUUAUUAUUAUUAUCAUACAAGUGCCAAGAAGGGGAAAUGAGGUUAAAGGGGAUGCCCAAGAAAGGAAGAGGAAAAAAAGUACUCCGUAUCAGUGUUAGAAACUGGGGUAGAAAAGCUAGGAGCCAAAUGGCUCCUGGGACCCGGGUUGUGGGCGCCAAAGCAGAAUGCCUAAUCGUCAGGGCGGGGUGGGUCGGCAACACUUUUUAUUUAUUAUUUUUAUAAGCAUGAACUAAUACACAAUUCAUGUAAGUGACACAUUGUUAAUGUCACAUUUUAAGCAGAAAUUGUUAAUACAUGUUUAAUUUGGUGUUUACAAGAAAAAUAUUGGUACCAUACUUCAGUUUUCAAAACACUCUACUCUUUAUUGUUAAACUGCUUAACAUAUUGUCUAUCCUAAACAUAUACUUCGAGGCUUCAAAGCACAUACAUUUCAGUAAUCCUUGAGUGUCAGCCAGACACAAAAAAUAGCAGACUUUUGGAGGUGCUCGCAAAUUGAGAAUCUUAGGCGCAAAAUGCGCCUGGUAAUUUUGAAUCCUGCUCCUUAGUCCUGAAGAUAGCUUAGUUAGUAGGACAUCUCACAGGCUUACAGAAGAAUAGUUUUACAUUAGGGAAACUGUGACAUAGUUAGAAAUGUCUCAAAUUCAGGGAGCACCUAGAGAAACUGAACAGAUUAUUUUCCUACAUAGGAAAAUCAACACUUACAGCUUGUACACUGUGUACAUUGCUCUAGCUGAGAGAAGGAGGUUGCUGAAGCUGAAAGCUGCUGUGUCAGCUGUUCUGUACUGCAAGCUGAGUGGCUUUCCUGAAAGUCUUCUCCUGAGAGGGCUGCUUAGGCUGCCAAGAAGUGUGAAGUCUGGGUAGCUUUCUUCUAACUGUUACACUAUCGGGAAUGGGGCAUUCAGGAAUGUUCAUUGUUCUUAAACACAAACCUUGACUACUUUGACAUAAACUGGACUUUGCUCACCCGUAUCACCUAUUUCAUGGGGAUAACGGUCCAAAGUUUAGCUGUCACUUCAAGACAUUUGGUACUCAGCUUAUUUUCUACUUCUUUGCAGUGUUAGAAACUGAUAUAUGAAAGCUAGGAGCUAAAUAGCACCUUAAACAGAGGUUAUGGACGCAACAACGGAAUGUCCAGGCACAUUUUUUUAUAUCAAGAAUACAGUGCUGAAAAUGAAUGAACUGCAGCUAAAAUCUUACGUUCAUUUUCACAGGGUCUAGUCCUUCCCCUCCCUGCCCCCCUAAUAUUCUUAUGAUGUCCCUUCUCCAGUCUUUGGAGAGUAGUUGGAAGUGGGGAGGCAGAAAAAGGUCCUCCUGAAAUCUUAGGCGCAGUACUGCACCCAGAGCUCAGAAAUGGCUCGCACUGUUGAAAUUCCCUGUCGUGCUGUUGAAAUUCCCUGUCGCAAAAUGCGCCUCAAACAAUGGGAGUUCCUUUGCCAGCAUUAUUUUAGAGACUGCUACUGCAGUGUUGAUUGUUUCUGUUCACAGUCUUUGACUAUGACUUUGAGUUGAUCAUUUAGUCCUUUUUCUUUAAGAGACUUUAUGAAGUCCCCCCUCCUUUAAAGUUUACAGCAACAUUGAGAACAAUUAAACCACUUGCUUCUCACUGCAUCUAUUUCCCCCUUUUCACUUCCUACAAUUAACUAUGUGUGUCUGUGUGUGCUUUUUCACUUAUUGUCUCAACUAUAUUCUUCUUCACUGUUCUGUGGUUUAAAUUAUCUUCUCUCAUUCAGCUUGAGCUAUUUACAUGUCAGUCCCUUCAUUUUGAGCUGCUUUGUGCCUCUGUACUCUUUAAGUUUUGUUUCGUUGGUGAUCUUUGUUUCAUACCAUCUAUUUCACAUUGUUUGAACUACAUAUUAUGUCCUCCAAUUUUUCUUAGCUUCCUCCUUUUCAUGCAUUCUCUUCCUGUUCAUAUUCUUCUGUCUUUUUUUCUUUUUUUAAAGAAAACAAAUGAAUAACCAAAUACAGGUGAUGUAAAUCUACCUUUGGUAGUUCAUUCACAUAUUUUCAUAUAUCAUUGCCUAGUGUUUGAUGGAAUUCUUCUAGAAUCUACUGCCCACUUGUAUCUGGCACAUGGUUUUUAUGAUUUAGGAAUAAAUAUCUCCUUCGCAUACAUAUUAUUUGAAAUGCAUGGCUCUCAGGAUUUUUUUCUAUCAUCUUUAGAUUUAGAACUGUUAUCCUGCUCCUCCCCUCUUGUUCUUUGUAGACAAUAUUUUAAAUUAUGAUCCUUUGGCAGGGAUUGUUUGAAAGUUAACCCAACUGUGAUUGCUGUGUGUAAUAAUUUGAAUCUAUAGGCAGAAUGAAGUAGAAACCAACAUUAUCACUAGAGAAGCUGAUAAUGCCAAGGGUUUCUUCUCAUUACCUCUCAGCCAGUCCAGCAUUUUUUCAUCCAAAACGCAGCAUGGUUCUGCAAAUUAUUUGUCUGUGAAUUAAAAGUCAUUCCACUUUCUGAAGGAAAUGUUGUUACAGAAGCAACAGAACUUUCUUCCUGUUUGUUUGUUUGCUUAAAAUACCAUAAAAAUGUUAUGUUUCUUUUAAUCAUUAGCCAUCCCCUGCCUCACUUGCUUAAGCAAUGCCCACCACAGACAAGGAGAGAGCAGUUGGGGUUAGCUGCUAGGGCUGGCGAUGUAUCAAUAUAUAGCCCAAAAUUUAUUUGAACUCCACAUCGUGAUAAUGGUUUCAUAAUAUUUGGCAUAGUGAUAUAUAGUGAAUCGCAAUGUGUGUGUGCACGUGCUAUGCAAAAAAAUGUGAUAUGGGGAAAACCGUGAUGCAGGUCAUCACUUCUCUCAUGAUUCCUGCUGCCCCUGUUGCUCUGUACAGUGGUACCUCGGGUUAAGAACUUAAUUUGUUCCAGAGGUCCGUUCUUAACCUGAGGUACCACUUUAGCUAAUGGGGCCUCACGCUGCCCCCACGCUGCCGCUGCACGAUUUCUGUUCUCAUCCUGAAGCAAAGGUCUUAACCCAAGGUAAUAUUUCUGGGUUAGUGGAGUCUGUAACCUGAAGCGUAUGUAACCUAAAGCAUCUGUAACCUGAGGUACCACUGUACUAUAAAAUAACAGCUGUGACAAUAUGUUAGCAAAAACGUAUCCGUUUUAGACCCCUAAGUAGUAGCAGUUGCCAGGACAUUACCCUGUUUGCCUCUGCAUAGUUCCAUCCUCAUUUCAGACAUCGUGAUAUAUUGGUAUAUCGUGAUGUUUAGCUGGUGAUAUAUCACGAUGUUAAAAAUCGGACAUCGCUCAGCCCUUAUUAGCUGCUGUUAUUGCUAUAAAGCUUUGCCCAACAACUCAGGACCUGCUGCAGCUGGAUUGUGACCCCACAGCACUUGGGCGGACUGAUACCAGCAGCUCCAUGGGAUAGAUUUUAAGGACUUGUUACAUUUUAAUACUGUCUUAUUGAGAUUUUAUUAAUAUGUUUUGAUUUUAUUUGCAAUCCACCUUGGAAGGGUUUGCAUCCUGAUAGGUGGAAUACAAAUAAUGAUAACAAAUGCAAUUUACCUUGCAUACUGACUCCCUGGUGAAGCUGUCCCUGAAAUAGAGGAGCUUUCUGACAGCUGUAGGAUGUCCUUUAUUCCUUCCUGCCCUUUGGUCUACAGCUGGAGCGGGUCUCAUUAGCAGCUUUUGGAAGGGAGUGCCAAAGCUGUUUCCUCCUCUUUAGAACUUGGAGGGUAGGGAGAGAAGAUAGCGUAUUUUUCCUUCAACGGUUUUCAGAACACAGGGCUGAUUUUUAAUCCACUGUUGUAUUUUGAGGGUAGUGUGUAAAGCUGUUCUCUCCCCCCCCCCAAUAAAAAGGCGGUAGGAAGGGUUUUACAUACUUCCUUUGGAACCUAGCUCCCCUCUUUAAAAUGGGAAGCUGUCUUUCCACCUUUCAGGAGACAGGGAAGGGAAGAUGUUGCAGGUCGUCUUUUGCAACCUGAUCUUAAAGAGCACGAGCUCUGUUGAGCCAUGUAAGAGAAUUGGACCUCGGCUAGUUGCUUGAGGGCAGCUACCACAGAUGUGUGGCUGUUUUUCACCCUGAACCUCAGUCUUCCAACACCAACUACCCAGAUACACCAGUUUGGUUAAAUGUACGACCAGAGCUUCUAUAGUCCUACUGAGAAAAAACACCAAUAGUUCUAAAAGCAAUUUCAUGUCCAUCUGGCUUGUCAUAGGGAAAUUUUCAAGCUGUGCCUACUUGCCAGCCAUAUAUUCAGUAACACCAGCCUCCUCUUUGCUCCCCUCCCCUUCUUCUUUUGCUGUAAUCCCAUUCAAUAGCACAAGCUCUAUGCAUAGUUGUGUGGUUGUCUUCAAUAAAAUACAUUCAUACCCAGGAGGGAAGGGGCUUUUUUGCUCAGCGUUUUUGAAAACCUGGAAUUUCAUUGAGAAAUGUCACAUGUGACAGCCAUAAAUAUAGCUGGCUUAAAGAAUGGACAGAUUUACAAAGACUAAGUCUUUCAGUGGGUAUAGAGCCUAUAUAUUCUGCUCUGGUGGCGAGAUGCUGAAUAUGGGAAAUCACCAUAAUCAUAUAAGUUAAUAUCUUGCUUAUGAGUUUCCAGAGGAAUAUGAAUGAUGGCUGUUGGAGACCGCAUGUUAGACUAGAGACCCGCCUCCCUGAUUGAUCCAACGAAUCAUUGUUUAGCUGAAUGGACCAAGUAAUGUGUGAUUGUAUGGUCUUGUGAUUUUUGCAUUCCACAAAACGGUGUAUGAUUUUGAACAUUAGAUGUUGUGAUGUUGGAAAGGUCUGGAAUCAUGAGGUAAGAAGUUUUGAGACAAGCCAAAGUGGAAUUUAUUAACACAAAUCUAGGAGAUGUUGAGGUCCUGACAGCCUGAUGACUCACCUGUAAAAUCUUGGAUAAACAUACAGGUAUGAAACCAAGGAGGGAGAUGAACAGUGUGCUUAUAUGUGUGCACAGGACAGGAAGACAAAAGAUUAGGCUAAAAAAACCCAAGUACCAGGGUUUCUGACCUAUAGAGAGUGUGUUUUACUUCCCCAUGCUUGUAUCAAUUACAUCUUUUUAGCUUAAGUGAAAAGCCUUUUCUGUUAAUCUGAAUAUCCUAGUUUGAAAUGCUGAUAAAUGCUGUAACAGAGAGAAAAGGUCCACAUGUAAUUAGACCCUAUCAUAAUUCAUAUACCCUAAGGGAACAGAUAUGAAGUUGUACAGGUAACUAUUAAUUAGGAUAUCUCAAGUUCUUAUUGUCUGGUCUAGCACUUUUCUCCUUAAUUUGGGGAAAAGAAUAUUUUAAUCUCAUAUGCUUAGAGUCUGUAAAUGGAAUAGAGCCAAGCUGAAUAUUGAGACAGUGUGGUUGAAGUCUGCUCUGGCUCUUCUGAGUGUUUCUUUAUAGGCUUUUAGAUGCAAGGAUUUGAGAGUGUGACAUCAUUCAGUAGCGCUGAAUUAACAUCAAGAAUGAACCUAUGCGUAUUCUUGACAACUAUGCCAGUUAGCUAAUUAAAUAAUUUGCAUAUGAUGCUGCAGGAAGAGUUGAGCAAACCUGGCAGGAAGGGCAGGACAAAGAAAGACAGCUGGUCGUCUGAGCAUCUGGUGGUCAUAAACGCCCAGAAUUCAACCUUUGGAAUUUAAUUUUAUAUUGUGGACCCUGCUGGAUUAUGAUGAUGGACAUUUUUGUGUGUUGGUUUACUUUGUGUCUUCCAGCAUUUUGAAUAUUGAACAUAUCAGGUAAUCGAGCAUUUAGCUGCAUAAGUUUAGUUGUGCCUGUUGCACGCCCCCACCCAUUUUCAAGAAAGGCCUCUGUUGCCUUUUAGUUUGCAAAACCUAUAUGCUUUGUUUGUUAGCUCCUCGUGUUUUCAUUCAGCCCUUCCAUAAGAGGCUAGGGUUGGGUGCAUGUAGUAAAAAUACAUAAUUGAACAUGUGACAGGGCACCUAAAGAGGAAAUGAAUACAGAAAGGCAAUGCUUCCUCUUUUUCCUACUUGCAAACAUGCCAUGGGCAUGUCCCUAAUACCUCAAGCAUUCCAUUUCACUGUUGUUCUGCUGCUAAGCUUCAAACAAAGCACUCGUACAUAGAAAAGUAGAGUUGUCGUUUACACCUGGCUUGCUAAAUGAAUGUGAAAUAGUUGGCGGGAUUAUUAUAAUAAGCAUGGUGGCCGUGAAAUGAAGGCAACUGAGAGAGAGAGCAUUAAGCGGUUUGGCUAUGUUGAGUUUGAGUUGCAUGGCUGGACAGCAACAAGUACAGUGGUACCUCAGGUUAUGAACUUAAUUCGUUCUGGAGGUCCAUUCUUAACAUGAAACUGUUCUUAACCUGAGUUACCACUUUAGCUAAUGAGGCCUCCUGCUGCCGCCGCGCCACUGCUGCACAGUUUCUGUUCUCAUCCUGAAGCAAAGUUCUUAACCCGAGGUACUAUUUUUGGGUUAGCAGAGUCUGUAACCUGAAGCGUAUGUAACCUGAAGCAUUUGUAACCUGAGGUUCCACUGUAUUAGUAGUAUUAAGGCAAGGCAGUCUGCUUUCAGUCCAGACAGCAGCGACCAGCCCAGCAUACAUUUAAAAAGGACACUUAAUUCAACUACUGGCUAUGCUGUGGGGUAAGGUCAGUUAGCAAUUACAUGGAAGGAUGUUGUGGACUUGAGCUGAAGUGUGUGCUGUCCCAGUUUUAUCUGCUGUUCAGUUCAAGGAUUGCAGUUGCCUCUCCUGCUUUGUUCACUUCUGUUUUGCUAUGUUUUUGUAUUCAGGAUUGGCAUUCUGCACCUUUUUUAAAAAAAUGAUGAUCGUGUCGUAAGCUGCUUCCACUUCUAUUCUUAUCAGACUUGCAAUUAAUAUAUCUAAUUGGAUUUUGCAAAGCCAUUCAUUGUUAUAUCAUACACAGGGGAGUGGGCUUAAUUAAAAUAAGCACAACAUCCGUUUUAUCUAAAUUUCAGUUCCUCUUUGCAAUUAAUUGACUAAACCCUGAAUGGUCAGUAGCUAAUGUUCUGUAAAAUUCAUAUUAUGUGCAGUAUCAUUUCAUCUAUCAUUGCAAAAUGCUAGAUGUUUUGUAGCAAUUAUUUUUAGAUUGGCUGGUGGGGGGGGGGAAUUACUGUGGAAAAAGUCUUCUCGUAGAUAUUUCUUCCGUUACUCUUGUUAACCCUUAAUGGAGGUUUCAUUAUUAAAGUUCCCAGGCAUUGUAUCUUAACACCACAUUUUUAAAAGGUUUAAAUUGAAAUUUGGUCAAAUGAAUGAAUGAAAAUUUGCUUAUAAAAUGUUUUGUGCACUCUGUUUCAUUUUACAGAGAGGGCUAUUGCAAAACACGAAGUCCGAGAAAUUGAGCAGCGUCACACAAUAGAUGGCUUUCGGUCAGAUGUUGUUCUGGAUGAAGAUGAUGAUGUGGUGAUCAUUUAUAAUCGAGUACCUAAAACUGCAAGCACGUCCUUCACAAACAUUGCAUACGAUCUUUGUGCACGGAACAAGUACCAUGUUCUGCAUAUCAACACAACCAAGAACAAUCCUGUGAUGUCUCUGCAAGAUCAGGUAGGUUCCAUUGGUUAAGAUAUAAGCUUUCAUUUCCUUAAUUGUUUUAUUUUUACGUCGGGUAUUUUGGUACACCAAAAGUAAAGUAUCAAGUAUGAAGAAACAUUUGACAGUAACACCCAGUAGAGAGCAACAACAUACAGGUUUUAGUAAAAUUGUUUGUUGUUGUUUAGUCGUUUAGUCGUGUCCAACUCUUCGUGACGCCAUGGACCAGAGCACGCCAGGCACUCCUGUUUUCCACUGCCUCCCGCAGUUUGGCCAGACUCAUGUUUGUGGCUUCGAGAACACUGUCCAACCAUCUUGUCCUCUGUCGUCCCCUUCUCCUUGUGCCCUCCAUCUUUCCCAACAUCAGGGUCUUUUCCAGGGAGUCUUCUCUUCUCAUGAGGUGGCCAGAGUAUUGGAGCCUCAGCUUCAUGAUCUGUCCUUCCAGUGACCACUCAGGGCUGAUUUCCUUAAGAAUGGAUGCAUUUGAUCUUCUUGCAAGUAAAAUUGUUACUUUAGAGCAGGGGUGUCAAACUCAAAUUCAUUGGGGGCCGCAUCAGCAGUUUGGUCACCCUCAAAGGGCCGGUUGUAUCUGUAGGACUAUGUGUCCACUCUUUAUUAUCAUAAAUUAUUGUCACUGCAUUCAAUUAUUACUGUUUUUUGUAAUAAUGUAAGUAAUAACUAGCUCUAAUAACUGUACUUACAGUACAGGAGAGAAGGGUUCAGGCAGCCGUUGGAUCUGUCACAUCACAGGAUGGCAUGCGCUCAAUAUAAAAACAAGUGGAGGUUUCCUGAAUGCAUGUAAAAUGGAGGUUUCCUGUGUAGAACGGCCGGCGCCGCUAGAGGGCAGACGUUCUCUGGCUUGUAGGCUGCCGCGCAUGCGCUGAAGAGGCGGCUUUCUUGUAUAAAAAAAGAAGAAGCGAGAAUAAAAGGUGAAGGCUGGCGGCCGGCGGCGGCUACACGGGCCACAUGACGAGGUCUGGCGGGCCGGAUUCGGCCCGCGGGCCUUGUGUUUGACACCCGUGCUUUAGAGCAAAAAUAAGCAAUUCAGAUGUUUGGGAUUACAGUUCCCAUCAUCUCUCACCAUUGAUUGUAAUGCCUGGGGCCGAUGGGAGUCCAACAAAUAGUUUUUUCUAAUCACUUAGGUGCAUGAUAAAUCACUUAGAGGUCUUUUGUUGAGUAAACGGUUUUAAAAUGUUGCUAAAUAAAAGGUAAAAUACAUAAAAACAACAUCUGGACGGCACUUUGUUAACUACCCCUGACUUAGAACCUGGCGGAACAGGAGAUGCUGAUACCAUACUUACUAUUAAAUUUGUAUUUUAAUUGAACUCAAAUAAUAAUAUAAUAUAGAUAUUGUCACUUGGUAAGCUUGAGUGAUUUCUUAACACAUUAAGGCAAAAUUUCCAGCGUUUUCCUCCAAAACCCCUCUCUCCUUAGUUAAUUUUUAUAUGAAAUGAUAAUGCCUCCCUCCCUGCUGUUGAUAGGAUGCAAAGCACUGGUUUUCUCUAACCUCUGCCUCUUUUUUGCCCUUUAUACUCAGCCUAUCACAAAAUCAUGUUCUUUCCUUCGUCAGCAUUGUGAAAAUAUCUUGGCAAUUUCCUCGUUGUCGCUCAAGCCAUCUCCCGUCUUGAGAACGGCAACUUUCCACUCUCUGGCCUUCUGUUGCCAUCCUUCAGCCCUUCCACUUAUUUCCAGCUGUCAAAAUUAAUCACUUGAAGUUUUCAUAAGCCGUGUCUCUGCUUCCCUCCGCCCCCCUUGUUUUGUCAGAUUUUAUAAUGAAUUGAUUUUAGAAUGCUGUAUUAUUUUACUGUUGUUAGCUGCUCUGAGCUCGGCUUCGGCUGGGGAGGGCAGGAUAUAAAUAAACUAUUAUUAUUAUUAUUAUUAUUAUUUAAAUGUGUGUUUCUACAGAGGGCAUACUUCGUACAGUGCCUGGCACACUUUAGUAGUAAAGAAGCUUAUUUCACGGUACAGCAGAACCACUGCUUGUCAAAAGGGGACACCACUCUAGCACUGUGUAUCUGGACAACAUCAUUCAUUAAUUUUAUUUAAUAAACUAAUAUCCAGCACCCUUCAACUCCCAAGAGUUUCCAGGGCAUCCAAGUUAGUGUCCACCAGUUCUCCAGAGGAUAGUUAGCUGGCAAACCUUUAGUGGUCCAAGGCCUAGAGAUUUAACAAAACAAAGCUUUAUUAAAUACAAACCCUAUACUGUGCCCUGUAUCGUAUCUGCAGAGAACUCGCUAAUUGAUAAGCCAUUUUAUUCUGUAGCUAUAAAGCAUGCAUUUCUCCCAGGUUUUGCUGAUCCCAUAGCGGCUUGUCUGGCUUGUUUUCUUUGAUCUUUAGAGAUUGUUGACGUUCCCAUCUGCCAAGAAAACUGAAAUCUUUAUACCAUUCAUUUUCUACUUUUUUCCUUGCAGGAUUUCUUGUUCUCCAUCAGAGUACAUUUGAUCUCUCUUUCAAUUCCGGGAAGCUCAUCUGAGCUUAAAACAUAAACAGCUUAAACAUACCAGAAGUUCAAAAAUAGCUUUUCAGUUAUUUUUCUAAAAGUGCUAGGGGGAAAAUACAUCUGUAGAAACUUGCUCACAUAUUUUGGUCUUUUGUUAGUUAAAUUCCAAAGAUUAUCUUGAAUUUAAAAUACUAAGUAAUUGCCCCAAUUUUCUAUACUAUAUGUAAAGUGGAAUUCCUAAAUAAUGGCAAAAAUAUCCAUAAGACUAUAUUAGACCCUGAAUAGUUUUAAUAUAUUGGUCUCUAGUGGGUAUUCUGUUAGCUAACUUCAGACCUGUUCCAGGAAAAGCUUUGGCUACCAAAUGCAGCAUUAUCAACACAAAUUAAGUGUUAAUUCAUAAGUCUGGAUGUGAGAUGACAGACAAAAUAUUGGUAUCAAAGAGAGCAAGCAGAUGGUUCCCACAACUAAAAUAUUUUGGACUAAUCUGCCAUUCUGAUGGCCACAGAAAAUGUGAAAACACAGUUUCCCCUAGAAUUGCGUGUAGGAUAGUCAAGAAUUUGGCAAUGGACAAUUAUGCCUUCUGCAUUCCAGUUCACCUCACUGGGACCCCUUAUCCAGCAUUUAUGAAGACUGGGAGAGCAGAAUUGGGUGGAGACUGGAGAUUAAGACAACCCACCCUAUUUGCAGUAGCCAUUCUUACUGCAGUUGGCGAUUGGUCAUAUGUCAAUCCAGAUAAUAUCAACAGAAUUGGCAGGAUCUGUGACCUAUGGAACCUGGGGACUUGAUUUCAGAGGUUUCAUAUUUCCUAGCCAACUAGGCUAUUAUCGUUGGAGUGCUUCUGGGUCAUCCUAAUACUUGCUUCAUUAUACCAUAUUUCGGCAGGAGAUAGGACAAUUUUUCACCAACUUCUAUCCAGUAAGACUGUUUCAGUCCUUUUUAUUUCAUUCAGAAUUAGGGCACCAUUUGAUUCCUCAUAACUCUGCUAAGUAUUAAGAUCUGCAGAUCAAUUUGAGAGUCUGUUGGUGUUGAGCGGCUACUGAGGAUGAGCCCCUGGUGCACUGCAGUGACCCUGCUUAUGACAGACAAGGGCACUAUUGGGGGAAACUGAUUUUCUAGAUCCAUUUUGAUCAGGAUUUAGGCCCAGUUUGGGUGCAGAAAUUGCUUUGCUCACCCUGUAUGAUGACCUCUGCUGGGAGAAAGAAAGAGGAAAUCUGUCCCUGUUAAUUCUCCUUGAUCUUUCAACAGCUUUUGAUAACCACCAACCAUGGCAUCCUUUUAGGGCAGCUGUCUGAGCUUGGGAGUGCAUAUGGCACUACUUUGCGAUGGUUCCAGUCCCACUUUCACGAUCAUUUCAAGAGGGAGCAGUGCUCUUUGGCCCUGUGGAGCCUUCAAUACAUACAUUUAGGCACCAAGUGAAAUCAUUCCUCUUCUCCCAGGCCUUUGCUUUGGCUAAUUAAAUAAUCUAUUGCCUUUUAAACUGGGUGGGGGAAUAUUGUUUUUGUUUGUUUCUAUGUAUAUAUUUUUGUGUUUGUGUGUUGUAAACUGCCCUGUGGUCCUUGGAUGAAGGGCUGUAUACAAAUUUAACAAACCAUAAAAUGCUUAUUUUAUUUUCAUCUAUCUGUCUGUCUAUCUAUCUAUCUAUCUAUCUAUCUAUCUAUCUAUUAAGUUUAUUUGAAUUAAAAGGGAACUAAGAGCGGGCUCUUGUUUUGUUGCAGCUGUCCCUCUGGAGGCUCUUUCUUAGUGUUAGAUCAUUGUAUUUGACAAUUAAAGGAAAUACAUUAACGGUUUACUAUAUCCCAUGUUCCCAUCCCACAGCAUAGCACAGUGAACUGAACAUUAUUCUAACAAAAGCCAAUAUGCUCCUCACUUAAAUAACUAGCAAAUCUUGGCCUCUUCAGAAAACCACAUAUGAGACAUGCUAUAAAAAUGUUGCAGCAUUUAGUCACCUAAAUCUCCCCUUCCAUCUCCUUCCCAUGCCAUUUCUCUUCUGAUAGUGGUUAGUGAGCCUGCCUACUUCUGCAGGGCUUUUCACUCUCUCUUAGGUUCAUGUGUAUGCGUGUAUUUGGACUUCUGUAAACCUCAAGUUCCACCUUAGUAGACUGAUAGCUGCUCCUUGUUUCGACCACGUGGCUGCUGGCUGUUGUCGCUUGCGUUUGCUAUUUGAGGGAGAGAUAUCAGCAUCCUGCAGUUGGAAGUACUCUCCAUUUUAAACCGUCUUGCUGCCUCAUGUAAACAUCAAUACAGACAAUGCCAGGGAAAGCAAAAUUCAGCUUAUGUGGAGUGCUCAGUCUUUUUCUUUCUUUCUUUUUGCACAAGUAGCCAAAGCUAUCUGGUUGAGUGCUAGAAGAAACAGCAGCACACCAGAGCUUAACUUCAGAUUACCGUAUUUUUCGCCCUAUAAGACGCACUUUUUCCCCUCCAAAAAUGAAGGGGAAAUGUGUGUGCGUCUUAUGGGGCGAAUGCAGGAUCUUGGCUUCAGCGAUAGCAACGCGAAGCCUCCGAAGCCUGCGCUCUGGAGGCUUCGCGUUGCUUCCGCUGAAGCCAGGAGAGUCUGCUCUUUGAGGCUGGAGGUGGGGGAAAGCAGCGCUUCCCCCAUUGCCAGCCCCAGAGGAUGGGGGGCAGCGGGAAGGCGCGCGACGCCGUCCCGCUACUCUCAAACCCGGCUUUGAGGCUGGCAGUGGGAGAAAGCAGGCUUUUCCCCAAGGAGGGAGAAGGGACUGACUGGCGGAGUCCGUCCCUUCUCCCUCCUGUGGGCUUUUGCGGGAGAUGGGGGAAUUCCCCCACCUCUCGCAAAAGCAGGAAGAAGGUCUUGGAGUAGCGCACAGGCUGCGUGCAGCCUGUCCGCUGCUCCCAGAGCUGCGGGGGGAGGGGGAAUCAUAUUUUUUCCCUUGAUUUCCCCCCCUGAAAACUAGGUGCGUCCUAUGGGCCGGUGCGUCCUGUAGGGCGAAAAAUACGGUACAUUCCGCAGUUAGAUAGAAAACAUUACAGACAUAUAUUUCUCUGUGUUUGUCAUUUAUGAUCUCUCUAUGCAUAUAUUUAUGUAUCUACACAUACCCCAUGCAUUCAUUAUAAUGUGAAAGCACCAUUAUAUGUUACCAUGAAUAUAGGACUCCUUGAUCAGUUAUGAGAUCAGUACAGUCGGACAUCUCUGCUUUCAUUGUUAAGACCAUAUGCCUUUAUCUGUUACGGUACAGAGAUACUUCCUGGUGUGUUCAUUUUGUGUGUGCCUUAGUAUAUCAGUUUCUAAAAUUGCAGUAUUAAGAACCGAACAGAUGGUGGUAUUCAGAUUUAUCAACUAUUUUUCUAAAGGCAAACGAACAACCUCUGGCUGCUCCACUUGGUUAAACUACUCAAAUCUGGUUUGGACCGUUUGAGUCACUUUGCUACCUUCUGAAUGUCAUAAUUCCUUCUUUUAACACCAGUUCAAAUCUUCCUGUGCUCAUGUUUAUGUAGCCAAAACCACAUCCACCUACACAGAAGAGAGAAUUACCAGCAGACAUGACUUAACCCCAAGGUUAAGUCUGCAGAAAAAAAGGAAAAAAACAAACACCAAAGUGGGCACUACAAGACAGCCCCAUAAAGCUGAGAAACCAAGAGGGGGAAAUCCUGGGCAAGGUAUAUAAAAUGGAAUGGCUUGAUCAGGAUGGCAGAGAAAUAUUAUUAUUAUUAGAAUUAGAAUUUGCAUAUCAUCCUCUAUCCAAACAUCACAUGGUGAUUUACAACAAGCAUUGUAGCAGAGAGCCAUCUUAUUGUCCCAAUAACCAUCUCUCCUCCACCCCCCAAAAGGUAUUUACUAAAAUUGGUCAUGUCACUGUUUUAGCAGUUAUGUGUGUUCACAUUCAUGUGUCCAUCUGUCUGCCUUCACACAAAUUAUGGCACUGGCAUGAGUGAAAGGGAUCCUGGGAUAUGUUCAAAAGCUAAAAGGAAGGGAAGGUGGUAGACCUACUUGGGAAGCAGGUAACCUAUUUGCUGGAAGUACCAGAAAUGCAUUGCUGGAUAUCUUUUCCAGUAACAAUCUCAGGGUGCAGAAUCAAGAGGAGUUCCUAUGUGAAAUCAGCCAAUAGAUAACUCUCCCUCGGCUCACACCUAUUUAUAUGUUUGCAAAUUUCAGACUCUACUUGGCAAGCUGAACCAUUUUGGGGUUUGCAGUUAACAGGCCCAUAAACUUAGCUCAGGUUAUGAUGCAGUUGCCCUGGAAUACGGACAUUAGGAGAGGAGGAUUUCAGCACUCUUAUUUUUAAAACAAAUCACUCAAGAGAAAGCAAACAGAUUUACGGAAUUUUAUAUGUGGGUCCCCUUGAGCUGUUGCAUUAAUUAUUGCACUUUAAUCUUAAUAGAUUUGCUAGGAAGCAAAAAAGACCCAGCUCGCCUAUGAGGUUCUUGGUAGCCUAGGACAAGACACUGCUUUCUCAGCCUCUCACCUGUAAUAGAAGGAAGAUCAUGCUGCCCAGAAAAAUGGCAGCUUUUAAGGAUUGCUAAGAGGAUCUAUGAGAGGCACUUUGAGCCCUUUUGGAAAAUGCUGUAUCAGUAUGAAGUAUCAUUAUGGCUAUGUUAAGAAUGCUUUCGAGUGGCGCAUUUACUGUUAUCACUUGCUAUUAGCUGAGUUGCAUCUCUUAAUACUAGCCUAUUUCAUUGAUCUUAAAUUUUUCUUCUUCUAAGCAUUAAAGAAACUUUUCUUCUUCCCUCCCAGGUACGAUUUGUGAAGAAUGUAACGUCCUGGAAAGAAAUGAAGCCAGGGUUUUAUCAUGGACAUAUAUCCUUCCUGGAUUUUGCAAAGUAAGCCACAUAACGUACAAUUCUGUUUGCAGCAUUUUGAGUCCUUGUCAGCUUAUUUUGUUGUUGUUCAAGCACUGCACUGAUUCACUUAAGAGUUUACUGCCCUCUAAUGGUCAUGAACAGAAAUUGCACCGUGACAUUCUGAACAUGCUCUUUUCUGCCCCUCUAUUAUUUUCAGUAAAGCUUUUCUCUUCCCCACUGACUUCUCAUUCAGAUUGAUUUCAGUCUUUUUCUCCUGGACAUGCACCAUCCUUUCCUGUUGAUGUUCUUUGGUGACUAAGCUCUUGGAAAACAUACUAUCUUAAUUAAAAAAAAAAUCUGUGUGCUGUCUGAAAGCACAAAUAUAUAACUGGAGUAGAGAACUUUGUGGGGAUAAAGCUCAGAACAGUCUUGCUGAGCAGCAAAUCAAGGAAUUAACCAGUUCCCGCUUGGUGAUUUUAGUCCUUUAAGUAGUUAAGAUUCUCCACAUUUUCUUUUGUCUUCUAAUUGCUACUUAUCUGUUGGUGCCACCCCUUUCCCAAAACUUACUAGUGACCACCUGCUGUCCCGUAGAGCCUUUCAUAUUAGAAGUUGCUUUGCAAAAUAAAAUUUGAAAAGCCUGCUGUUCCCUGGGCUGACUCUACCAUAUCAUACAAGAGAACCCCCAUAACAAAUUUGAAACACUAGCCAAAAAUGGAUAUAUGCGUUCGGCAACAGUUUUGUCAGCCAUGCAAAUGAAGGAAGCAAUUAUUUAUUUUUAAUAUUUGAUUGAGCUAUUAAUGACUCCGCUCAGUGCUUUCAGCCUUCCUUUAGAAUAGCAAAUCAUCUUACUGCCUUCCGCGGUGCAGUGUUUCAAUAGCACAGAGUACUUGACGGUAGCGCCAGAACACAUGGAAAGAAACCCUCUGUUUAGUCAGUCAGUAUCUCUUCAGGCCUACUUCAUAACAGUAGGGCUGCCGUACGUCUGGGUUUUCCCUGGAAACAUCGGAGGAUUGGGCUGCAAAAAUGACGUCAGGGUGGAUUUUUGCCGAAUCGGCAAAACGUCCUUGGAAAACCCAGAUAUGUAUGGCAACUAGGGCGAUUCUUUAAAGAAAAAUUAUUUUAAAAUCCAAAAAAGAAAAGAAAAAGCUGUUGGGCUUUUUUGGGGGUGGGGGUUCAUUUUUGGGAAUAUGGCAACCCUAACAAACAGGCUGUGGUAGUUGGAAUUCACUGCUAUCAGACUUGCUGCCUCUUGAAAAACAUCAUGUUUUAUGGCCUCGUAUUGCCUGCUGUAGCCAAUCUGACUAGUAGAAAAUGGCUCCAUAAAUGCCUACUUACAUGAGAUGGCAGGAAGUCUUCCGGGUUGGCACUUCUGGCAAUGGCGGAUUUCCUCCGAUCGGGAGGAAUCCGCUCCGUGGAAAAUAGAGUCUGAACCGCCACGGCGAGGCGGAGACCCAUCAAAAACCACAGGUGGGAGAAGCCUGUGGACGUGGGAUUCGGCCGGCACCUUUGCGCCCCCCCCUACUCGUGGGGAAACCCGGUUUCGGGGAUCCGGAGCAACGUGGGGUGAGCGGCGCGGUGCUUUGAAUCGACUGCUUUUUUCACGGAGUGAAGCCGCAUUGCUGUUGCCGGAGAGCGCUGACUUUUUCCUGUGGACAAUUGGAUUUUAAAUAACUGCCCGUGAAUAGAACGGAAAAUUGGAUUAAGAAAUUUCUUUUAAUUUGGCACUGAAGCGGGAAGGUCUAAACAGGAAGUCCGCCUUCCGCUUUUGUAGAUAGAUUGAAGCAAAGACACGGCAAGCUAGAGUUUAGAAAGUCAUCUGUAAAGGAUCAAUUUUCAUCAUUUAAAAUUACUGAACCCCCGUUGGAAGCAGGAGAAGAGGGGGGAAUUUUUUCUGGACUGUUUAAACCUGCAGAAGAGAGGGUAAAGAAAAGCAAAUUUCCACCGUCUUGAACCUGGGAGCGGGGUGUCAGGACAGACGUCCUCGGGAAGUUCAUUGACUAUCGACAAACGUUUUGACAGAUAGUUAAAAGAAGAGAAACAUAUUGAUUCCAUUGUUCCCUUUCACAAUUAAAAGGAACAAAAUAUUGACAAAAUAUCUGAAAAAGGAAACUUUGUUGUUAGAUCUGCUUUUUUUUUUUUAAGAGAUGGAUACAAAUAGAAGCUUUUCCCCCUAGAAAACUGUUGUGAAACUGUUAUUAAAUCCGAACUGGGGAGUUUCGCAACUGCAGUAGAUUAAGAUCGUGGGACCAGACUUUGACCUCGAACAAGAAUGUACUCGGAGGCUCUGGUGCUUGCCUUUUGCAAGACAAGUGCCUUCUUGGAACAGUUACAUGAGAAGUUGGAUUUGAUGACUGUUGGGAUCGAAAAAUUUGGACAGGCAGUGGGUACCUAUAUAGAACUCACUCAGGAAUUAAUCCAGGAGUGUGCUCUGACAGAUCAGAUGAGGGAGGAGGUUGUUGCUGGACCUCGGGAGGCAGAGAUGAAGGGAACUGUGGCCGAGCAGGAACAUGAGUUGUUGGAUUUGACGAAUGAACCUGGAAAAAGCCAGAUUUGGAGAGAUAGAGUCUUGUUUGGCUUGGAGAUGGGGGGCUGGAUAGACCCCCCUAUGCAGGGAUGUAUUGACCUUUCAAGUCUGGCUUUGGGCUGGGAGGAGUUCGGAGUUGUGGGGGCCCGUAACUUUGGAGGGACCUUGAAACAUGUUUUUAAAUACCACAUGGAGUUCAGUGUUGACUAUGGAAAAGGGGCUGAUCUGUCAAGAAGGGACAAAAAUAUUGUCAAGCUGGAGUCUCCCCGAGUGAAAGGAGCAGAAGACAAAGUAAAGUACAGGUAUAAAUAUGAAGAAGACCUGCGGAUGGGACAUGGAAAAGACUUAAGAGCUUCGGAUAUAAGGUCACCAGGUUGAUGGACUAGAUGGAUGGGAUAAAAAGGACUGACAAAACCCGAGACCAGGAGGAAAAGACGUUGGAUGAAGAUUGGAAGAAAGUCUUAAAAAAAAUAUUUAGGAAAGUUUUGUAAAAUUAAUGAGUAUUAGAAAAAUGUUGGAAUGAAAUUAUUUGGCUUUAGCAGAAAUGUUAAAAAGAAUUAUGUUAAGAAUAUGUUAUGGUUAAGAGAAAUUGGUAUAAAUAAGAUUUAAGUUUUAGGGUUUUUUAUGGUAAGAUAAGGUUAAAAUAGAUUAAGGUAAUUUAAUGACAGAAUAUUAUGAAAGAUGGAAAGGAUUUGCUGAGAUAAUUAACAACUAGAAUACAAAAAAGGGAGGUGUGAGGAGGUCGGUGAAAUAAGAUAAUGACAGUUAAGGAUUUGGGAAUAUUGGAUCUGUUUUUAAAUUUUUUGUUUAUUUUUGCUUUUUGAUUUUGAUGUAUUAUGUGUUUUGUUUUUUCUUUUUGACUUUGAUUGAUUUGUAUUGUUUAAUUGUUACUUGUUUUUUCCUUCUUUUUUUCUUUGUAAUUUUAAAAUUCUCAAUAAAUAUCUUUUUUUUUUUAAAAAAAAGGAAUCGUAUUGAGCCGUGUGGUCAGGUGGGGAGAGAUUAGGCUUUCUCUGAAAGAAGUGCAUUUCUUUCACUCCCAUUUAAACCAUACUGAAACAGGAGCUUCCUCGAUGCCCAGUUUGACACAGAGUCCUAAACUAGCACCAGAAGUCCCUUCUCGAGCCCAGAAGCGGGCACACCAAACUGCUGCUCAUCACGAUUGCUACCACCCAGCUGUAGACUUCAUUGUUUGCACUCUGUUCUGCCCACCUGUUUGACCUCAGCAACGAAUCUGCCUGCAUCUCUUGCACAUUAUCUAGGUUGUGAAACCGGAUGGGCUCUUAUCAUGGGAACUCGUUACGAGAACGUCACAAGCGGAGGUCAAAAAUGAUACUAUUCCCUCCCUUCCAUUCCCACCCUUUUGGCCCCCUUUUUACUGGCCAGUUCUCUAUUACGGCCUUUUCCAGGCUGGUACCCUACUGAUGUCUGCGGUUACAGCUCUCAUCAUCCCUGACCAUGGGCAAAGCUGGCUUAGGGCUGAUGGGAGUUGCAGCCCAAGAUAUAGUUGCAGCCCAAGAGUUAUAUGCACCAGGCUAGUGAAGGCUGCACUAUUGCUUAACCAAGAUGAAGGGAAAGGUCUGCGAAAUGGACUUCAGCUGUUCAUUUUAUCUGGAAUCCAUCUUAAUUUAUUUGCUGUGACAAAUGUGGAAAACAAGGGUGGGGGCACCAGAAGUUUUAUGUUCCGUAUAUUUUGUGCAUGCAACGUAAUAUCAGACAGAGAGUGCUGAAGGUUACAACAGCAGCUGAAAUCUACAUGUAAAGAAAUGGUUGCCAAACUUCAGUCUCAAAAAAGAAUCCCCGAGCAUAAAAUUGCAUUGCUUCCUCCAAAUUUGAAAGUGCAAUAUGCUAUAUUAAUAAACCUCUUGCAUUGAAUACCUAAUGAAAUAAUAACCUUGUGAACAGCUAGGUAAGUGUUACUCUAUCCUCUACAUUAUUCAUAGAAUAAAACUUAAAACAUUUUGUAGGUACUGUAACUUCAGUCUAAAAAACAUUUUGCCUCAAGAAAGGCAGCUAAGCAAUUUCACAAAUUUCAUUCAUAUGCAUAUUUUCCUCCAGGGUUGCAUUAUCCUUGUGGCUUUUUUUGUUUGUUACCCUUUCACCUAAAUGAUUUAUUUCCCCCCCUGCAACAGCUUGCUUUCUUCUAUUUGUGGUUUCGAUUAUUAAAAUAACAAAUUGAGUGCUGUGCUUGCUCUCGGCAAUAGGCGAGAGUAACUUGUGAUGUUGCGUUAUUGCGUUAGAGAAGUGUAAAAUCUUACUGCAAAGAUUCAUCCUCCUUAAGAAAAACUCUGGCAUAAUGCUUUGAUUCAGUAUAUACGCUCAUAAAAUUACACUGAAUUUCAAAACUUUUAUGACAGUGGUGGUGGAGCUGUUUAGAAAUUUCACUUAAGUGGUAGAGGACAAAAACUCAUGCACCAUUUUAUUUUUUAUUUUUUAAAAAAACCCAUUGAUUCUGCCUCAUUCUUCAUUCCUUUUAAUUCAUUUAUUCAUUGCUCUGGGUACAGUGGUGCCUCGCAAGACGAAAUUAAUCCGUUCCGCGAGAGUCUUUGUCUAGCGGUUUUUUUGUCUUGCGAAGCAACCCUAUUAGCGGCUUAACGGAUUAGCGCUAUUAGCGGUUUAGCGGCUAUUAAAGGCUUAUCGGCUUAUCGGAUUAGCUGCUAAAAGGCUAUUAAAGGCUUAGCGGCUUAGAUAAAGGGGGGAAAAGCGAAAAAAAAUAUCUCAAGACUCGCAAGACAUUUUCGUCUUGCGAAGCAAGCCCAUAGGGAAAUUCGUCCUGCGAAGCAACUCAAAAACGGAAAACCCUUUCGUCUAGCGGGUUUUCCGUCUUGCGAGGCAUUCGUCUUGCGGGGCACCACUGUACUUGGAACCAUCAUCUGUCAAAUGAGCGGAUGAAUGCAUACAGGGAUUCCAAGUAUUUAUCUCGAAAUGCCAAGGAGCCCUGACCGGAUUUGGGGUCCCCCCAUUAUGCUAAAUGUUUGAGUAAAAAAAUCUGAAGCAACAACUUGCUUUAACUCCAUUUAAGUUUUGUGAAGGCAACUAGCCAUCUAAAUCCAUCAUGGAUGAGCAGUGAGGCAUAUGUUGAUUUACUCCUCCAUGGUGGAAUAAUAAUAAUAAUUAAUAAUAAUUAAUAGUAAAUAAUAAUAAUAAUAAUAAUAAUAAUAAUAAUAAUUAUUUAUGCCCUGCGCACCCCAGCCAAAACUGGGCUCAGGGUGUCUAACAUCAAAUAUAUAACAUAUUAUCAUAAAAUUAAGCAAUCAAUUAAAAUACAUCCUAAAAUCAAAUCUGAAUCAAAGUGAAAUCUAAUCAGAUGGCAACCUGCAAAUUAGGGAUGGGGACCUUAAAUUCUCACCAGGCCUAAAUCAUAAGCGACAUGACUGAUGAUGGUGGCAGUAAGCUUUGCCUCCUCUCAUCAUGGUGACAGCAGCUCUGCCUUUCCAGAUGCAUCUCUCUUGCCUCUGCUUGAGGAAAGGGCAGGAGUGGGCUCAGCAGAGGCCUGGCCUCAUCUCCCUUUUCGCUUUUGUAAUGGAAAAACUAAAGGCAUGGUGUCUCAUCCUCUCUAAGUCUUGAGUCGGAUUCCAGUAAAAAGACAACAGUGGUAAAAGUAACGGCAGUCAGCAUACAGAAUCAAGAACGGCAGCAACGCAGGGACAUAACCUGGUUGGAAACCUGCUUCCAAGUGGAGUGAGGAAAGAUGUUCCAUCUGGCCAUGCCUGCAGUUGCUGUGCCAUCGUGUGCUCAGUGACCUUUUCCAAAAAGGAAAGAUCUAUCCUGUUCUAUUUUUUAUUCCCCACCUAUCUGACUGGGUUGCCAUUCUAAAUCUUGUCAUCACAUCCCUGUCUGAAGACUGCCUUUUCAGGCAUAGGUGGAGACUGCGCCAACAAAAGACAGAACCUCCCUUCCCAAUGUGACAAUUUUACUAUUUGGUCAGUGGACUUGGCUGGCCUUAAUGAGCUGGAUUGGGAAGGGUUCGGCAUCCUCAAAACAAGCAAGGCUGGCAGAUCCAAGCAGCUGCAGUUGAUACCUUUGUUCUGUCCGUUGCCUUGCUAACAUUGUUGUAACUGUGGUAAUGCACGGGGAAGAGUUUAAAAGCACCUUUUUUUGGUCCUUAAAGCAAUAAAGCACCCAAACUGUAUUUACAGCCCUAUUUUUGAAUGUCCAGGUUUAUAGGCUAGCUUUGAUGGUUGUUCCUGGCAUGUAAUUGAUUUUCAUAUUUCUUUAAACAGAUUUAUUUUUGCACGUUGGAAGGCAGUUGGUCUAGUAUACAUCAAAGCUGUUUAAAAGCAUCUUUGUAGUUCUUACCAUACAGUAGAUUAACUGCAUUCUGCUAAAUCAGCAGUAUUCAGUACGAAGUGCAGAGUACGUUCAACCGACAGGCCAUGCUUAUUUUGCCUGCAAGGCACACAGUGCUAAUUAGUGUACGAAGGUUGCCCUGCCUAGCAUGGAGACAUGCUCUGUGUCAAAGCACAAUGUGAGCAGCAGAUAAAUAGAACACAUUCUCUUUGGGUUCCUUCUAAAGGUAAAGGUAAAGGAGCCCUGGACAGUUAAGUCCUGUCAAAGGCGACUAUGGGGUGUGGCGCUUACCGUUCUUCAGGAAAGGGAGCCAGCAUUUGUCCACAGACAGCUUUUCUGGGUAAUGUGGCCAGCAUGACUAAACUGCUUCUGGUUCAAUGGAACACCGUGACAGAAGCCAGAGCGUGCAGAAACACUGUUUACCUUCCCACCACAGUGGUACCUAUUUAUCUACUCACACUGGUGUGCUUUCAAACUGCUAGGUUGGCAGAAGCUGGGACAGAGCAAUGGGAGCUCACCCCGUUGCUGGAGUUUGAACUGCUGACCUUGCGAUUGGCAAGCCCAAGAGGCUCAGUAGUUUAGACCACAGCGCCACCUGCGUCCCUUCUAAAACUGUGUCGGGUGCAUAUUGGUGGUAUUAUUAUUAUUAUUAUUAUUAUUAAUAUUAUUAAUAACAACAAUACAGAUCACUAUGAUGUUAUUGGCAUAAUUAAUGCUUGAGUUUUCAUAAAAUAGCAAUGCAAAAUAUGUCUUAAAUAUGGCAAGCAUGUUAACUGCCAAAGUGCUAAGUUUUAGCCAGUGCUAGAAUAUUUCAGAUCUGUUGCACUGAGCUAAAAUUUAACUGCUUUUUCAUCUACUAUUCCAUACGAAGCAUGAUCAUUUUUGUGCAGCAGCACUUUAGAAAACCAAGGGCAAUUUCUGAGUAUCUCUCUUGUCCUCCUACAUUUCGCCCAUCUGGUCAUUGUGGUCACACCAGCUGCAUUACCUUCUUUGUUACAAAGAAUAGUUGUAAGAGGCCGCAUCUGUUGGAGGGAGAAGUACCAGAUAGGACUUUUGCUGAUAAUACUUGUUAGACAAAAUAAACUGAAUGAAUAUAUGUAAAUAUUAAAUGUGUAUGUUUAAAAUUUACCUCAGUGGAAUGCUGUUGGGAUAAGAUUUCUUGGAAAGUUUUCUAAAGCAUUUAUACCCUUUAAUACCUUUGAAACAGGAAAAAGUAGUAUUGUCAGUUUCUCAGCACUCCUCCUAACUUGCCUUAAUAUGACAAAAUAGAAUGGUCUGGAACAAACUUUGACCCCAAAUCCACUUUUACAUCAUGCAGGAAACUCUUUGAUUUGUCAAUCGGAUUUAUCUCUUCUGUUUCAGAUUUGGUGUUAAAAAGAAACCAAUAUACAUCAAUGUCAUAAGAGAUCCUAUAGAGCGGCUGGUUUCCUAUUAUUACUUCCUGCGCUUUGGCGAUGAUUACAGGCCUGGACUCCGAAGACGAAAGCAAGGGGAUAAAAAAGUAAAAGUACAUUUUGGCAGCUUCGUUCAUGGCUUUAAUUAUGGAGAUAAUAACUGAACUCAAAAUGUAGCAAUUUAGAAAAGCAAAUUUAAUCCAGAACAAUAGGCUCGAUCCUAAAAUACAGUUCCCACUCACAGGAGUCUUCCAUGAAUGCAAGAAACUUUGGUCCAAUGGAGGCAUCUGCUUGUGUGUGUGUGUGUGUGUGUGUGUGAUUAUUAAUAUUUUUUAAUCGAAUCCUUCCUGCACUACCUUCUACACCAUUCUUGAUGGUCUCACAACUCUCUGGAGCAGAUUAUUAGGGGUCUUAGGAGGGCUCAUCAAAGACCGUCUCCGUCUUCAUACCUAUUAGAAGGUCCCAGAAGCACUUAUUCCAUGAGUGAAGUGCCACUCACGAGAGAUUUGCGUUUGACUCAAUAUUAAUUAUGUAAAGAUAGGAUUGCAAUGAAUUGUGCAUUAACUGUGGACAAAGGGAGCUAUGGAAAUAUGGUUUAAUGUUGAACGAGGAGCUCCACAUUGUCUUAGACCAGUGAUGGCCAAACUUGGCCCUCCAGCUGUUUUGGGACUACAGUUCCCAUCAUCCCUGACCACUGGUCCUGUUAGCUAGGGAUGAUGGGAGUUGUAGUCCCAAAACAGCUGGAGGCCCAAGUUUGGCCAUCACUGUCUUAGACCAAUGGAGCAUGCACAUACACGCAGCUCUCUGGCCUUCUAAUUUAAAAGAGCAAAUAAGAAGGCACAGAGCACAGGGUGGUGUCCCUCCUUGUUAGAUAAGUUUCCCCACCCAGUGUUGUUCCCUAGGCCAGUCUUCAGAAUGACUUUUCAACACUAGCAUUUGAUUUCCCUUGGUAGCAGCAAUAUGACUUGUUUUCUGACACACUGGCUUUUGCAGAACAAAUAUAGGUAGAAUUUAAAUUGGUUGCUGAAUCCAAGAACUUCUGAAGUCGGACACAUGGAUGACACAUCGUGGGCUAUAUUGAGUCACCGUUCAGUUCUUGCUGUGGUUACCGUGUGUUGAGGCAAUUGCGAAUCUUGACAGCGCCCACAAAAUGGCUUGUGGCUCUGCACACCAGUGCAGUUGUCGCCUUUGGGGCACUAGCAGCUGCAUACCAAAUGCCACACUGCAGUGAAUUCUGUGUGUGCCAGCCACCCCUCACUAUCUCAUUGUGCGGUGCCCACAGCUGGGAGUCAGCAUGUACUGAUGCACAAAGUGACAGGCCUCUUAGUAAGCUAUUGUGAGGUAACGCAGCCCAAGUUCAUGUAGAAAAAUAACUGCACUAAGAAGUUUGAUAUUUAAGAUGGAAAUUUAUAGCUCACUCUUGAGUUUUUGUCUUUGUUCCAGACGUUUGAUGAAUGUGUAGCAGCUGGAGGCUCAGAUUGUGCCCCUGAGAAACUCUGGCUUCAAAUUCCGUUCUUCUGUGGCCACAGCUCUGAGUGCUGGUAAGACGAUGGAAUUGCUUUAAAUUGCAGAUUAAAUAAAUUAUCCAUGUGAAGUGUAUUUUAUUAAAUCAGAAUGUGUAGCAGAGGUUAAGAUUUUGAGAAAGAACACAUUUGAUUAACAAGUGUACUUUGUGGUUAUCUUCCGAAGUAUCAAACUGAAAAAUGGUUGAAUUGUUAUUUGUUAAAUUUCUAUACCACUGUCUAUACCAGGAUCAUAGAGUGGUUUACAAAAUAAAAACACAAAGAUACAUAACACAGUAACAAACAGAAACAAUACCCCCAUUAUUAUUGAUUGAAUUUCCAUGAAUGCUACAGAAAACUACCAACCAUUUUCAAACUGAACUCUGUAUCCCCUUUCUAAACACCAGUGUCAGUGUUUGGGUAUGUUGAUUAAAAACCAUGUAACUAUGGGAUCCCCCCCCCCCCCCCGGUUUAAAAUGUCAUGGCUUGGAUCUAAACUUAGCCUUCUGUGGAUAGAAGGCUUCUUUCAUCCACAGAAAGCUUUCGAUCCCACUGGCAGAAGUGGCAUUGAUUUGCUCCUCACCCUGUCAUUCCUCCGCUGUUGUGGAUGGUCUCCUAAGUCUCUUCCCUCUCCCUUUAAAUGACUGGAGCAUCAUCUGAGCAAAGUUCUGCUUAGGGAGAUGUGCUCACUGGUAGCAGCAAGAUCAGUUUCUAACCCGGUAUAAAUGUUCAACCUUUAGGUCUCAAACCCAAUUGUUCUUAGCUGGCAGAAAUAAACUUUGUGGCUGCUAUAAUGUAAACAUGGAUUAAUUUGAGUGCUCAAUUCCAUUUUGAAUGUCUGAAGGUGUUCAUGAAAUGAAGUUUAGAAGUUGAUUUGUCAUAUUACAAUAACUAGGGUAAAGCCUUGUUACACGGUUUGCUUAAUAGUAGGAGAAAAAAUAGCAGCUCUAAUUUAUUUACUUUUAAUUGAGAUAAUAUCCUUAAUAUGCUGUGUCAGAUGGCAUAUGUAUGACAUAUCUCCUACACUGUAUUUCUAUGUAGGAGAGAAAAGCAUAUAUGGUCGCUUCAGAUUAUUUGGACCAAGGCUUCAGCAAGUGCUUUCAAAGUAUCAGACAUAUGAAUUCUCAACCAUUCUGCAAACCUCUCUUUGUUUAUCCUCUUAUAGAGCAAUCUUGCUAAAAUGCAGAUAAACUGCAAUCGGUUGUGGAAGACUGGUGCAAAGUUCCAACAUGCCUUUCAGUUUCUGCUUUUAUGCCACGUCAAAAUUGAUACUUUUGAACUCUUUGAUAUAACAGCAAAAUUUUCCAUACUGAACACCAUGCAACAUACUUGAAAAAGGCAUUAGUGUUAUCAAAAAGUUAGAAAUCAGAGCCAUAAAUCUUUUGACAUCUAACCUAGGCCAUGAAGAGAGCAAAAAAAAUGGGGAGCAGGGGGGGAAAAGCAAAGGAAAUUAAAAAUGUGUGUGGCUGAAACUUUGUUUUCUUGCCUGUGCAAAGAUAACAGCUAAGCCAUUCUUUUAGCCUGGUGUGAGAAUAUCUAAAUGAAGGGAACCAAAAUUCUUGGCAGACAUCAAAACCUUCCUGUAAUUACUUUUUAUCGUUUUAGGAAUGUGGGAAGCAGAUGGGCUUUGGAACAAGCCAAAUACAACUUGAUUAAUGAAUAUUUCCUAGUGGGAGUUACUGAAGAGCUUGAAGACUUUAUUAUGUUGCUGGAGGCAGCUUUGCCCCGCUUCUUCAGGGGUGCUACAGAACUAUAUCGCACAGGUAUUUAAAUAGCCACCCGCUAGGCCAUUUUCAUCUUCCUCCUUUCCCCCCAAAGCUUCUCUUUCACAUACCCUUUAGGACAGGGGUCCUCAAACUUUUCAAACAGGGGGCCAGUUCACUAUCCCUCAGACACUGUUGGGGGCCAGACUAUAGUUUGAAAUAUAAUAUGAACGAAUUCCUGUGCACACUGCACAUAUUUUAUUUGCAGUGCACAAAAAACAGGAAAAACAAUACAAUGUUUAAAAUGAAGAACGGUUUUAAUCAACAUAAACUUAUAAGUAUUUCAGUGGGGGGGGGUAUGAGAGAGAGGGAGAGAGAGGAGGGUGACUGAAUAAGAGGGAGGAAAAUAAAGAGGUGCCGCCUCAGGCUCUGGGCAGUGGUGGCGGCAGCAUCUGGCUGCUCCUGCCUCAGUGUCCUCUAGCAGGAGACCCAGCACCCCAGGCCCGGCUGUGGUGCUGGUGACGGCCACUGUGCCUUUGCAUUUCCACAGGCCUUCCUUGGUGGCAGUGGCUCCCCUCGGCUUGGCUCCAGGCCCGGCUGGUCCAAGGACUGGUCCCUCCCCAUUCGGACCUGCUUUGCCUGGCAACCUGGGAUCGCAAUGGGAUUGAUGGGCGGCCAAGUGGGAAGUUGCUGGAGGGUGUGGUCUGAGGAGAAGCCGGAAGGGAUUGGACCCAGCUGCUUAGAAUAGUAGCGGUUUGGAGGGAAGGAAGCUCCUCUUGGCUGUGGCCAUCUGGGCCAUGGGAAGGAGGAGCGCCGCGGGUUCUGCAGUUCCUGGGCGGGCCGGAUGUGGACCUGGUGGGCUGGAUGUGGCCUGCGGACCGUAGUUUGAGGACCCCUGCUUUAGGGCAUGAAUGAGCAAUUUUCCUGAAACAGCAGUCCAUUCCCCUACCCGCCUCAAGAGACUGACUUACCCAUGUUGGUACAUAUGCAAUCCCAGUGUCGUUUCCAGUUUCCUAUUUUGGAUACUCUGCAUCAAGUACACGGCUGUAUUAUCCACUAGGCUCCUCUCUGCCUGUGAGUGAGAAGCUACAUGCAGUACGAACUGCACUCCCAGGUCCUUAUGGGGCUUUAAAUACCAGCCAAUGUCACGGGGCCAUAGAAUCAUAAAUGGUACAGUUGGAAGGGACCACAAGGCUCAUCUGACUAGCCCAACCGCCUGCAGUGCAGGAAUUACAACAAAAGAAUCUCUGACAGAUGACUAUCCAACUUCUGUUUCAGAACCUCCAAGGAAGGUGGGUCCACCAGCUUCCAGUCAAACAGCUCUUGCUGCCAGGAGGUUCUUCCUAAUGUCUGUAGUUAUUCAGUGUGAGAAUAGUUGUGCAAGUUGCUGGAAAGAAGGAAGAGGGGCUGCCAGGCUGACAUAAGGAAGCUGAGCAGUGUAGGCAAAGUCCACAAAGAACGUGGGAUCAGACCGGAUUGAUUCAAGUAAAAUUUGAAUGAUUAGCGAUAAGACUCUACUCUUGUUCACGUCGCAUAACCUGCUGACCAGCCUGCUUCGGUAAGCUCAUUGUGGUUUGCAACUUGCCUUGGUAGAGGCAUGCAGAUUCUUGGGGCCGCCGUCUAAUGCAAAAGAAGAAUAGGAAUGGAACUGUUUUCUAUCUCCCCAAGGAUUAAGUGACAUUGAGAACGAAGCCUGCUCCUCUAUUUCUGGAUUCUGCUGUAGUUCAAGGGUAGCCCAUGUGCAGGUGUUAUUGGGCUACAGUUCCAUCGCCCCCAGACAGCGUAGUCAGGGGUGGUGAAACAUAUAGUCCCUCCGUAUACAUUGACUGUCCCCGUUUGAGAACUGGCUUUGAUAGCAAUAAGAGGUAUAUUAGUACUGUAAGCAUAUAAUGCAUAUAACACAUUGCAGCAUAGAAUGCAAAUAGCAUAUUCCCACAACAAAUAUUCAGGAUGACUCACUUACCACCUUGCCUUUAAAUGAAAAUUGUUGAUGGCAUCAUGUGAAAGGUUGCUGUGAAUUUGGUGAAACAAAUUGCCCGGUUGUUGUGAAGUAUUUUUUUUUACUAACUUUAUCAUUGAUCAUACUGAAUUUCCAAAGAAGCAUUAAUCAUGAUUGAAACAGAUAUCUUAAAUGGAUGUGAUGUGAGGAAAUGCAGUUCCCAAUGCAAACACUUCCUCUUUAUGGUUUUAAUAAUUAAGCUCUUUAAACAGCGGGAGGAAUGUGCGCUGAGAGAGCACACUAAUGCAAAUGCAUUCAUGUUUAAUGUCAGAGCUUCCAGUUUCUCAGUCCCGGAGGCUUAAUAAAUCUUGGCCCAAGUUCUGUCACUUUAUGUACCCAUUUAGCAAUCUGCUGAUGAAAGAAUACCCUGCGCAGAGACACACAAACUUUUCCCGGUCUAUGUUUCUGCUCCUCUGGGAGCAUUCAAGCUAUGAGUCAAAGUGAAGUUAUGACUUUCUACGUUUUGCUUUUAGGCAAGAAGUCUCAUCUUAGGAAGACAACGGAAAAGAAACUCCCCACAAAAGAAACCAUUGCAAAGCUGCAGCAGUCUGAAAUAUGGAAAAUGGAGAAUGAGUUCUACGAAUUUGCACUGGAGCAGUUUCAGUUUGUCAGAGCACAUGCCGUCCGGGAAAAAGAUGGAGAGUUGUACAUUCUGGCACAAAACUUUUUCUAUGAAAAGAUUUACCCUAAAUCGAACUAAGGACGAUGCAUCUUUUUAGGCUAGGGACUAAACCUUUGGGCCACAUUCUUAUUUUCAGCCCCAACUUGUAGAUUGCUGAUGCACCAACUGAGGCACCUCAGUCCUUGAGCUCAGUAAAAUGAAUUGUGGGUUCCUCAAAUAAGUUGGCUGCUGACCAGAUACGUUGGUAAUCCAAAAGUAUAAACUUCAGUUUAAUCUCAAAGAAGGCUGCUCUUCAACUCCUGCAGAAGCCUACAUACACAUUUACAGAAACUAACCACUUACCAAUUAUGUUGCUGAAACGAUAAAGAUGAAAGGCCUCUCUUUCCGCUCUUUUUGAUUCAUAGAACAGCUUAUUUUAGUUAACCUCCUGGGAAGAGGAAGCUGUUGGUUCCCUAGCUUCAACAUGGAAAUUUGGGUUGUAUACGUUUAUGAAUAAUGUUAAUAACCGGCUGACAUCUGUGCUUUGUUCUUGUGAAUUCAUAUCACAUGAAUCAUGUUCAAUCAUGUUCUGCUGAGAAAUGCUGCAGCUGGACUUGCCCAUAUUUUAUCAGUGUGGGGUUUUCAUUUUAAAGAGCUAAAUUGAUCAUCAGUGUGUUUGAAAAUUCAAAUUCCAUAGUGAUCUUGUCAGAACGCCUAAAACCAAGGCAGUGUUUCUUUAAUAUCCUCUGCACUUCCAACUAAUGUUGGGAAAACACCUCUUCAGAAGCUGGCUUUUGCCUGCACUUCAAUAUAAAACAAAUAGUGAAUUCUGUAUCCUUGUUCCAUAGAUUCUUUGUACUUUAAAGAACUACUGGUGAAUCCAUAUUAUGACUCAACUAGUGAGCUGUGGUAUGGUUAGGGGUUUCCUAUUUAGAUACUUUUACCUGUAGAAUAUUUUUACUAAGGUGCUUUAUAAUGUGUUUUAAAGCAUUGCAUUUGGAAAAAAAAGGAAUAAAAUGCUGUAAAUAAUGCAUAUUUUAUGUAUUUGGACCAAAAGGUUAUGGACAACUAGUUUAACACAUUUUUGCACCAGUUUUGCCAUAUGUGAAGUAGAAGCAUCCCACCUGCCGUUCAAAUUCCAGUUUUGAGUUAACUCUUGGACAUCGCUGAAACGCACUUCAAUGACCUCAACAACUUUAAAUACACAGUGUGUCUGUCCAGGAGCCCCCUUUGCAAAAAAAGAGAGAAAGAAACACCCUCCUUAAUCUGCAUCCUUUUAUCAUGCUUAAAAGGAAAAGGAAAACGGAUGCCUGUGGCCUGGCCAAAAGAGAUACACAGAAAUUGACGUCAAUGUGUUCAGGGCACUGCUUUAUGUUACUUCAGUAAAUGUGCAUUUGCCAUGAUUAGCACCUUAUAGUAACUUCUAUACACGAGGUUGUUUAGCAGUUGGUUGUAUACUGGGAAGCUCCAUUUUAACAAAAUUCUAGAAAAACUGCAGUUCUUCAAAUUCCCUAGCUGCAUUUGUUUUUACUGGAAGGUUUAUGUUUUGUUUUUGUUUUUUUUAAAUAUAUAUAUAUUAAAGUUUGCAGAUUUUUUUUUAGUUCAUUUAAAUCCAGACUUUGAGCGUCAUAUUCUAUAGGAUGUCAAAGUGCAGCAUAGAUGUAUUGAUAGAAGAACGUUACCAAAAUUGUCCGCUAUACGAACACAAAGUUGUUAGCUGUCUGUAAACUGAAUGUUUUGAUGCCAAAAACGGGAUCCUGUUACAAAAGGGUAAUGAGUAUAUUAAGGAAAGCUUUUAAUUUGCUCUUCUUCUUCUUCCUUUUGCCUUGUUCUUAAAGAUACAAAAAUAGCACUGCCUUCCUAGGCAGUUUCUUCUUUUUAGUCAGCAGUCAUUCGUAGUGUUCUUUGUUAAUUUUUCCACAGUGUAUGACCAUGAGCCAGAGUGUUUUCAUAGCCAUGUUGGUUCAACUGAACGAGACGCAGAAAAAACAAAAACAAAACAAAUUGUCAUUAGACCAAUUUGCUACUUGCAGCAGCGUGUUCAGCGUCAGGUGCUGAUGCUCGGAGUACAACUAGAAUCACGAUUGUCCAGGCUGAUUGAUAUGUUAGUGGGCCUGUUGAUUCCAUUCUCACGUCUUAGGAAGAGAGUCUGAGUGCCUCAAAACCCAAGGUCGGUGUAGCAUAGUGCCACCAAGUUGACUGAAAGUAUGAUUGUGCAAGCAAUUAGCAAAGCUGCCAUUUGGACCCUUCAGAGCCGCGGUACAGCCUUCACGAGGUAGGCUGGUUACAAUUCCCGAUACUAUAUCCACUGUGUUGACAUGUCCUCAAAACAAGAGGUGCAUUUAUAUUAAUUAGAUGUUAAGAUAUUUAGGCAGCCUGUAGAAACGGCUUUGGUAGUUAAGGUUUAUUUUCGAUAUUCCGGCUGUCCAGUGUACAGUAAUCUGAGGGUAAAACGCUAAUGAACCCGGCGGGGCUUCUGAAUAACCAUGUCUAAGACCACACUGGCAGCGUAGUAAGCGAAAAAUAGUUGACGGGUAGAUAAUAAAAGUAGAAAGUGUUGGUUUCCCAUGUGCUCAUCUUAAGCUUGAGCGAUUGUGGACGGCUUAGCUUAAGUUACCCUAAGUCAUAAAUGAAAUUUCUUGAGUUGCGUUUGGCGUCGCCAUGCCCCACUCUAGUUGGGGAAGAUAACAUUUCUCAUGACGUUUUGGUUCUUCUCCCUAGUUGUGUAAGAUGUUGCAGAACUGAGAGGUAGGCAAUUUUGAAAAUAUUGGCAGAAAUUUAUAAUGUGCAUCCUCCCUGCGCUCUAUUCCAUAAUAUAUACUUUAUUCAUGAAGCGGCGGCAAACUACUUUUAAGGAGAGCACCGAAUAAAGGUGCUUACAAAGUGAAAGGCAUCUAAACGCUUUAAAACUCCCUUUGCAAAGAGACACUGAAAAUGUGACUCGUACCGUCUGCUCAUAUGGACAGUAUUUAAAAGUUUAGAAAGGAAUGGUUUACCUAUAGCUGUUUUUAUGUUCUGCAUGUAUAAGAUCUGCUUUGCAAGUGCAAAAACUAAAAUCCAGUUUCUGGUUCAACAGCUGCAAGGAGAAGCUUUGGGGGUUCAUUAUCUGAAUUUCAGGGGUAAGAGGGAGGAAGUUCAGAGCUUAGGUCUCUGGGGUCUUGUUCACUCAGGACUAAAAUACUCUGGACUUAGCUAUCACGGUUUACUUAAAUAGUUUCUUCCCACCCAAUUUUUCAGACAGUUCCAAAUACUUUGAAACCUUGUUUCUCAAGGUUUCAAAGCUAACCAUUACGACUAGCAUGGUUAUAUGGAUUGCGUUCUCAUUUGCAGCGCUUAUAAAAUUGGCUGGAACGUAAUCAAGUAUGAGUGGCUGCCCUGCUCACACAUGGCAGUCCUUCAGACAUAAAGGCAAGCCAUGGUUUCUCUUCCCCUCUUUCCCCUGCAAAUCUCUGGAUAACCUCCCAAACCAUGGUUUAGAGUGUGAAACCUCAUCCCAAUCCAGACAGUGAUUUUGUGUUGCUGACAAGCCAUGAUGGCUUGUUGGAACAUUGUUCUGCAGGCAAGGUUUGCAAACCAGUUUGAAACCGUGUUUUCAGCUCCUGAUUUUGAUGGCUGUUUGUAAACCAUGGUUUGUUGUGAGAUUGGAGAUCAGGAAUCAUUUCUGUUUUGAGUUCCCCUGUUCUUUAAGAGGCGGCCCCCUGAAAAAGCUCUUCUCAAGGUCAGGAGCCCUCCAGAGUAGCAUCCUAUAAAGGGGCUGCUAUAAUAGAAAAAAUUUGCACAGCAUAUUAACAGGUGAUGGAUCUUGCCCAUUGUUUUCUCGACACAGAGCCAUUAAUAUACCACUAUGGGGGGAGAGCUGUUUAAAAUGUUUGGAUCUGAACGUAAAAUGUUGGAAAGGGGUGGAGAGGAGUGUUUUGACCAGAAAAAUGUAUGCCAGAGUUUCCAAGCCCAAUAGUAUAUGCCAGGACUAUUGUGACUAAUUCCCGCCCUGCCCCCCAAUGGGGAACUUAUUUUCCCAGUUUAAUUGUCAACCAGAAAUAAACUUGUAUUGGCUAUUGAAUAAAAUAUAUUUUUUCAAAUUGUAGCCCACAAUCCCUGGUGACAGUUGCCUGUAGAUUUAAGUUCACUGAAAUAUUUUGAUGCAUGAAUUGAAAAGUACAGUUAGGAACAUUGGAAUAAGUCUUACGGAAUUCAUUUACAAAUCACUAGGUAGCGAGGGACUUCGUUUCUCUUUGCUUGUUUAUACAUGUUUGGUGAAACCUGGAAUUCUAGAUGGGUUUCUAUAUCUGCCAUAACAUUCCUGAUUAUGAUAGUAUUUCCUUGAGCUAUUGGAUCAUUACAAAUUAUUGUAUGAGAGUCCACAUCCAUACAGGAAAGGGCAGUACUAUUCACGUGGAUGGGAGACUUGGAUAAUUGUGUGCUUGCCUUGCUGUGUUGAAUUUAAAUGGGAGAUCUAUACAUGCAAGCACUGUGGAAUUGGGACGCAAGUAUGGAGAGGUUGCAUUGUGGCACUAGUCUAUGAGUGUUUGUCUACUCUGCAAGUGAAACUGUUUUAGUCAUGGUUUGGCAGGUCAGGCACCCUAAGUAUAUCCUAUUCAUUUCUGGGUCCAGUUUAAUGUGCAGCUUUUAACCUUUGCAGCCUUUAAACUGGACUCCAGUAGUAUAUCCGAACUACCGCUUGCACCCAUAUGAGCCUACCAAGGUGUUAAGAUCAGCUUCGGAGGCUCUGCUGUCUGGCUCACCAUUACAAUUAUUUAAUUGCAGGUACCAGAGACAGGGCCUUGUUAGUGGUGACUCUUAGCUUCAGAAUGCCCUCUCCAGGGAAAUAUGCAUGGCCAUAUUGAUACUGGCUUUUAAAAUAACUUCUAAGACUUUAUUUCAAUCCAUGUGUGCUUGAUGCGCCGGUUCAUUAAUUUUAUUUGUUACUUCUCUUAGAGGAUUGUUUGGGGCCCUUUGUUUUUAUUUUGUAUAAAACAUUAUGAACAGCUAGGCUCUGGAAGGUGGAUUAGAAAUCUGACAAAUAGCCUACAUUUCUUCCUUACAAAUGAGAGAUGCUCCCUCCCUCCUGAAUUCACUGAAUUUUGUUCUUCUAGAAUCUGCAACCUGCAAAUUCACUUAUGAAAGCGUGCAAAUUGAAGAGCUGAACAGUAUUUGUAGCAGAUUCUAAUUAUUGGUACCUUUUUGGAAACCUUUAACGUGCAGAGCCAUGUGGUCUGAAGCAAAGCUUUAUUCAUAGAAUAUUUUUGCGAGCAAGUGCUUCAAAAUAUACAAAUGUGUUCAUUCACAGACUUGUUCAAACACUGUAUAUUCUUAGAGACUUAAGCGAUGGUUUCUGAAAAAGUGGUCUAUUUCCGAAUCUGUAUUGUUGCCAAGACACUUUACAUUUCUGAAUACAGGCAGCUGCCACGUCAUUCCCAUCCUAAACAUUUGCCUGUGUUUAAAACCUUCUGGUCCUGUAUCCAUGCCCUUGGCAACAAAGCCUUACUGAUUUCCGUGAGAUUUGCUUCCAAGUAAGUAUGCAUAGGAUUGCAGCCAGAACAGCAGAUCAAGUUGUGGCUUUUUAAGCGGAAGGGGGUGGGGCGGAAUACAUCAUGUGGCAUUAGAAGUGUUUUGUAUAAAGAAAAUAUGGUGCCUAAACUAUGCUGCAGAGAAAGCAUGCUGAAAAGCCUGUCUCACGCACUGCCAAUUUAGCUCUUAAAAGGUGGAUCAUUUUGUGAGUCCUAGAGAUCAGACCAGAAAGAGAUUUUGAGGGGGAAAAGCGUGUAAUCUACGAUCAGCUGCCAGAAUAUUUUAAGACCAUGUAGCUAUGUAAACUUUUGUGGCACCUAUUUAUAAACUGAAACCCUUGUAAAGAUUUUUUUUUUUUAAAUAGCAGGUUUGCUUUCAAAAAUCUGUUUAGAUGCUUGUUUUUCCCCACGUACCGAAAUUUUAGAAAAUGGAAGCCGUAGCUUCUGUGUUAGUUUGAGCAUUUCAGAAGCAGUGUCGAAUGUAAUAUUGAGAACUUGGAUUGUGCCUCAUUAUUUUUUUAAUACACACAGCUAAAUGGUGCCUUUCCCCCCUCACAAUCCAUGUUAGAAGAUGCUCGCCCCCCUCUCUCGUUUUCCUUCCUCUUCACGUGCUGAUUUCAGUUGUGCAAUACUCCCAAAUCUAAAACCGUUUUGUCACAUCUGUUUGAGAUAAUUGCUUCAUUCCCCCCCCCCCCGUACUUUGCUGAGAGCUUUCUGUUGUUGAAGUGUUUCAGUUGAUUACCUAAUGCAAAUGAUAUAUAAAAUAAAAUGCCCAAUGGGAAAGGGGGAGGAGAGUCUAGUGUCUUUUUUUUCUUCUUCCAGAAAAUAAAAUCUCAGAUAUUC